AUGUCAACACAGGCGCCAACGUUCACACAGCCGCUCCAGAGCGUUGUGGCACUUGAGGGUAGUGCUGCAACGUUCGAGGCUCAAGUUAGUGGUUCUCCAGUUCCUGAGGUGAGCUGGUUCCGUGAUGGCCAGGUUCUUUCUGCUGCCGCUUUGCCCGGCAUCCAGAUCUCGUUCAGCGACGGCCGCGCUGUUCUGAGGAUCCCUGCUGUGACAGCCGCACACAGCGGAAGGUUUUCUGUUCGAGCCACCAAUGGUGCUGGACAAGCCACUAGUACUGCUGAACUCCUAGUUACAGCUGAGACUGCGCCACCCAACUUCAUUCAGAGACUUCAGAGUUUGACCGUGAGACAAGGAAGCCAAGUGAGACUGGAUGUCCGUGUAACAGGAAUCCCUACACCUGUGGUCAAGUUCUACAGAGAGGGAGCUGAGAUCCAGAGCUCUGCCGACUUUAGGAUUGUUCAAGAAGGAGACCUUUACAGUUUGCUGAUUGCCGAAGCCUUCCCGGAGGAUUCUGGGACCUAUUCUGUAAAUGCCACCAACAGCAGUGGAAGGGCGACCUCGACUGCUGAACUGCUCGUUCAGGGAGAGGAAGCUGUGCCUGCUAAGAAGACCAAGACUGUGGUUUCAUCCUCGGAGAUUUCCCAGACUCGUCAGGCCAGAGUGGAGAAGAGAGUGGAGUCCAGGUUCCAGUCAACCACCAUGAUGGAGAUGCAGGUGGAAGGUGGUGAUAUGAUCCAGCAUCUGGCACACAAGACCCCUCCACGAGUUCCUCCAAAGCCUACCUCCAAGUCCCCAACUCCACCCUCACUGGUAUCCAGGAAGACAGCAGGACGUCAGCAGUCGCCUUCACCUGUCAGACACGUGAAGGCGCCCACUCCCGCACCUGUCAGGCCUACCUCUCCCUCCUCAAGACUCUCAGUGUCCCCCAUCAGGCCUGUUAAGUCUCCCAUCACAACACGCAAGCAGGUGGCCCUGGGAGCAGAUGUGCUGCCACCCUGGAAGCAGGGUGACUAUGUGACUGAGGCCAGUUAUGCCAGUAUGAGCGCCACAGCCACCCAGGUCCAAACCUCUGCCACUCGGAUCCACAUGGAGCAGCACUGGGAGCAGCAAGUCGCCGCUGUCAAAGAGGGUGGGGGAGGGGGAAAGGCAGAGGCGGUGGCCACAGUGAUGGCUGCUGUUGAUCUCGCUCGCGUUCGUCAGCCUGUGCAUGUGGAGGGUGGUGGAGCUGAAGAGGAGGCGGUAGAGUCUCAGUUAAAGCACCAGGCCAGCAUGGCUUCAGAACUUCAGGACCAGGCCAGCAGCACAGUAAGAACACAGGCUGAGCCAGUGGCUGCUGCUGCUGCUCAACACGUCCCAGCUGAAGCAAGCCUGCAGGUUUUCCAGAUACAAAGAACCACAGAGACCAGCAGCCAUGUGGACACUGGUCUCGCACCAUCCCCAGUUCCACAUUUCACAGUCUCUAAAGUCACUGUCCCUAAACCUGACCCUAGCUAUGAGGUUUCCAGGGCAGGCUCUGCCAUUGCCACACUGCAGAAAGAGUUAUCGUCUGCUACCGCUAGAAAAAUCAUCAAGCCGGUCAAGUCUCCCAGUCCUUCUCGUAGAGUUGUGGAGACACGGGGGACCCCUGAGCCCACGCCGCCUCCGUUUAAAGAGUUGGCUGACAAAUAUCACAGUCACUUUGACACUCAGUUACAUGCAGGAGGAAUGGGGACAAUAUAUCAGGACUGGCAAACCCAGGUGGUUGAGAUAGCAGCAGUGCCUUCUCCCAGUGAAGGAGUUGUUCCACCCACGCUGGUGGCUGGUCUGAAGAACCUGACGGUAACAGAGGGGGAGUCUGUGACUCUGGAAUGCCAGAUCGACGGUCACCCCACCCCCACCAUCAUGUGGUUCAGAGAGGACUACAAAAUCGAGAAUUCCAUUGACUUCCAGAUCAUUUAUGAGAAUGGAUUUGCCCGUCUGGUGAUCCGCGAGGCCUUUGCUGAAGACAGUGGCCGUUUCACCUGCACAGCUACCAGCGAGGCUGGAACUGUCAGCACGUCGUCCUACCUGCUUGUCCAGGUGUCGGAGGACAUAGAGAGCCGAGAGGAGAUUACUGCUGUCGCUCAGCAGGUUAAAGAAGUGACUGAGGAAUCCAAAGAGGAGACCAUGUCACAGGUGAGCGUCGCAGAGUCAGAAACGCCUGCAGCCACUGCACCCUUCUUCAUCAAGAAGCCCACCGUCCAGAAGCUAGUGGAGGGAGGAAGUGUGGCCUUUGACUGCCAGGUGGGAGGAAGCCCCAAACCACACAUUAUCUGGAAGAAGAGUGGUGUGCCACUUACUACUGGAUACAGAUACAAAGUCUCCUACAAAAAGGAGACUGGAGAGUGCAGAUUAGAGAUAUCCAUGACCUUCGCUGACGAUGCUGGAGAGUAUUCCAUCUACAUCAAGAACCAGGCCGGAGAGGCCUCGGCUUCAGCUGACCUGCUGGAGGAAGAGGAGUACGAAGCCUACAUGAAGAAACAUGAAGCCGUUUUUAAGACUGAAGUGACAGCUGUGGUGCAGGAGCUCAGCGUGGUAGAAGUUCCCCCUGUUGUUGUUACCGAAGUGGAGCAGAGGACCACCACCGUCAUCUCCGGACAGGUAGGAGCCACAGGCCAAACCAUUUAAAACUUUGAAAACAAGGAAUUCCACAUUUCUGCCUUUGAGCAGAGGAUCAUCCAGGAGAUUGAGCUGCUGAUCAUGAAGAUUACCUAUAGAGAAAUAGUGACAGAGGACGGAGAACUGAUGCUGACCGCAACGGAGGAUGAGGCUGCGCAGCCAGCCUUUGACACUCCAGUAAAAAACUACAGAAUUAUGGAGGGAAUGGGCGUCACUUUCCACUGCAAAUGCACUGGAAUGCCACUGCCUAAGAUUGUAUGGUACAAAGAUGGCAAUCGCAUCAAACAUGGCGGUCGUUACCAGAUGGAGGUUCUCCAGGACGGAAGAGCCAGCCUGCGUCUAGCCAUGGUGCUGCCAGAGGAUGAGGGUGUUUACACAGCCUUUGCCACUAACAUGAAGGGGAAUGCUGUCAGCUCUGGGAAGCUAUAUGUGGAGCCAUCAGGGGCAGGAACACCUCAGAGAUACACACCCCAGCCGGCGAUGCAGAGAAUCAGGUCAACAUCUCCUCGUACUCUGAGUCGUUCACCUGGACGUUCCUCUAGCCGUUCUCCUGGACGCUCUCCUGCUCGCAGGCUUGAUGAGACAGACGAAGCUCAGCUGGAGAGACUCUACAAGCCUGUGUUUGCCAUGAAGCCUUCUUCAUGCAAAUGCUCUGAGGGACAGACCGCCAGAUUUGACCUGAAGGUUGUUGGCAGACCAAUGCCAGACACAUACUGGUUCCACAAUGGACAACAAGUGGUCAGUGACUACACCCACAAGAUAGUGGUAAAGGAGGAUGGAACACAGUCCCUGAUUAUAGUUCCAGCCAUGCCCCAAGACUCUGGAGAGUGGACAGUUGUUGCUCAGAACAGAGCUGGAAAAUCCUCUGUCUCCAUAACUCUCACCGUUGAUGCUAAAGAAACUCUAGUGCGCCCACAGUUUAUUGAGAAACUGAAGAACAUCAGUGUAAAGAAAGGCACUCUGGUUGAGUUGGCUGUUAAAGCCAUUGGAAACCCCAUCCCUGACAUUGUGUGGCUGAAAAACAGUGACAUUAUCACUCCACAUAAGCAUCCACAUAUCAAGGUUGAAGGCACAAAAGGAGAGGCCAAAUUCCAGAUCCCUUCGCCAGCUGCCUCUGACAGUGCCUGGUAUACAGCUACUGCUAUCAACAAGGCUGGAAGAGAUACUACUCGCUGUAGAGUCAAUGUUGAGGUUGACUUUGCUGAACCUGAACCAGAGAGGAAGCUCAUUAUUCCAAAAGGAACCUACAAGGCCAAGGAGAUUGCCCCUCCUGAAGUUGAACCCCUGCAUCUUCGCUAUGGCCAAGAGCAGUGGGAGGAGGGAGACCUUUAUGACAAGGAGAAGCAGCAGAAACCACAGUUCAAGAAGAAGCUGACUUCUGUGAGAAUGAAGCGCUUUGGUCCAGUUCAUUUUGAGUGCAGAUUGACUCCUAUUGGUGACCCAACGAUGGUAGUGGAGUGGUUGCAUGAUGGCAAACCCCUUGCAGCUGCCAACAGGUUGCGCAUGGUCAAUGAAUUUGGCUACUGCAGUCUGGACUAUGAAGUCGCUUAUGCUAGAGACAGUGGUGUCAUCACCUGCAGAGCUACAAACAAGUUUGGAGUAGACCAGACCUCGGCCACCCUGGUUGUCAAGGAUGAGAAAGGUCUUGUUGAAGAAACACAGCUUCCUGAGGGCAGGAAGGGAGUACACCGAAUGGAUGAGAUGGAGCGCGUGGCUCAUGAGGGAGGACCCUAUGGAGUCAGUGCUGAGGAGGAGGCUGAAAAGACUAAGCCUGAGAUUGUCUUGGUUCCUGAACCAGCCCAAGUCCUGGAAGGUGACUCAGCAAGAUUCCGUUGCAGAGUGACUGGUUAUCCAACCCCUAAGGUUAACUGGUACCUCAAUGGACAACUCAUUUGCAAGAGCAAAAGAUACAGACUUCGGUAUGACGGUAUCUAUUAUCUGGAGAUUGUUGAUAUUAAGUCUUAUGAUUCUGGAGAGGUCAAAGUGGUGGCUGACAACAUCCUGGGCUCAGCUGAACACACUGUGAAGUUGGAGAUCCAACAGAAAGAGGACUUCAGAACCCAUCUUCGCCGUGCUCCUGAAGGCAAGGCUGCUGAGACUGGCGCUGAGCUUGGUAAAACACCAUUUGAGGUCCUGAAGGCUGAGAAACUUGCAGAGGAACCUCAGCCAAAAGAGGUGGUCAAACUUAAGAAGACCCACAGGAUUGUGCAUGAGAAAACCAAAGAGGAGUCAGAGGAGCUGAGAAGCAAGUUCAAGCGCAGGACAGAAGAAGGUUAUUAUGAGUCCAUUACUGCUGUGGAGCUCAAGUCUCGAAAGAAGGAUGAGUCCUAUGAGGAUCUGCUGAAGAAGACAAAGGAAGAGCUGCUGCAUCGUGUCAAGGAGAGAGAGAAGGCUGAGAAGAAGAAGGAAGAAGAGCGCGGCAAAGUCACCGCUACACCACUAAAACCAGAGAGAAUAAAGCUCUCAGCUAGCAUGGAAGCUCCUAAGAUCCUUGAACGUAUCACCAGCCAGACGGUCGCACAGGAUGAUGAGGUUAAGUUCAGAGUCCGAGUGGUUGGCCGACCAGAACCUGAAUGUCAGUGGUUCAAGAACGGCAUCCAACUGGAGAAAUCUGAACGUAUCUACUGGUACUGGCCUGAGGACCAUGUAUGUGAAUUAGUGAUCAGAAAUGUCAGAGCAGAGGAUUCCGCUAGUGUCAUGGUCAAAGCCAUGAACAUUGCUGGAGAGACUUCAAGCCAUGCCUUCCUGUUGGUGCAAGCAAAGCAAGUCAUCACCUUCACACAGAAGCUGGGGGAGAUCAAUGCCAAGGAGAAGGACACCAUGGCAGCCUUUGAGUGUGAGACCAAUGAGCCUUUUGUCAAGGUUAAGUGGAUGAAGAACAAUAUGGAGAUCUUCUCUGGAGACAAAUACAGGAUGCACUCUGACAGAAACGUUCACUUCCUGUCGGUGCUGAUCAUCAAUAUGAAGGAUGAUGCAGAGUACAGCUGUGUUGUUGUAGAUGACGAGAGUGUCAGAACCACAGCCAAGCUUAAUGUUGAAGGUGACCCACUGGAGGUACUGAAGAACCUGGAGAACACUGAGGUGCCGGAGACCUACUCUGGAGAGUUUGAGUGUGUUGUGUCUCGUGAGGAUGCCGAGGGCACCUGGUUCUUUGGAGACAAGGAGAUCUCUCCAAGUAGUAAAUAUGUCAUGUCCUCCCGCCGUGGAAGGCACACUCUGACUGUCAAAGAUGUGAAGAAGGAGGAUCAGGGAAAAUACACCUUCAAAGUAGGCGAUUUCAAGACAAGUGCCUCUCUGAAGAUGAAGUUGCGCCCCGUGACCCUGAUGCAGCCCCUGAGUGACCUGACUGUCUGUGAGGGAGACAUUGCUCAGAUGGAGGUCAGGUUUUCCCAGGAGAAUGUUGAAGGAACCUGGAUGAAGAAUGGUCAAGCCAUCUCUGCCUCAGGUCGCAUCCACAUGGUUAUCGACAAGCAGAUCCACAAACUCCUGAUUGAGGAUACCAACAAGGAUGACUACGGAAAGUACUCCUUUGUGGUUCCCGCCCAGGAUAUCUCAACCUCCGCCAAGCUCAUCGUACAGACUAUUGGUGUUUUGGUGCCACUGAAGGACAUCAGUGCUGUAGAGGGCACCAAGGCUGUUCUGGAAGCGAAGAUCUCAGCCCAGGAUGUCAGCUCAGUCAAGUGGUACCACAAUGACAAGCUGGUGAUGCCCAAUGACCGAAUCCACAUGGUGGCCAAGGGAGCCAAGCAGCGUCUGGUCUUCACCAGAACCUUCGCCUCCGACGAGGGACAAUACAAACUGAUAGUUGGCAGAGCUGACACCAGCUGCAAAUUUUCUGUUGAGACGGUCCAGAUUGUGACACCAAUGAAAGACAAGGUGUGCUCUGAGUCUGAGAACGUCACCUUUGAGGUUGAGGUUUCUCACCAUGGCGUUCACGCUCUCUGGACCUUUAAAAAGCAGCCACUUAAAGCUGGGGCUAAGCACAAGAUGGAGUCCAAGGGCAAACACUACACCAUGACUGUUAUGAAUGCCAUGAAGGAUGAGGAGGGCGAGUACAUGUUUGCAGCUGGGGAGAAGACAUCGAGUGCCACACUCACAGUAUCAGGUGGAGCCAUCAAGAGGCCCCUGUGUGACUUGGUGGUGGCCGAGUCUCAGACGGUUGAGCUGGAGUGUGAAGUGGCCAACCCCUCUGCUGAGGGCAAGUGGCUUAAGGACGGCGAGCCAGUAGACUUCAGUGAUAACGUAGUGAGUGAGGUGAAAGGAGCCGUCAGACGCCUGGUUAUUGUCAUCACCAAAGCAACAGACAUUGGAGAGUACAGCUAUCAGGUGGCCAGCUCCAAGACAUCAGCCUAUCUCAGAGUUGAGGCUGUGAAGGUGAAGAAGACAUUGAAGAACCUGAAUGUGGUUCAGACCCAGGAGGCCAAAUUUAGUCUGGAGCUGACCCAUGAGCAUGUGAAGGGAUCUCAGUGGAUCAAGAAUGGUGUAGAGAUCCUCCCCAGUGACAAGUAUGAAAUAACGGUGGAGGGCGCGGUCCACACACUAAAGAUCAAGAACUGCAACACACAAGAUGAGUCUGUUUAUUCAUUCAAGCUGGGCAAACUGUCUGCAAGUGCCAGGCUGAAUGUUGAGACCAUUAAGAUUCUGAAGAAGCCAAAGGAUGUGACAUCACUUUUGGGAGCCACUGCCACAUUUGAGGUGGGGCUGUCAGAGGAUGACAUCGCAGUAAAAUGGAUGUUCAACAAUGUGGAGCUGAAACCUAAUGAGCAUUACAAGAUGUUCUCUGAGAAGAAAAGCCACAAGCUGGUUGUCCAGGAUGUGGACAAUGCCAAAGCGGGAGAGUACACUCUUGUGAUCGGCCAUUUGCAUUGCAGUGCUCACCUCACUGUGGAGUCUCUGCAUGUCACCAAACCCCUGAAGAGUCUGGAGGUCCCAGAGACCCACGUGGCCGCUUUUGAAUGUGAGGUUUCCCAUUACAAUGUCCCGUCCACCUGGCUGAAGAACGGCGUGGAGAUUGAGAUGAGUGAGAAGUUCAGGAUCGUGGUCCAGGGUAAACUUCACCAGCUGAAGAUCAUGAACACCAGCACAGAGGACUCUGCAGAAUACACCUUUGUCUGUGGAAACGACAGAGUCUCUGCAACCCUCACGGUUAACCCUAUUCUGAUCACGACGAUGCUGCAGGAUCUGAAUGCUCAAGAAAAACAGACAAUAACAUUCGAAGUUCAUGUCAACUAUGAGGGAAUCACCUACAAAUGGCUGAAGAAUGGUGUGGAGAUCCGCUCAACUGACCGGUGUCAGGUCCGGUGUAAACAGCUAGCUCACACCCUGAGCCUCAGGAAUGUUCACUUUGGAGACACUGCUGAGUACACCUUCAUGGCUGGCUCUGCUGCUACAACAGCUAAGCUCUUUGUUGAAGCUCGUGUAGUAGAAUUCACCAAACACCUGAGAGACCUGAAGAUCACUGAGAAGAAGAGGGCAACCUUUGAAUGUGAGGUUUCUGAGCCCAACGUCCAGGUUAUGUGGAUGAAGGAUGGACAGGAGCUGGAGAUGUCUGACAGAUAUAAAAUGACCUCGGACAAGUUUGCACACUGUCUGGUCCUGCCUUCGGUGCGUCAGUCUGAUGCCGGGGAAUACACUGUGGUGGCCGGGGCCAGCAUGUCCAAGGGCUCUCUGACAGUCGAGGGGAGGGAUGUUAAAAUCUCCGAGCCUGCUGAUAAAGACAUCACGGUUGUGGAGAAACAAAGAGCAACCUUUGAGUUUGAGGUCAAUGAGGACGAGGUUGAGGGCCGCUGGCUGAGGAAUGGAGUUGAGAUCCAGUUGUCAGUUGAGGAGAGAUUCCGCUAUGUGGCCAUCAGGAAAGUCCACCGUCUGACAAUCUCUGAGGCCUACAGGAGUGAUGCAGGGGAAUACACCUUCAUCGCUGGGAAGAACAGAAGCACCGUGAACCUUCAUGUUAGAAUCCCAGAGCCUCCUCAGAUAGUUCGCCACAUGGAGCCCCAGUCGGUGGAAGCGGGUAAACCAGCUCGCUUCACAGUGGAGGUGACUGGCGUUCCCCAUCCCCAGGUCUUCUGGUACAAGAACUCCCAGGCUCUGUCUGCCAGCUUCAAGUGUAAGUUCCUCCAUGAGGGAAAUGAGCACACACUGCUUCUGAUGGAGGUCUUCCCAGAGGACGCCGCUGUCUACAACUGUCAGGCCAAGAGUGACUUCGGAGAGGCAACAAGCUCUGCAGCUCUGACUGUGGAAGUUCCUGAGGUCAUUUCUCCUGAGGCUGGGACUCCUCUAUCUGCUCCCGUGAUUGUCACUCCUCUUUGUGACCUUCGGGUCACAAAAGGACACCCUGCCAAGUUCCAGUGCACUGUGUCUGGGGAAGAUGUGCAGGUUUCUUGGUUCUGUACUGACAGAGAGAUCAGACAGUCAGACAUCUACAGGAUGUCUCAUCAUGGUGGGACUUGCCAGCUGGACAUUUCCCAUGUUCACCCCAAUCAGGAAGGGGAAUACUCUUGUGUUGUCAGAAACUCAGCAGGAAUGGUCUCAUGUGCUGCAACACUGACUGUUGACGAUGAAAAUACACGAGCCUUAGCUAGUGUGUCAAGCACUGGGGCUGAGACAAUGAUAAGUCAGAGAACAGAGGUUCAGUCAGAGGUCUUCCACUCCCUCUCAGUGGGUUCAACAGCCCACAGUGUUGAGUUUAAUGAGACAGUGUUUGAGAGCUCCUCUCUGUCAACUUGGAAGACGGCUGAGGUUCAGCUGCAGAGUGUGAGCUCAGUGAAGAGGACAUGUGAGAGCAGCAGUGAUAUCAAUAUCAUGGCAAGCCCCAAAUUGCUGAUGGAGAUGAGUGAUGUCCAGGUGAGGAGUGGUGAGAUGGCGGAGUUCAGCUGUUCGUUUGAUGGGCAGCCCUUCACUGGGGUGGUGUGGGACCAUAACGGCCAGAGUCUGGUGGACACAGACAGGGUGAGGAGCACUCAGAGGGGAGGGCUGUUGUCCCUGAUGAUCCACGCAGUUGGUCUGGAAGACCAGGGCGUGUAUUGCUGCACUGCCUCCAACAAACAUGGCAACAACAGUACCUGGGCUCAGCUGACAGUUGAAGCUAAAGAAGCACAUGUCAAAGCAGAAACCCCCAUCCCUACCGAUUCUGUGCAUAAAGUCUCACAGGCAGACAGGGAGACCUGUAGGGAUUCUCCUGACCAAGACAAACAGGAGGUGCUAGAGAAACUGGGAUCAUCGCCUUCAUCUUCUCAAAGGCCUUACAGUCUGAUCAGCCACCUGUAUUUCCCUGAUGGCGUGCCUCAUGAAGAGAGAGGUCAAGGCCUCUCCAGCCACUCUGACUUCUUGAUCAAGCUGCCCCCUGACCUACUGCUUAAACACAGAGACAACGUCUCCCUAUAUUGCGUUAUGAAAGGGGUCCCCACUCCUUUAGUUAUUUGGCUGCACAACUUGUUGAAUGUAGAGGAUUAUGUGUCUUAUUCUCUAAAACACAAUGGCCCCCUGUGCUGUCUAAAUGUUAAGAAAGUGGGGUCCAGCCAAGGGGGCACUUACACUUGCAAAAAUCUCAGCUCAGCUGGGGAUGCUGAGAGCAGCACAGACAUGAAAGCUACGGCAAAGGAGGAGGAACCUUCACCUCAAGUACAGGAGGAAGUGAAAGCUUUCUCUAGCUCAACAAUCGUGGUGGAAGAAGAAACCGAGGCAUUUUACAGCACUGGUCUCCAGUUACCACACAAAACCAAAACACUUGAACUCAAGCCAGAACCCAAACAAUACUCUAGCACUGUAGUAAAGAAGAAAGAAAAGCCAGUUUUCCUCAGCCAACUUUCCCCAGCAGCUGUGACUGCUGGGGAAACAGCUAGAUUUACUGUGACAGUGUCUGGCUUCCCUAAGCCCACUGUUCAGUGGUUCCACAAUGGAUGUAGUAUAACAGGUUCAUCCAUUUAUAGAUUCAUUCACGAGAAAGAUGAGUACAGCCUGGUCAUUCACAAAGUUCAGAAAGAGUUUGAGGGAGAGUACUCCUGCACUGCCAGCAAUAGGUUUGGCCAGUCAAGCUGCACGUCUUACCUACAUGUUCAGGUGAAGGAUCCAAAGAGAGAGGAAAAAAAGCUUGAGAGAAAGUUUGAACUACCUGGCAACCCACCAGAAUUCACUAAAACAAUAGAGUCAGCUGAGUCUAUUGAGGGAGGUCAGAUGUUCUUUAGGUACAUUGUGACAGGAGACCCUCCUCCUGAGGUUCAGUGGCUCAAAGGGAGCCACCAGAUCAAGCCUGGUGGUUUUGUCAUUAUAGUGGACAACCCAGAUGGAUCUGGCUUUAUCAACAUCAAAAGCCUCAAACAGGAGGAUGGUGGCCUCUACACAUGUAAGGCUUCUAACCAGUUUGGUGAGGCUUCCUGUACCGCUGAACUGGUGGUGAUCAAGGAGUCUGUCUCUUUACCUCGCCAACAGGAACGACACACAGUAAUUCAAAAGAAAGGAUAUAAAGUCUCUAUGAAUGAACAGGGUACAGAGUCCCACUUGUACCAGGCCAUCCUCCCAGGACAAGAUGGAUCUGGAUCAGAUCAGAUGAUUUACACAAUUGGCACAAAGGACAGCCAGAUCAUUUCUAGGGAGCAGGUGGGCCCCUUUAGAAAGUUAGAUAUUUCAGCUGCCACUUUUCAUAGAGAGCAGGUCACCCGCCAGGCUGCAGUGCUGCAGUCUCAUGAGGUAGAGGAGAGGGUGUCAGUGGCUCUUACCCAUCCAUCUCAGGUUUCAGCCAUUCCUGUCAAACAGCUUCACAUGGCAGCUUUUACAUCUUCUGUCCAGGAGAGCCAGAAGAUCAUUGAACAGCACUCUGACCAGAUCCAGAGUCCUGAGGUACUAGAACUCGAGUUUGCUAAAGAGCAGCCAUCCAAGCUCAUGUUGGCCAUAGCUGAGGAAAUCCUCCCUCUCACCACUGUGAGAGCAGAGGCCCUGACUGACAGAAAGAAAGAACAGGUCAGGACUUCUGCUGAACCCAGGCACAUCGUCAGCAGUCACCAAGAAGAGUUUCCCCUCCCCAUUCUGAAGGAAACAUCAGCUCUCACCCAGAGGCCGGAGGAAGAAAAGAGUUUCAGGGUCACAGAGGGGGUAAAAAUUUUAUAUUCAGCUCAGUCUACAGGGCAGUUACCCAUAACAGAGAGACAUACUGAGCCUCUGCCGGUUUUAGACUCAGCCACCAAAUCCCUGAUUGAGAAAGAACAGCCCAAACCAGUCAUAGCGCCUGUCAGUGGGAGUGGAGUGAUUUUAUCGAAAGAACAGAAGUUUGAAAUACAACAACCAAUGCAGAGGAGUGUGAUACCAUCAAAAGACACAGUCUAUAUAUCAGCCACGAGCAUAGAUGAAACCUAUCCACUCCAGUCAGAACACUUGGGACAGAUAAUGUCUAUAGAGUCUGCUGUGCAUCCACAUACGCAGCUAGAGGGAGAGAGACAGCUAAAUCUACAGGUUAUCACUGAUCAGGAUGUUUUACAGGCUGAGGGGAGAUUCUCUUGUGAAAAGUCUUCACCAGAGCAGGCAGAAGUUAGCAAGAGUCCCACUAAUUUAUAUUCAGUCACCCACGAUAAUCAGAGAACUGUGGUUUGUGAGGCAACUUCAGAGUUCUCAGCGAAGACUGACUCUAUGUCCAUUCAGCCAAAGAAAGAGGCACCACCAGCACUAUAUCUUCAGUCAAUCCAUCUUGCGGCAGCUUUACCCAAGGAGGACAUACUUAACACUACCAAACCUGGCCAGCAGGUGGCAGCACAGAAGCAAGAAAAGGCAAGGAGACAUGCAGCCACCACGGAGGAGAGAAGGAAGCUCACAGCAGAUAAUCACAGUGAGCUUGAUGUGUCGGUGAAAGGAGUUCAGCCACAGUUUAGAACAGAACCUAGACCUCAGAACAUUCUACGGGUGUUCUCUCAGCCCACACAGCUCUCAAAGGAGACUCCUUUCAGCAGCUACGUCAAACAGCAGCAAGCUUUAGUGCAGAAGGAGGAGCGUUGGAAUGUGAUGCAUGUUUCCAGUGUAGAGGACAGCCAGGUCUUGCAGGAGGGUCAUACUGACAAUCUGAGUGCCAUGGAUAGAUUCAGCUGUCAGACAGUCAUAGAACCUAAAGUGCCCAUGGUGCCAGUCCAGAUUGAGGAGAAGGAGAUCUCUACAGUGAGCAGUGUGCCUCUGGAGGCAGCAGAACAGGACUUUGCUGUUCAGAUCCAGGAAGGUCAGUCAGUCAGACAGUCAAUAGUAAUGGAUGAGAAACGAGUGUUGACUGGUGAGCUCUCUCAGGAAAUCACCAAAUCUGAGUCCACAAACGUUAGUGUCAACAAACAGCCUAAAGUGUCUCUCAUGGCAUCAGAGUCUAAAGACAGUACACCUCUUCCUAAGGAGAUGACUUUUGUUAUUAAGAUCCCCAACCCCUCCAGUCUGAAUAUCAGACGUCAGCUGAAGGACGCUCUUCAGUCUGCUGUGGCCCGUGAACAGCCACUGUUACUGGCUGAUGUUGUAGGGAGCUUGGAGGCUGUAGAGAUACAGGGAGUCAAGGUUCAGAAAGAGCCCAAACGGACCAUGUUUACUUACCUUAUCACGACAACAGGUGCCCCCAUGGAAAUCACACUGGCUUUUGAAGGUGAAUACCCACAGACUGCUGAUCUCAGAACUGAACUUCAGGCAGCCCUCCACUCCAUAGUUUACCAGGAGGCUCACGUUCUCACCUCAGACCAGCCUGGUACUAUGCAGUUAGACAACCCUCAGAGGGUGCAGGUUACCUCAGGCCGCUCCAGGGAAAUGAUGUCAUCCAUGGUGGACACUGUCAUCGUAGCAGAGAGUACAGUUGGUUUUCCUCCCACUAAUUCCCUGUCUGCUACCAUCAAUACUGAAACCAAUGUGUCUUUUCAGAGUGCCACUUUUCACAGACAGUCUGAGAUCCAUGAAGUCAGGCAGGUUAGCAGUCGAGAGAAUAGGUCUCUGAGGAACCAGGGCAGGGAUGCAGAUGCUGCUGCUGCAACUGCCAUAGUGCCCCUUGGCCAAGUCCCUAUGGAGGAACAUGUGGACAUGUCCAUCCACAGAGAAACUAGAGAGGAGUAUCUCUCCGAGGCCAUUAUGAUCAGUGAAUCCUCAGACACUCUUGUAGAUUAUCCUGUACUCGUGGAGUCUCUGGAGGAUAUGUGCACAGAGGAAAACAGUGAGGUUGUAUUUAGCACAACCAUAAAGUAUGUUGCAAAGGUAAACUGGUUUUUUAAUGGACAAUUGGUGAAAUCUGGCAAAGAGUUCAAGUGUUCCAAAGACCACGACACAUACAUACUAAUUAUCAACAAAGUAAUCAAGGAGAAGCAUCAGGGAGAAUAUGUCUGUGAGGUUGAGAAUGAAGCCGGCAAGACAACUACAACAUCAAGACUCACUGUGGUCUCAAGAGUCAAGCCUGUUUUCAGGCACAAAAUUGUCCCCGUUGAGAUCAACAUUGGCAAUACUGCCAAAUUUGAAUGUGAGAUUGAGGAUGCACCACAUGUGAACUUCAAGUGGUUCAAGGAUGGAAACCCCAUCAAAGAAAGUGAUAAAUGCAGAAUUAUCAGUCGCAUCAACAAUUCCAGCAUGGAGUUGUUGAGGCCGACCAAGGACGACAGUGGUGAAUACACCUGUAAGGCCUCCAACCGGCAUGGCUCUGACAGCUGCUCAGCCUCUCUCACUGUGACCGAACUAUUUCCUCCUGCCUUUUUAACUAAACCUGAGCCUCUGACUGUAUAUGUUGGAAAGGAGGCCAUGAUACAGUGUGUGAUAACAGGAUCUGCUCCGCUCAGUAUUGUUUGGCUAAAAGACAACCAAGCCUUACCCCAUCUGCCAACACGCUACCACACUUCCUCUGAAAAGAAUAAUUACACUCUUGAGAUAAGCAAACUUGGGCCAGCCGACCAAGGGGUUUAUUUGUGUCAGGCGUCUAACAAUGCUGGGUUAGCUGUGUGCAGCACAGAGCUGAGAGUCAUUGACAAACCCAGGUUCACGAAGCCCCUUGGUCCAGUGUCGGCUGCUGUUGGGAACUCUCUUCACCUGGAGUGUCAGGUGGACGAGGACACGGGAGUAACUGUAGUCUGGACCCGAGGUGGUAGGAGGGUCCACCAAUCCCCAGAUUGUAAACUGUCUUUUGAAGAUAAAAUGGUUGCUCUUGAUAUCCUAAAGACUACUCUGAAAGACUGUGGAGAGUAUGUUUGCUCAGUGACAAAUGAGGCUGGAAGUGCAACAUGCUCCACUUCGGUCAAGGUGCAAGAGCCCCCAGUCUUUGUGAAGAGACUGGAGCACACCGUGGUUUGGAAGCAAGGCAGUACUGCACGGCUGCAGUGCACUGUUAAAGGAUCUCCCGAACUCCACACCACCUGGUUCUUAAAUGACAGAGAGCUGUCUGCUGGAGACAGACAUAACGUCACUCUGAAGGAUGGGCUCGUCACUCUGGAGAUAAAGGAUGUGAGCUUUGAUGACAGUGGAAACUACACCUGUGAGGUUCUGAAUGUGGCUGGCUGUGAAAGCUGCAGUACUGAAGUCCUUGUAAAAGACCCCCCCUCUUUUAGAAGGGAGUUAUUUUCCAUUGAAGCACUGAGAGGAUCGAUAGCCAGGUUUGAAUGUGAGCUUGCAGGCUCUGCACCGUUCGAGGUGGUCUGGCUUAAGAAUAAGAAGAGCCUAUCUGCAGGUAAAAAAUACGGCAUAGUGUCCCACGGAUCCAUGUUGUGUCUGGAGAUCCACUCAUUUGAAAGUGCCGACAUUGGGGAAUAUCAGUGUGUCAUAUCCAACGAGGUUGGCUCAGUAUCUUCAAAGUCCGUGGCUAAACAGAAAGAGCCGCCAUCUUUCUCAAAAAGGAUUGAGAGCGCCACAACGGUGUUGGGAAAUGCAGUGAAGCUGCAGGGCACCAUAAAAGGCUCAGCUCCCAUCACUGUUAAAUGGACAAAAGACUCCGAGAUACUAAGAGAUGAUGAUCCUAACAUCACCAUGGAGUUUGAGAGCAAUGUUGCUCGACUCUUAUUCUCAUAUGCUGAGCUAAAACACGGUGGCAAGUAUGCCUGCCUAGCAGAGAAUGAAGCAGGAAAUCAGAAAAGUGAAGCUAUUUUAACAAUUCAAGAACCUGCUAGAGUCCUAGAGAAUACAAAGUCCAUCAGUGUGACUGCAAGGGAUUCUGCUUCCUUGGAGUGUACCGUCACUGGAAGCCCAGAGCUCAAAGUGAAAUGGUUUAAAGACGGAAAGGAGAUGACGAGUGGUCGAAAAUAUAAAAUGACUGUGAAAGACAAUACCGCCAGCUUAAAGAUCCUUUCAGCAGAGAAAGGAGACGCCUCAGAAUACAGAAUGGAGGUGUCCAACAAAGUUGGGAAGGAUCAGUGCACAUGCUCAGUUACUGUCUUGGAUCGACCAGUUCAGCCAUCUUUCACAAGAACUCUAAAGAAAACUGUUGGGAACAUUGGUGACAACAUUACCAUGCAGUGCAGAGUGUCUGGAUCCCAGCCCAUGGCUGUGUCUUGGUUCAGAGAAGAUAAGGAGAUCCACAGUGAUGGGAAAUAUAAGCUAGACUUCAUGGAGAACACAGCCUCCCUGAUGGUCAUGAGUCUGGGCCAGAGUGAUGGGGGACUUUUCACAUGUCGGGCCACUAAUAGUGCUGGACAUGAAGAGACCAGCGGCACUUUGUGUGUGCACGAACCACCGGUCUUCAUAAUAAAGCCUGAGUCCCAAGAUGCCACACCAGGAAGCACUGUUUCCUUCAAAUCAGCCUUCACUGGAACGGCUCCUCUGGCUGUCAAGUGGUUCAGAGAGGAAAAGGAGAUUUCCACUGGAGGCACAUAUUUCAUAAAGAAAGAUUCCUCUUCGAGCUCCUUGGAGCUUCACUCAGUGAAACCUUUUGACUCUGCUAAGUACACAUGCCAAGUGUCGAAUGAUGCUGGGAAGGUGGACUGCACUGCGGUCCUCUUCGUCAAAGAACCACCGACAUUUUCAAUGAAGCUCGAGCCCUCGCAAAUGGUGAAAAUGGGGCAGUAUCUGAAGUUGUCCUGCAAAGUGCUGGGCAGCCCUGUGAUUAGCAUCCAGUGGUUUAAAGAUGGCAUUGAAAUCAGUUCAGACCACAGACAAACGAUGUCAUUCACCGACUCGGUUGCCUCUCUGGACAUAGCAGACUGCCGUGUUGAGGACAGUGGAACUUAUGUCUGUGAGGCAUCCAGCGAGGCCGGUAGUGACCGCUGCAGCAGCACCGUGUUAGUCAAAGAGCCUCCGGCAUUUGUGAGGCCUUUUGACUCAGGAGAGCUUGUGAAGGGAUCAGACGUUAUAGUAGAAGGAACAGUUUCAGGCUCUGAUCCUUUUGAAAUAAGCUGCUACCACAAUGACAAGCAGAUCAGAAAUGACAGAAGGCAUAAGAUCAGUGUUCACAACAGCACUGUCACUCUUCACAUCUCCAAGUGCGAGGCUGGAGAUGCUGGAACAUACCAAUGCACUGUAGCAAAUUGUGUGGGAGAAACAACUUGCAGUUUCCACAUGUCGCUGAAAGAGCCACCAUGGUUUGUUGAGAGGCUAGAGGAUGUGUUGUACCUUGUAGGCUCGUCUUAGCUCUCUAUGAAGUGCAUGUUGUCUGGAUCACUGUCCAUGACUAGUUCCUGGAUCGAGGAUGAUCAUGAACUCACUGAGGACGAGCACAUUAAGAUGUCCUAUGAAACCAAAGCUGCCAUGUUGAAUUUGAAAAAUGGUGUUACCGAAAAAUGUACAGAUGACACACAGUGGGAAAUAUAUCAGUCAGGCGUCAGAAGUCAAAGGUGUGUUGCUGUGCUCACAGUUACGAAGCCAGCUAAGGUGACAGAGGAGGCCAAGUCUAUCAGUGUGACUCAGGGGGAUCCAGCCACACUAGAGGCCCGGUUCUCAGGCACCAGACCCCUGAAGGCCAGGUGGCUGAAGGGGGGCAAGGAGCUGACCUCAGGCCAGAGAUAUAAAGUACAGAGUACAGACAGCAGCUCCAGUCUGAAGAUUGUUAAAACAGAGAAAAGUGAUGGUGGUGAAUACAUAUUUGAGGUUUCAAAUGAUGCAGGACACGGUACCUGCCAGGCCACACUCACUGUUCUAGAUCAAAUAGUUCCUCCAUCCUUCACAAGAAAACUGAAACAGAUGGAGGGCAUCAGAGGACUGUUUGCCCAUCUGGAGUGUCUUGUGUCAGGCUCUUUACCCAUCACUGUUCAGUGGUACAAAGAUGAGAAAGAGAUCCAGAGUGAUGACAAACACAAAUGUACAUUCUUUGAGAACGUGGCUUUCCUGGAGAUCUCUCGUCUUGACAGUAAAGAUAGUGGCACCUACACCUGCAUAGCUACAAACAAGGCUGGUGCUGGCCAGUGCUCCGGUACCAUGUUGGUGAAAGAAGCCCCGUGUAUUCUUGAAUAGCCAGAGUCCAUCAAUGUUUUGUCUGAGACCUAAGUCCAGUUUUAUGUCCUUUUUACUGGCACCCUGCCUUUGACCAUGAAUUGGUUUAAGGACUAAAAGGAGGUUUUAUCCAGCCUUGACUGUUCCGUCAUCAAAGACAACACCUCUAGUUCACUGGAGCUCCUCUUUGCCAAAGCCCCAGAGCCUCCUCGGUUUGUCCUGAAACUGCCUCCUGCUACCUUUGUGAAACAGUGUGAGGGACACCGCUUUGAGUGCAAGGUCACCAGCGCACAUUCCCUGAGAGUGUGCUGGUUUAAAAAUGACCAAAAGAUAACAGAUGGAAGCAACUAUAAAACAAUGCUUGUCAACUCCAUGGCAUAUCUUCAACUGCGAACCACACAGUUUGAGGAUAAUGGAGUCUACACCUGUGAGAUUCAAAAUGAUGCUGGCAUUGAAAGCUGCAGCACCGUUCUCACGGUUCAAGAGUCCCCAUCCUUUGUUAAAAAGCCAGACCCAGUGGAGGCCAGUAGAGGAAAAGAUGUCAGCCUGUGCUGCGAGAUAUAUGGUACGCCACCUUUCCAGGUUAACUGGUACAAAGCCAAAAGGCCCUUAAAGGAGAACAGGAAGUAUAAGAUUGUCACUGAGGCCAGCUGUACAACACUUCACAUCAUGAAGCUGGAGACAGCUGAUGCUGGUCUUUACGAGUGCAUGGUCUCAAACAAUGUGGGAAGUGAGACCUGCCGUGCUACGGUUAGCCUAAAAGAACCACCAGCGUUCGUCAAGAAACUGAGUGACCAGUCUGUGACAGCAGGUCAGGACCUGACACUGACUGCUACAGUCAAAGGCUCCGAGCCCUUGACUGUGUCCUGGAUUCAGGAUAAGGAUCACAUCCUCAGAGAUGGUGACAACAGGAAAAUCACCUUUGAGAAUAACGUGGUCACUUUAAUAGUUCCUAAGUGCGACUCCGCUACUGCUGGCAAAUACACUUGCCAACUCAGAAAUGACUCUGGGGUUGUUGAGUGUGUCUCCCAAGUCACUGUUCUAGAGCCCGCUGCUAUUGUGGAUAGCCCUGAGCACUUAAAUGUGAAGUCGGAAGAGAAUGCAGCGGUGGAAGUCACAGUGUCUGGCUCACCAGAACUGAUAAUCCACUGGUUCAAGGACGGCAAAAAGCUUUCUGCUGGUGCCAAGUACCAGAUGUUGUUCUCAAAGAAGGUGGCCACCCUGAAGAUAAGAUCGGCUGACAAAGCCGAUGCAGGAGAAUACAAGUUAGAAGUGAAAAAUGAUGUUGGCACAGCAUCCUGCAAGAUUAAACUCUCUGUCUCAGAUAAAAUGAUUCCACCAACUUUCAUAAGGAAGCUGAUGGACACCCAUCUUGUUGUGGGUAAACCUGGUGAGAUGGAGUGUAAGGUUGCUGGCACUGCUCCAUUCACCACCUCCUGGUUCCAUAAAGGCCAGGAGAUCAAGAGUGGGCCAGACUAUGACCUGAGCUUCAGUGGUAACACUUGCAAAAUGAGAGUCCCAACUGUCAAGUUGUCUGACUCUGGAAAAUACAUGUGCAAAGCAGUUAACGCUGCAGGAGCCAGCGAGACAAGCGCUUCGGUGACAGUCACAGAAACUCCGUCAUUCAUCGAAACACCUGAGAUGAAGGAAACAUUGCCCGGCAAAGACGUAACUUUCUCAGCCAGGAUUAAAGGCAGCGCCCCACUGAAGGUGAAAUGGUUCAGGGGAGCAAAAGAAAUGCUGCAUGGAAGAGGCUGUGCGAUCGCCCUGAAGGACAAUGUCGCUACUCUGGUGCUUCGCAGAGUUGACAAGUCCUACGCUGGAGAGUACACAUGCCAGGUUAUAAAUGAUGCAGGGAAGGAGAGCUGCCCAGUUAACCUGUUUGUGAAAGAACCUGUCCGUUUUGUGAAGAAGUUGAGGGAUAUUUCCUCUGAAAAGGGCAAGCCUCUGAGGCUUGAGGUCACGUUUGCUGGAACCCCCAGGGUAAACGUAACUUGGCUGAAGGACGGUCAGUUCAUAUGGGCUUCUUACCAGUACAACGUGAUAACCACAGACACCUCAUGCAUCCUGGAGAUCCUUAACAGCGACAGGAUGGAGGCAGCUGGUAGAUACUCUUGUGAAGUAGACAACGGACUCGGAAGUGACAAAUGUGAAGCACAAGUUUCUAUUCUAGAACGGCCAUACUUUGUUGAAAACAUGCAGCCGGUGGAGGUAACGGUGGGUGAUGCGGUUACCCUGGCAUGCCGUGUUGCUGGCACCCCUGACAUUUCAGUAGCUUGGUUUAAAGCUGAUGGAAAGCUGCGUAAAUCCAACACUUGCUCAAUGGGCUUCUCAGGAGGCAUUGCCACUUUGAAGCUGAGCCAGACAACUAAGUUUGAUCACGGCGAAUACAUCUGCAAGGCCGAGAACCGCGUCGGCUCAGCCUCAGCAAGCUGUAAUGUCACGGUUAAAGGUGAAAAUUAGCCUGCCCGCUUCGUGAGCAAGCUGACAAACACUUUCUAUAAAGUCGGCCAUCCUCUGACGCUGAAGUGCAAGUUCACUGGCAGCCAGAGGAUCUGCGUCAGCUGGAUGAAAGAUGGCAAACCUAUCUGGGCCUCAUACAAAUACAACGUUAAGACUGUCGACGACUCCAGUACCUUGGAGGUUCUCAACAGCGACACGCGGGAAGCAGCUGGACAAUACUCGUGCCAGGUUUCUAAUUCCGAGGGCAGCGAUAUCUGCCACGCUGUGGUUAAGAUAGAACCUGUGCAUUUUGUAAAAAAGCUGGAGGACACCACGUGGAGGCUUGGCCAUCCCCUGUCGCUGUACUGUGCUUACAGUGGCAGCCCCAGGGUCUCCGUAAGCUGGAAAAAAGAUGACAAACCAAUAUGGGCCUCCUACAAAUACAACGUCAAGACUACAGACGAUGCUUGUGUCUUAGAGGUUCUCAACAGUGACAGGCUAGAGGCAUCAGGAAGAUACUCCUGUGAGAUUUCUAACUCUGAGAACUCUGCUAUCUGCUCUGCUCAGGUCACGCUAGAACCUGUGCGCUUUGUGAAAAAGUUAGAAGACACUACGUUUAGGGUGGGCCAGCCCCUGAAGCUCCAGGUCACAUACACAGGCAGUCAGCAUGUGUAUGUGAGCUGGAGAAAAGACGGCAAGCCAAUCUGGGCAUCCUAUCAGUAUAACGUCAAGACCACAGACGACUCCUGCAUCCUGGAGGUUCUCAACAGUGACAGAGAAGAAGCUGCGGGGAAAUAUUCCUGUGAGGUCUCCAACGCUAAACCUGUGCGCUUUGUGGAAAAGCUAAGAGACACUGCUUACAGUCUGGGUGAUCCCUUGAGUCUAAAAUGCACAUACGCUGGGAGCGAGAGAGUAAACGUGACCUGGAAGAAGGACGGCAAAUUCAUCUGGGCCUCGUACAAAUACAACAUGAAGACCGUUGAUUCGUCGUGCGUUCUGGACAUCCUCAACAGUGACAGAGAAGAAGCUGCUGGGCUUUAUUCUUGUGAAGUGUCUAAUGCAGGAGCUUCUGCCGUCUGUGAUGCUUAUGUCAUGUGUAAAGCCUCUAAGAAAGAACCUGCACGCUUUGUCAGAAAGCUGCAGCACAUGACCUUCAGGGUGGGGGAGCGGCUGACUCUUAGGGUGGCAUAUACAGGCAGCCAGAGAAUGUCUGUCGACUGGAAGAAAGAUGGCCGACCCAUCUGGGCCUCUUAUCAGUACACUGUCCAGACCACCGACUGCAGCUGCAUCUUGGAGGUUCUCAACAGUGACAGAGAAGCAGCUGCUGGAAGAUACACAUGUCAGAUUUCCAACGCUGAAGGCUCUGAUGUCUGCCAUGCUUAUGUCAGACUAGAUCCUGUACGCUUUGUCAAGAAGUUAGAGGACGUCUCCCAUCAACUGGGUAAACCUCUGAAGCUCAAGUGCACGUACGCCGGUAGCCAGAGGGCCUCUGUCACCUGGAAGAAGGACGACAAGCUGAUCUGGGCCUCUUAUCAGUAUAACGUUAAAACCACAGACUCCACCUGCGUCCUGGAGGUCCUCAACAGCGACAGACCCAACGCGGCUGGGAAAUACACUUGUGAAAUUUCCAAUGCUUCAGGAUCAGACACCUGUCAUGCUCAUGUCAGAAUAGAAUCAAAAGCCCCUCCAAACUUCACCAAGAGGCCUUCUGAAUCCAUGGAAGAUUCAGAGGGUAAGAUGCUGAGGAUGGAGGGUCGUGUGUCUGGCUCCCAGCCCUUAACUGUCACCUGGUAUAAGGACAACAAUGAAAUCCGCAGCUCUGACAAGUAUGACAUCAGCUUCAAGAACAACAUGGCUGUGCUAUGUAUCCGAGCCUCCACCCUCUCUGACGGGGGCAUGUACUCUUGUCAGGCCACUAAUGAGGCUGGCAGAGCCUCCUGCCAGGUGGCGCUGCACAUCUCAGAGACUUCCACGCCUCCCAAGUUUGACAUGCCUCUCAAAGCCAUUACUGUUGAUGAGGGCGAGAAGCUGAGCCUUAAGUGUCAUGUGUGUGGCUCUCCCUCUUUGAAAAUCCAGUGGAUGAAGGACAGGAGAGAGCUUAAGUCCACAGGAGACACCAAAAUCACAUUUGUGGAUGGCACAGCCUGUCUGGAGGUCAGCCGGGCCUCCAGGUCAGAUGCAGGAGACUACCUGUGUAAGGCUAGCAAUGCUGCCGGCAGUGAGUUCUGCAAGUCCAGGGUGACUGUGAAAGAUAAAGGAACCAAGGCUGGGCCAGCCGCCCCAGCAGCUCCCACUCCAGUCAAAAGGCUGGACAACCUGUUCUUCAUCGAGGAGCCCAAGAACGUCACCGUCACGGAGAAGGGCACUGCCACCUUCAUUGCCAAGAUCAGUGGUGAUCCCAUCCCCAGUGUGAAAUGGAUGAAAGGCAAAUGGAGACAAAUCACACCUGGUGGCCGUAUCUCUAUUGAGCAUAAAGGCCAGGAGGCCAAACUGGAGAUCAGAGAAGUGACCAAGUCUGACUCAGGACAGUACAGAUGUGUUGCCUCCAACAAACAUGGAGAGAUCGAAUGUAGCGCUGACAUGGAGGUUUCCAAAAAGGAGGAGGUUGAGGGAAUGGGAGACUUCAGGGCUAAACUGAAGAAGACUCCAUCCAAACAGAAGAGUCCCAAGAAGGAGGAAGAGGAUAUUGUUGAACUCCUGAGAGGUCAUGACCCCAAAGACUAUGAAAGAAUCCUCCGUGAGCAUGAAAUAUAUGACUACCGUGCCAUUCUUCAGGCCAUUGAGGCCCUGAAGAGGGAGAAAGAGGCAGAAACUGGGAAAGUGGAAGUGGAACAUGGUGGCAGAGUUGAAGAGGAAGACAUGGCUAGACUCAUCCAGCAGCUGGAGGGACGUGUUGGCUCAGAGCCUGUCACUGUGAUAAAAGAUGUCACAGACCAGUCAACCACAGAGAACGAGGUGGCAGUAUUUGAGUGUCAAGUGAAGAUUAACUACCCAGAGAUCAGCCUGACCUGGUACAAGGGUACUCAGAAACUGGAGAACAGCAGCAAGUAUGAGAUCAGCACAGUGGGCGAUCACCACUAUCUGAAAAUCAAAGACUGCGUCGUUAAGGAUCAGGGCAGCUACCGUGUGGUGUGUGGCCCUCAUAUCUCCAGUGCAAAGCUCACUGUCACAGGUACGAGAUAAAAAUGUUCUGUCUUGUCUACUAUGUUUUCUGUUCCUUCUCGUAAACAGCAAUGUUUUCACAACAGAUCAAAGUCACAAUCUGAAUAAAACCAUCAAUACAAUGAUCAAGUUUUUACUGUAAUAGGAAUACAUUUUAAAACGUGUAGCUACUAAAUUCUGUCAUAAACCUUCAUCUAAAUCUACUCCAAUUAUCUGGUUUUAGCUGACCAAAUUCAAUUCACCAAAAGCAUCCGAAGCAUAGAGGUCAAUGAGCGCCAGUCUGCAACCUUUGAGUGCAAGUUGUCCUUUGACAAUGCUAUCGUCACAUGGUACAAAGACACAUGGGAACUGAAAGAGAGCCCAAAAUAUAACUUCAGGACUGAGGGCCGACGACACUUUAUGGUCAUCCACAAUGUAACUGCUGAGGAUGAAGGUGUUUACUCAGUCAUAGCACGGUUGGAACCAAUGGGAGAGGCUAAAAGCACAGCUGAGCUUUAUCUUUCAGGAAAAGAGAUUGGGUUAGGAAAGGUUCCUUAUGAUGUCCCAGAUACAUCUAUUCAAAUACCACAUGCACCGUCAAUGGUUGUAUUCAGAGAAUCAUCGGAAUUUUAUCACUAUGAAGAGAGAACAGAAGUUAAAGAACACACAACAUACACAGAACCUGAACCAGAGGUAGUGACCAUUCCAAGCAAGAUCACCCCUGAUAUUUACCACCCUGAACCUACACCCAAGUCUAAACAACCUCCCCAGAAAGCUGUGGUGCUUGAGGCGCCAGUGGCCAAAGCUCAGCCUGAACCUGAACAACCACAGGCCAGGCCUACUCCCACAGAAACACCGGAGGCUCCUAAAGCUCUGCCUGAACCUGAACAACCACAGGCCAGGCCUACUCCCACAGAAACACCGGAGGCUCCUAAAGCUCUGCCUGAACCUGAACAACCACAGGCCAGGCCUACUCUCACAGAAACGCCAGAGGCUCCUAAAGCUCUGCCUGAACCUGAACAACCACAGGCCAGGCCUACUCCCACAGAAACGCCAGAGGCUCCUAAAGCUAGAGUUGCCCUGGAAUCAGAAACAUAUGUACCAGUCACUGGACCGCCAAGAAAACCACAGGCAGAAACUGGUAAACCUGAGCCAGAAGCACUAAGGUUGCCAAAGCAUAUCCCUGAGGAACCAAGGUCCGUCCUUCAAGCCCAAAGCUAUACUCCAGAGUCAGCUAAGCUACUUCCUGUGACACCUAAAGAGCCACGACUUGUGACCAAGGAACUGAGUGAAGUUACUCAAGUAGUGUCAGAGCCAACUCCUGAAGUCCCAAGUCAUGUGUCAGAGUCAGUUAAGCGACUUCCUGUGACACCUGAAGAGCCGCGACUUGUGACUAAGGAACUGAGUGAAGUUACUCAAAUAGUGUCAGAGCCAACUCCUGAGGUCCCAAGUCAUGUGUCAGAGUCAGUUAAGCGACUUCCUGUGACACCUAAAGACCCACGACUUGUGACUAAGGAACUGAGUGAAGUUACUCACAUAGUGUCAGAGCCAACUCCUGAGGUCCCAAGUCAUGUGUCAGAGUCAGUUAAGCGACUUCCUGUGACACCUAAAGAGCCACGACUUCUGACUAAGGAACUGAUUGAAGUUACUCAAGUAGUGUCAAAGCCAACUCCUGAGGUCUCAAGUCAUGUGUCAGAGUCAGCUAAACUACCUCCUGUGACACCUAAAGAGCCACGACUUGUGACUAAGGAACUGAGUGAAGUUACUCAAAUAGUGUCAGAGCCAACUCCUGAGGUCCCAAGUCAUGUGUCAGAGGCACCCAAGCCAGUCCCUGAAUCAGGAACACGUGCCCCUGAGCAGCCAGGGCAUGUUCUUCAGACAGCAAAGGCUGUCCAAGAAGCACCUAAGUAUGUUCCAGAACCACCAAAGAUACAAGAGCCUUUCACAGAGCAGACCACAGAGUUUCUGCUGACCAUGUCCCUGUUUCAGAUGAUAUCACUCCUCAACAAGAUCCCUGACACAAUUCCUGAUAUUACAAAAGACCAGGAGAUUGCACCCAAGAAGAAGGUUGAUAAAAGUUCAAAAGAUGAAGAACCAGUAGAUGCUGACAAGUUGCGCGCAAAGUCUAAAAUCACAUUCCCAGCAAAUGAAGAUAAGGAGCAGGUUGUAUUGAAGCCUUUCACGAAGGUCCCCAGAGCUGAAGAAAUGUCAGAAUCUAUAGCUGAGGAGGACAAGAAAUCUAUGGAAACCAAAGCACUCAGCCAUACUCCAAGAGAUGAAACUCCUAAAGAGCCAAAGGGGCUGCAGCUUAAAAAAGUGGAAAGAACAGGAACUCCUAAGAUGGAAGCUGAAAAGCCAAAGGACAAUGAUAUAGAGCCAGCUUUUGACUCCAAAAGACCCAUACCUCCUCCAAGGGAGAAAGAAGAAGCACCACAGACAGAAGCACAAGAAAAGGGGAGAGAAAUGCGACAGGAACAUGUGGUGAGCAUGAAGAAAGGUGUGGAACUGAAAAAGACCCCUUCACCAAGAGUAGAUAAGGGAAAGGAAAAAGAGGAAGUAGCCUUAAAGCCUGUGGAACAGUUCAAGAAGGUUGAGCUGAAAAAGACCCCAUCACCCAAGGCUGAUAAACCAAAGCCUAAAGAACUGGAGUCAUUUCCCAUCGAGAAAAAGCCAAGUGUUGAAAAAGUCAAAAGGAUUCCCAAAACGGUUUCACCCAAAGACUCCGAUGAAGCUGUAACUCUCAAAAAGGAAAAUGAGAAAGUAGCCUUAAAGCCUGUGGAACAGUUCAAGAAGGUUGAGCUGAAAAAGACCCCAUCACCCAAGGCUGAUAAACCAAAGCUUAAAGAACUGGAGUCAUUUCCCAUCGAGAAAAAGCCAAGUGUUGAACAAGUCAAAAGGAUUCCCAAAACGGUUUCACCCAAAGACUCCGAUGAAGUUGUAACUCUCAAAAAGGAAAAUGAGAAAGUAGCCUUAAAGCCUGUGGAACAGUUCAAGAAGGUUGAGCUGAAAAAGACCCCAUCACCCAAGGCUGAUAAAUCAAAGCCUAAAGAACUGGAGUCAUUUCCCAUCGAGAAAAAGCCAAGUAUUGAAAAAGUCAAAAGGAUUCCCAAAACAGUUUCACCCAAAGACUCCACUGAAGCUGUAACUCUCAAAAAGGUCCCUAAGAAGCCAUCACUAGAGGAGAAGGCUAUAGAACCAGUUAAGGUACCAGUGAAGCUUGGGAAAGGCAAAAUUCCCAUGAUGAAGGAGGUUUCUCCUGGAGCUGUGCAACUCAGAAAAGUCUCCACCCAGCCUGAGGAGGAGGUCUUUGAAGAGGAGUAUGGAGCCCAGGUGGAGGAAGAAGAGGAGGCCUGGAGCUGGGAGCUGGUUUCACAGGAGGACUGGGAAGGAGAAGGAGAGGAUGGUGCAAUGGAGACUCCAGGAAUGCCUGGUGGCAAAAAAGCAAGACAAACCCCAUCUCCUGGUGAUGGUGGCAGGGGAAGGGGCCUGAGGCCUGGUGGAAAAGGCCCAUCACCACCAGAGGAUCCUUUCGGAGGAUUCAAACUGAAAGCUGUUCCUCUGAAGUUCAUUAAGAAACUCCAAGACAUUGUGUUAAAGGAGGCUGAGUCCAUUGGCUCAUCUGCUGUGUUUGACUGUGAGGUCUCACCCUCCACCGCUAUAACUUCAUGGAUGAAGGAUGGCAGCAACCUCCGUGAGAGCCCCAAGCACAAAUUCACCUCUGAUGGCAAAGAUCGUAAGCUGAACAUUAUUGAUGUCCAGCUGUCUGAUACUGGUGAAUACACCUGUGUGGCUAAGAAUGCUGGCAAGGAAGUACAGUGCUCAGCUAAGCUCAUUGUUGAAGAGCUGCCUGUGAAAUGGGUAAAGGAAUUGGAAGAGGAGACCUCAUGCAUAAAAGGACAGCCAAUGUACCUGACGUGUGAAUUGAAUAAAGAGAGAGAUGUGGUUUGGAAGAGGAAUGGUGAGGUCCUGAAGAAGAAGGCUGGCAAGGUGGCCAUUAAUAUCAUUGGAUUGCAGCACGCAGUGACCAUCCAGAACUCCACUGAGGAAGAUGCUGGAGUCUACACAUGUGAAGUGGCUGCUCAAGAAGAUGUUAAGACGACAACCAACGUAAAAGUGAUUGAAAUCAUCAAAGACUGGAUUGUGAAACCACUGAGAGAUCAACACGUCAAACCCAAAGCAGCCGCCACCUUCAAAUGUGAGCUCUUCAAGGACACUCCCAACUGGAAGUGGCUCAAAGGAGAGAAUGAGAUUACGCCUUCUGAUAAGGUGGAGAUAAAGAAGGAUGGAAAGGACAUGACUCUUACCGUCAAUAACUGCCAGCCUGAUGAUGUAGCGGAAUAUACCUUUGUGGUUGAGGACCGGAAAUACUCAGCUAAGCUUACCCUUGGAGAGCGUGAGGCUGAGAUUCUGAAACCUCUUGCCAGCAUAGAGGUGGUUGAGAAAGAGGAAGCCAACUUUGAUACUGAGAUCUCUGAGGAGGACGUGGCUGGAGAAUGGAAACUCAGGGGCCAAGUUCUGACAAGGUCACCGAUGUGUGACAUCCGGGCUGAGGGUGCGAAACGUUUCCUCACUCUGAAGAACGUUCAGCUGGACCAGGCUGGUGAAGUGUCCUACCAGGCUCUGAACGCCGUCACCAGCGCUGUGCUAACAGUCAAAGAAAUUGAAAUGGGCUUUACUGUCCCGCUGAAGGAUGUUUCUGUGCCUGAAAAGAAACAGGCUAAAUUUGAAUGCACCAUCACAAAAGAUGUGCCUAAGGUCAUGUGGUUGAGGGGAUCUGACAUCAUCACCCCAGGCCCUAAAUAUGACAUCAUUGAUGAUGGAAAGAAGCACAUGCUAAUUAUAAAUGGCUGUGAGUUUGAUGAUGAGGCACAGUACACUAUUGAAGUUCUUGGCCAAAAAUCGAGUGCUCAACUGACAGUGGAGGGCAUGAGGCUCAAAUUCGUCCAGCUACUGCAGGACCAAACAGUGAAAGAAGGUAAAACGGUUCGAUUUGAGCUCGAGCUCACUCAUGAGAAUAUUCCCGUGGUUUGGUAUCGAAAUGAAGUCAAACUCCACGUGAGCAGAACGGUGCUCACCCAUGUUGAUGGAAAGAAACAUACGCUAGAAAUGAGGAUGUUGACUCUAGAUGAUACCUGCCAGAUUAAGGCAGAGGCAAAAGGAAUUUACUCAAUGGCCAAACUGACGGUCAUAGAGGGAGACGCUGUCUUCAUUGUGAAGCUGCAGGAUUACACCGCUACAGAGAAGGAUGAGGUCCUUCUGGAGUGUGAACUCAGCAAAGACGUCCCUGUCAUGUGGUAUCACAAUGAGAAGGAGAUCAUUGCCUCCAAGAUGGUGGUGAUGAAGUCUGAGGGCACACGCAGGGUUCUGAACCUUAAGAAAGUGGAGGAUAAAGAUAAAGGAACAUAUGUAUGUGAUUGUGGAACAGACAAGACCAUGGCCAAGGUGAACAUUGAAGCUCGUGACAUCAAGUUGGUUCGCCCGAUGUAUGGCGUGGAGCUGUUUGAUGGAGAGACUGCUCGGUUCGAGGUGGAGAUCUCUGAGGAUGAUGUUCAUGGCCAGUGGAAACUUAAUGGAGAAGUCCUGAAUCCCUCUCCUGAUGUUGACAUUGUGGAGGAGGGCGGGAAGCACACGCUGAUCUUGUACAACUGCAAAGUGUCCCAGACAGGCGAGGUAGCAUACUCUGCUGCCAAUGCCAAGUGUUCUGCUAACCUGAAGGUCAAAGAACUUCCUCUCAACUUCCUCACACCACUGAGUGACGUGCAUGUAUAUGAGAAGGAUGAGGCGAGGUUCGAGGUGGAGGUGUCCCGAGCGGCCAAGAGCGUUCGCUGGCUGAAGGGCUCUCAGGAGCUGGAGAAUGAUGAAAAGUACGAGAUCAUCCAUGAGGGGAACAUGCACACUCUGAUGAUCAGAUCAGCUGUUUAUGACGAUGAGGCCAAGUACAUAUUUGAGGCUGAGGACAAGAGAACAACUGGCAAGCUCAUCAUCCAAGGUAUUCGCCUGGAGUUUGUCAAGCCUAUCAAGGAUGUGACGGUAAAGGAACGUGAGACAGCAGAGUUCAGUAUUGAACUCUCACACGAGGACAUCCAGGUUGCCUGGUACAAGAAUGAUGUUCGUCUGCACCCCAGCAAGGUCGUCCACAUGUCGGAUCAGGGCAAGAUCCACACCCUGGCCUUCAAGGAGGUCACCAUCGAUGACACAUCCAUGAUCAAGGUGGAGGCCAUGGGCAAGACUGUGACAGCCAUGCUUACUGUCAUCGAGGGAGACCUAUACUUCACCUCUAAGCUGCAGAACUACACUGCUGUGGAGAAGGACGAGGUGAAGCUGGUCUGUGAACUGAGCAAGGCAGUAGCCGAGGUCAAAUGGUUCAAAGAUGGUAAAGAAAUCACUCCCUCCAAGAAUAUUCUCAUCCAGUCUGAUGGCAAGAAGCGCAUCCUGACGGUGAAGAGGGCAGAAAAGAGCAAUAUUGGAGCCUACACCUGUGACUGUGGCUCUGACAAGACCACGGCUAACCUGAACAUCGAAGAGCGGGACAUUAAGGUGCUGCGUCCGCUGUACAGCGUGGAGGUAACAGAGACUGAGACAGCCAAGUUCGAGACAGAAAUCUCUGAGGAGGAAGUCCAUGGUAACUGGAAACUGAAAGGAGAGGCUCUCCGCCAGUCUGCCGAUGUGGAGAUGAAGGAGGAGGGCACCAAGCACCUGCUGAUCCUCUACAAUGUCCGUAUGGACAUGGCAGGAGCUGUGGACUUCUCUGCAGCUAAUGCUAAAUCUGCAGCCCAGCUCAGAGUCAAAGCCCGUAGCAUUGGUCUGCUAAGGCCUCUGAAGGACGUCACAGUGACUGCUGGGGAGACGGCAACCUUCGAAUGUGAUCUGUCCUACGAAGGCAUUGUUGUGGAAUGGUUCGUUGGAGGACAGAAGAUGGAAGCAAGUGACAGGGUGGUUACCCGGGCUGAGGGCAGGGCUCAUGCUCUGACUGUCAGAGAUGUCAAGCUGUCAGAGGCUGGCGAGGUCCAACUCACCGCCAAGGACUUCCAGACCACGGCUCAGCUCACUGUCAGGGAGCCUCCUGUGGAGUUCACCAAGCCUCUGGAGGACCAGACGGUUGAAGAGGAGGCCACUGCUACUCUGGAGUGUGAAGUGUCCAGAGAGAACGCUGAGGUUUGUUGGUUCAGAGACGGACAGGAGAUCCGCAAAACUAAGAAGUAUGACAUGAUCGCCGAUGGCCGCAAGAGAGCGCUCAUCAUCCAUGACUGCGCUCCAGACGAUGCCAAGAUGUACACUUGUGAUGCGAAGGAGUUCAAAACCUCCUGCUUCCUGGAUGUUCAGCUUCCUCAUGUUGAGUUCACUAAGCCGCUCCAUGAUGUGGAAGUUGGAGAGAAGGAAUCCGCCAGGUUCGAAUGUGAAGUGUCUCGUGAGUCUGCUAAGGUCAGCUGGUUCAAGGAUGGUAAUGAGAUCAGGAAGGGGAAGAAGUAUGAGAUCAUCGCCAAGGGAGUCCAGCGUAUACUUAUCGUCCACAAAUCAGUAUUCGAUGAUGAGGCUGAAUAUGAAUGUGAUGCCAGGACCUCCAGGACUUCUGGGCUGCUGACUGUCGUUGAGGAAGCAGCCAGGUUCACCAAGAACCUGUCCAACGUUGAGGGAACAGAGACAGACAGCAUGAAGAUGAUCUGUGAAGUUUCCAAGGCCAGUGCUGAGGUCACGUGGUACAAAGGAGAAGAGGAGCUGCCUGAGGGAGGCAGGUAUGAGCAGAUCAUGGAUGGAAAGAAGAGAAUCCUGAUCAUCCAGGACUUGAGGAUGGAGGAUGCUGGAGAAUACAACUGUAGGCUCAGUUCCAGCGCCAGGACAUCAGCUACCCUUAAGCUGAAUGAACUUGCUGCUGAGUUUAUCUCCAGGCCUCAGAGCCAGGAGGUGGUGGAGGGAGAGAAGGCGGAGUUUGUCUGCUCUGUCUCCAAGGACACCUAUGAGGUCAAAUGGUUCAGAGGGGACAAGGAGCUUGAAGCCGGAGACAAGUACGAUGUUGUCAGUGAAGGAAAGAGAAGAGCACUUAUUGUGAAGCACUGUGAGACCAAGGACGAGGGAGGAUUUGUUGCUUAUAUCGGCAGCGUAAGAGCCUCUGCUGAUCUGUAUGUGAUUGAGAAAUUGAAGAUUAUCACACCUAUUAAAGACACGGAGGUGAAGGAGGGAAGCGAGGUGGUGUUCAACUGUGAGGUGAACUCAGAGGGAGCCAAGGCCAAGUGGCUGAAGAACGAAGAGACCAUGUUUGAGAGCAGCAAGUUCAUCAUGGUCCAGAGAGACAACGUCUUCUCUCUCAGGAUCAAAGAUGCUCAGAAGGCAGAUGAAGCCCAUUACACCAUCAGCCUGACCAACCACAGAGGAGAACAGGCCAAGUGCACCGCCUGUGCUAAAGUAGCAGAGGAGAAGCUUAAGUUUCUGGAUCCCAUUGAGGACAUUGAGACCCAAGAGAAGAAGACCAUCACCUUCAUGUGCAAGGUCAACAGACCUGAGGCCACUGUCAGGUGGAUGAAGGCUGGUCAGGAAGUAAGCCUCAGCAAGCGUGUUGUGUACAGGGUGGACGGACGCAAACACACCCUGACCAUCAAGGACUGCGGGAUGGACGACGAGGGCGAGUACACUGCUGCUGUCGGCGAUGUCAGAUGUGCGGCAGAGCUCAUUAUUAGCGAGGCUCCGACGGACUUCACCACACAGCUCAGAGACCAAACCAUCACUGAGUUUGAGGAUGCAGAGUUCAGCUGCAAGCUGUCUAAGGAGAAGGCAGCAGUCAAGUGGUACAGAAACGGACGUGAGAUCAGGGAGGGACCAAGAUACCACAUGGAAAGAGAUGGCAAGACAUGUAGACUGAUUGUGAAGGAGUGCCGGCCCGAUGAUGAGUGUGAAUACGCCUGUGGUGUGGAUGAGAGGAGAUCCAGAGCAAGGCUGUUUGUGGAGGAGACCCCGGUGGAGAUCGUCAGACCCCCACAGGAUGUGUUUGAGCCGCCGGGUUCAGAUGUUGUGUUUGAGGUGGAGCUCAACAAGGACAGAGUGGAAGUUAAGUGGAUGAGGAACAACAUGAUUAUAGUCCAGGGAGACAAGUACCAGAUGAUCAGUGAGAGCAAAGUCCACAGGCUGCAGGUGUGUGAGAUCAGACCCCGUGACCAGGGAGAGUACAGGGUUGUGGCCAAGGACAAAGAUGCCAAGGCCAAGCUGGAGCUGGCAGCUGUUCCAAAGAUCAAGACUACUGACCAGAAUCUGACCACUGAUGCUGGCAAGGCAUUUGUCAUGACUGUACCCUAUGAUGCAUACCCUCGUGCUGAUGCCGAGUGGUUCUUUGAGGGCACCAGUCUCCCAGUUCAGAACAUCGACUCUUCCUCUGAUAAGACCGAGUACCGCCUGAAGAGCCCAAGCAAGGAGGACCAGGGCAGGUACAAGGUGGUCAUCAAGAACAAACAUGGACAUGGAGAAGCUUUCAUUAAUCUGGAUGUCAUUGAUGUGCCUGGAGUUGUUAAGAACCUGCGGGUACUUGACACGGCUGAUGGUGAGGUCAGCUUGGCCUGGGAGGAGCCUGAGAGCGAUGGCGGGAGCAAGAUCAUUGCCUAUGUUGUGGAGAGACGUGACGUCAAGCGUAAGACCUGGACGCUGGCCACAGAUCGUGCUGACAGCCCAGAGUAUUGCGUCAGUGGCCUUCAGAGAGACUCCAUGUACCUGUUCAGAGUCUGUGCACGAAACCGAGUCGGCAGUGGACCCACUGUUACCACAGAUGAAGCUGUCCAGGCCAAGAAUAAGUUUGACACACCUGAUGCACCUGAGAAUGUAAGGGUCGGUGUGGUGAACAGAUAUGGUGCUACUGUUACCUGGGAACCUCCCAAGUCUGAUGGCGGUUCAGAAAUCACUGCCUACAUCAUCGAGCUUCGUGACAGGACCUCUGUGAAGUGGGAGGCAGCCAUGGUUUGUGGUGCAAAUGAUCGCUCUGCCACUCUGAAUGAUGUGGUGGAAAACAAGGAGUACAUCUUCAGAGUAAGAGCUGAGAACAAGGCUGGCAUUGGCAGGCCCAGCACUGCUACUGACCCAGUCAAGAUUAUGGACCCCAUUGAGAGGCCAAGUCCACCCCUGAACCCGAACUUCAAUGAUCAGACCAAGGCUGGAGUCACUCUGUCCUGGGAGACUCCUGCCAGCAACGGAGGCAGCAUGAUCACUGGCUACAUCAUCGAGAAGUGUGAUGACGGCACCAACAAGUGGCUCAGAUGUAAUGCCAGGCUGUGCCAGGACCUCUCUUACAGGGUGUCUGGUCUGAAGCCGGGGCAGAAGUAUCACUACAGAGUGUGUGCGGAGAAUGCUGCCGGUGUCUCAGAUCCAGCAGAGCAGCUGGGACCACUGUUGGCUGAUGAUCCUCAUGUGGGUCCAACCCUGGACCUGAGUGCCUUCAGGAAUGGUCUGGAGGUGAUUGUUCCCAAGCCUCUCACCAUCCACGUCCCCAUCACUGGCUACCCAACUCCGGCUGCUAAGUGGACCUUCGCAGACAAGGAGCUGACCGCUGGAGAACGUGUCUCCAUGGUGACCAAACCUACAUAUACAGAGCUGACUAUCACUCCUAGUGUGCGUCCAGACAAGGGGACCUACACCCUGCACCUGGAAAAUGAUGUCACCUCUGUCUUUGGAGAGAUUGAAGUCAAUGUCAUUGCAUCCCCAAGCGCUCCUAAGGACUUUAAGGUUGCUGAGGUGACAAGACACCACGUCCACCUCAUGUGGGAGGCACCGGAACACGAUGGAGGAAGUCCAGUCACCCACUACCAGAUAGAGAAGAGAGAAGUGUCUCGUAAGACCUGGGUGAAGGUGGCCACCGACGUGCUGGACCUGGAGCACACAGUGACUGAUGUGAUGGAGGGUAAGGACUACCUCUUCAGUGUCAUAGCAUGCAACAAAUGUGGACCAGGAGAGCCAGCCUACAUAGAUGAGCCCGUCAACGUCUCUUCUCCUGCGACUGUUCCGGAUCCUCCUGAGAACCUCAAGUGGAGAGACAAGAGUGCCAAGGGCAUCUUCCUGUCAUGGGAGCCUCCCAGAUACGAUGGCGGCGCCCAUAUCAAAGGCUAUGUGGUGGACAAGUGCCAGCGUGGAACAGACAAGUGGGAGCCCUGUGGAGACCCCAUCCCUGAACUGAAGUUCCAGGUGACAGGUCUUAUUGAGGCUCAGUGGUAUGCCUACCGAGUGAGAGCCUUCAACAAGCUGGGAUCAAGCAAACCCUGCAGGGCCACCGAUGAGAUCCUGGCUGUGGAUCCAAAAGAGCCUCCAGAAAUCCAGCUCGACGUCAAGCUGCUGGCCGGGCUGACAGCCAGGGCUGGAACCAAGAUCGAGCUUCCCGCUGACGUUAAAGGAAAGCCCGACCCCAGAGUGAAGUGGACUAAGGCUGACCUGGUUCUGAGGGGUGAUGACCGUGUCACCAUUGACACUCAGCCUGGAAACUCCAAGGUGUCCAUUGCCAACACGACCAGGGGAGACACUGCAACCUACAUCAUAGAGGCUGUCAACACCAGCGGACGUGCUACUGCCACUAUUGAUGUCAACAUCCUCGAUAAACCUGGUCCUCCUGCUGCCUUUGACAUCUCUGAGAUUACCAACGAGUCCUGCUUCCUGGCCUGGAACCCUCCCAGAGAUGACGGCGGCUCUCCCGUCACCAACUACAUCGUUGAGAAGAGACGGACUGACAAGGAGGAAUGGGUGAAGCUGUCGGUCACAGUGAAAGACACUACGUUCAAGGCCCGUAAACUCACUCCUCUGAAGGAGUACAUCUUCAGGGUCAGCGCUGAGAACCAGUAUGGUAUCGGUGAACCCGCUGAGCAUGUGCCAAUCAUUGCCAAGUACUCCUUUGAUCCUCCUGGUGCUCCGACCAGAGUGACCCCCUCAGACGUCGCCAAAGAUGCUGUAACUCUGACCUGGUUCGAGCCAGAUGAGGACGGUGGCAGUCCCAUCAUUGGAUACUGGGUGGAGAAGUUCGAUCCGGAGAGUGAUAAGUGGAUCCGAUGUAACAAACUGCCUAUUAAGGACACUACCUUCAGAGUGAAGGGCCUCCCCACCAAGAAGAAGUACAGGUUCCGUGUUCUGGCGGAGAAUCUGGCUGGAAGUGGAGCGCCCAGUGAAGAGACAGCUCCAGUCCUCAUCAAAGACCCCAUUGAUCCUCCUUGGGCUCCUGGAAAGCCUUUCGUCAAGGAAAUUGCGAAGACCUCAGCGUUCCUGAUGUGGACCAGACCAGAACAUGAUGGAGGAGCCAAGAUUGAAGGCUACAUCAUUGAAUUCCAGAAGACAGGGAGUGAGGAGUGGAUCCGCAUUGCUGAGGAUAUUCCCCAGACAGAACACCAGCUGAAAGGACUGAUAGAGAAGCAGGAGUACUCCUUCAGAGUCAAGGCCGUCAACAAGGCUGGGGAGAGUGAACCCAGUGACCCCAGUGACCCUGUGGUCUGCAAGGAGAGGCUCUACCCUCCCUCUGCUCCGCAGUGGCUCGAUGUGACCAACAUCACCAAGGUCAGCGCUGACCUGAAGUGGCAGGCUCCGAACAGUGACGGCGGCUCCCCCAUCACCAACUACGUGGUGGAGAAGAGGGACGUCAGGCGUAAGGCAUGGCAGACAGUUGACACCACUGUCAAGGAGCUGAAGUACACCGUCACCCCACUCAAUGAGGGCUCCCUCUACGUGUUCCGUGUUGCUGCAGAGAAUGCUGUGGGAAUGGGGGAAUUCUGUGAGCUGGAGGAUGCUGUGCUGGCAAAGGACACGUUCACGACUCCUGGACCUCCAUAUGCACUGACUGUGUUGGAGGUCACCAAAAGACAUGUAGAGCUGAAAUGGGAAGCUCCUAAGAGCAACGGUGGAAGACCCAUCACAAAGUAUGUCAUUGAAAAGAAGGAGAAGAUUGGAAUUCGCUGGCUGAAGUGCUGUAAGACCCCAGACAAGCAGACCCAGUUCAAGGUGACUGAUGUUGAUGAAGGCUCAGAGGUCCAGUUCCAGGUCCGCGCUGAAAAUGAGGCUGGAGUUGGAGAUCCAAGCGAACCCACUGAGAUUCUCACUAUUGAGGACCCAACCAGCCCCCCAUCUCCUCCUCGGGAGGUGGCAAUCCCAGACGCAAGCAGGGAGCACAUCAACGUUACUUGGAAGCCUCCUGCCAAGGAUGGCGGUUCCCCCAUCACUGGAUACCAUGUGGAGGUGGCUGAGGCCCGUCCUGAGCUAAAGUGGCUCAGGGUCAAUAACAGACCCAUCAAAGAGCUCCAGUUCAAGAUUGAUGACGGAAUCAAACCAGAAAAGAAGUAUGUGAUUAGAGUCCGUGCCAUCAACUCUCUUGGCGUCAGCGAUCCAUCUGAGAUCUCUGACAAGGUCUUCACCAAGGAUCCUGACUGUGCCCCUACUAUGGAGCUGGAGUCCCAGGAUGUGGUGUUAGUUGAAGGAGAGAAGUUGCACCUCAACAUCCCCUACAGAGCUAUUCCCACUCCAAAAAUGGUCUGGCAGAAAGACACAGUUGAGUGUAAGGCUGGUGACAGGCUGUCCAUGACUGUUGAGAUGAACAGCGCUCACCUGGAGCUGCUGAAGUGCACCCAUGCAGACGCUGGCUCCUACAUCAUAACCCUGGAGAACAGCCUGGGAACCGCAACCGGAACCAUCAACGUUAAAGUCAUUGGUCUUCCUGGUCAGUGCAAAGAUAUCAGCUCCAGCGAUGUUACCAAGAAUUCUGCCAAGAUCAGCUGGGAGGCACCAGAGAAUGAUGGUGGUACCCCCAUUGUCAGUUACACACUGGAGCGCCGCGAGGCCUCCAAGAAAACCUUUAUGCCUGUCACGUCAGGGGAGAACAUCCUUACCUACAAUGUCAAGGACCUCUACCUGAACUGCGAGUAUCACUUCCGGGUCAAGGCUGUCAACAAGGUUGGCGCUGGAGAGUAUCUGGAGCUGCGUAACCCUGUCAUCACAGAAGAAAUCAAGCAAAAACCAGACCCGCCCAUCCAAGUUGAGGCCCACGAACCAACUUCCAAGUCCAUCACCGUCACGUGGAAGGCUCCUGACUACGACGGGGGCUGUGCCAUCCAAGGUUACGUCAUAGAGAAGAUCGAGAAGGAAGGAGACCGUUUUGAGAGGGUCAACCAAAACUUGGUGCCAGGGUACUCCUAUGUGGUAACAGGCCUGAAGGAGGACGUGGAGUACCAGUUCAGAGUCAGAGCUGAGAAUGCCGCUGGAGUCAGUGAACCGUCCCGCAGCACACCACUCAUCAAGGCUGCUGACCCAGUCGAAAAACCAACGGUCACCCUCCAUGCCCGCGUGCAGUCCGGCUUGUGCAUUAAGAAGGGUGAGGAGAUUCGCAUUGAUGCCUACAUAUCUGGGUCACCCUACCCCAAAGUCACCUGGCUUAGGAAUGAUGAGGAUGUCACUAAGGAGCCCACAAAGACGGUGGUCCCCAUCAUCAGGAAGAAAAAGACCAAGGCCAAGCCAGAGGAGGAGUUUGUGACACCUAUUCGUGAGAGACUGGGUCUGGACCAGACUAAGAAAAGUCAGACGGCACUGAUGAUCCGUGACUCCAUCAGAGCUGAUCAUGGAACCUUCACCGUCCUGGUGGAGAACACUCACGGUGCUGCCACCGCUUCCUGCGUCGUCAACGUCCUCGAUAAGCCUGGUGCCCCCAUCAACAUCACGUUCGAUGAGAUCAGGAACAACUCAGUGAUUUGCAACUGGGAGCCUCCUGUGGAUGAUGGUGGCAGCGAGAUCCUCAACUACAUCCUGGAGAAGAAGGACAACAAAAAUGAAGAGAUCGGCUGGAUCACCAUCACCUCCACCCUGAAGGGCACCAGCUGCCCCGUCAGCAAGCUGAUUGAAGGGAAAGAAUACAUCUUCAGAGUCACUGCAGAGAACAAGUUUGGCUGUGGACCAUCUUGCAUCUCUGAGCCACUGGUUGCUAAGAACCAGUUUGAUCCUCCUGAUGCUCCCAACACCCCCAGGAUCCAUGAGGUGACGGCUAGCACUGCCCAGAUCUCCUGGCAUGAGCCCAAGGACAACGGCAGCCCUAUCUUGGGCUACUGGAUUGAGAGGAAGGAGAUUAACAGCAAGCACUGGACCAGGGUGAACCGUGCCCUGCUCAACUUGCUGGAGAUGAAGAUCACAGGCUUGAUGGAAGGACUCACUUACAUCUUCAGAGUGUGUGCUGAGAACUUGGCCGGGCCCGGACCUUUCAGUGAGCCCACAGACCGUACCAUUGCCAUGGAUGCCAUCUUGCCACCUGGCCCUCCAACUCCAUGGAUUGUGGACACUGGGAAGGACUCUGUCAUCGUGGCCUGGACGCCGCCUUUGUACAAUGGUGGAGGAGAUAUCCUUGGCUACCACAUUGAGAAGGUGGUGGCUGGGGAGAAGGACUGGACUCGCAGCACAGAGUUCAGGUGUAAGGAGCUUACCUACACGGUGACUGGACUGACCGAGGGAACAGACUACUACAUCAGAGUCAUCGCUGUCAAUGAUGCUGGCCCUGGAGCUCCUGGUGUUACCGAACCCAUCACUGUCAAAGAACCUCAAGAGCCUCCUGUGGUUGAUUUUGAUGCCUCAGUGAAGAAUGGCGUGAUCAUCAAGGCUGGCGAGCCAUUGAGGCUGCCUGCUGUAGUGACUGGUAGACCCCAGCCAGAGGUCAAAUGGGCCAAAGACAACGCUGAGACCGACAAAGAGAGGGUGAUCAUUGAUACAGAGGGCAAGAACAGUGUUCUCUUUAUUAGGAAGGCUGUGAGAGCGGACCAUGGAAACUACCAGAUCUCUGGUACCAAUAGCAGUGGAACCAAGACUGCCGAGACCAAAGUGGAUGUCAUGGAUGUUCCUGGACCAGUGAUGGACCUAAAGACGGUGGUGGUGACCAAGAAGAACAUCAUUCUGACCUGGUCUGACCCGCUGGACAAUGGAGGAAGUGACAUCAUUGGCUAUGAGGUGCUGAGGAAGGAUGCCAAGAUGAAGUUAUUCCGUCAGCCCAUUGAGACAGCCUCCUGUAAGUGUGACAUCCAGGGCCUGCUGGUUGGAGAAGAAUAUGACUUCAGAGUGGUUGCCAGGAACAAGUAUGGAGAUGGAGCCCCAUCUGACCUGGGACCUAUCCUGGCUGUGGAUCCUAAAGGUACUCCCUCUGCUCCUGAGAAACUUCAUUACACUGACCGAGGGAAGACCUCCAUCAGCCUAGCCUGGCAGCCCCCUCGCAGUGAUGGAGGCAGCCCUAUCAUAGGAUACUAUGUGGAGAAAAUGAGGUCCGACAGCAACGAGUUUGAUGUCGCCAACCGUAAGAUCUUCCAAGAAUGCUGUGGUACAAUUGAGAAUCUGUCAGAGAGCCACGAAUACCAGUUCCGUGUCAAGGCAGCAAACGAGGUUGGAAAUGGAGAUCCUUCCAAGCCCAUCAGUGUCAAGAUCCAGGAUGAUGAGAUUCCUCCAGCUAUUACAAUCAUGAAGUUCUUCAAGAGCAACGCCAUCAUUGUGAAGAAGGGUGAAGCCAUUGACAUCCCAGCAGAGGUGAUGGGUCUUCCUCUCCCAACCAUCCAAUGGGUGAAAAAUGAUGUGGUGAUUGACAAGCCUGAUGAGGAGAAGAUGACCUUGGAGACAGAAGAGGUGAACAAGACCACCCUAAGAACCAAGAUUGCCAUCCCUGAGACUGUCAGGCAGGAUAAGGGCGACUACAAGCUGGUGGCUGAAAACUGUUACGGCAAAGCACAGCAUGUCAUCAGGGUGGAGAUCCUUGACCGCCCUCUGCCUCCAAGAAAUAUUGUGGUGUCUGACAUCAAGGCUGAGUCCUGCUACCUGACCUGGGAUGCCCCAGAGGACAAUGGAGGAAGUGAUAUCACAAACUACAUUGUGGAAAGGAGAGACGCCAGCAAGAAGAAGUCAGACUUCGAAGAGCUGACGAUCAACCUGAUCGACAGACGAUAUGGGGUCUACAAGCUGUUCACCAAUGGUGCCUACCAGUUCAGGAUCAAGGCAGAGAACAAGUAUGGAGUCAGUGACGGCUGUGACUCAGAGAAGGUCCAACUCAGAGAUCCAUUCGGCCUUCCGGGACCUCCACGCAACCCCAAGAUCAUCGCUGCUACAGCAACCACCAUGACCCUCACUUGGGACCCUCCUCUGGACAACGGAGGCUCCACCAUCCAGGGCUACUGGCUGGAGAAGAGGGAGAGGGGAGCGGUGUACUGGGGCCGUGUCAACAGGGCUCCGGUCACCAAGCCUGCCGUGAAGGGCCUGCAGUACACCGUGCUGAGGCUGAUCGAAGGGACAGAGUACCAGUUCAGAGUGGCCGCCUGCAACGCCGCAGGGGUAGGACCACACAGCGAGGCUACCGAGUGUCGCUUUACUGUGGAUCCAUGCUCACCUCCUACCCCACCCGGCUGCCCCGAGAUUAAAGACAAGACCAAGAGCAGUGUGACUCUCACUUGGAGCCCACCAGACAAAGAUGGCGGCAGCCCCAUCAAGGGUUACAUUGUCGAGGUCCACGAGGAGGGCUCUCCAGACUGGAGGAGGGUGAAUCCUGCUGACAAGCUCCACCCAACAACGGAGAUCACCGUUCCUGACCUGAAGGAGGGCAAGAAGUGCAGGUUCAGGAUUUACGCCGUGAACGCAGCAGGAAACUCUGAGCCCAGCGCCAAGACCGCCGACGUCCUGGUCCAAGACAUCUUGAUUGAACCUACAGUCACUCUGGACGUGAGUGCCCAUGACCUGCUGAACUGCAGAGCUGGCACCACCAUCAAGAUCCCCGCAACCAUAUCUGGAAGGCCUGUUCCUAAAGUCACCUGGGUCUUCGACGGACCUGCAGAGACAGAAAAGAAGAAUGACCUCCACACUCUGCCUGUUGACUCAGAGAUCCACUCCACAGACACCACAUCUGUGGUGAUCCUGCCAGAGAGCAAGCUGAGCCACGCCGGCCGCUACAUCAUCAACGCAGAGAGCCCUGCUGGACACAAGGUGGUCAAAGUCCGAGUCAACGUACUGGAUCUGCCGGGACCUCCCAGGGAGCUGAAGAUCAGUGACGUCACCAGAGGAACCUGCAGGCUGACCUGGAAGGCCCCAGAGAAUGAUGGCGGGGAAAGAGUCAAGAGCUAUUUCAUCGAGAAAAAGACUGUGGAGGGCAAGGCCUGGACCAAGGUGAACCCAGCCUGUGCCGCCCAGUCCCUGGUGGUGGCAGACCUAAUUGAUGGUCAGGAUUACCUGUUCCGCAUCAGGGCUGAGAACCGCUUUGGCUUUGGACCUUACAUUGAGACCAUCCAGAGGACGAAGGCCAGAGAUCCCAUUUAUCCUCCUGACCCUCCCACGAGACUCAAAAUCCAGGAUGUGAAGAAAGGAACAGUGACUCUGACCUGGAAGGCUCCCAAGAAUGAUGGCGGUUCCCCGGUGACACACUACAGCGUGGAGCUGCUCUGCUGGGAUGCUAGCAGCGGCCAGAAGGAGUCCUGGAGGAGGUGCAACAGGAGAGAUGUUGACACCACCACCUUUAAGGUGGAGGACCUAACAGAAGGAGAUGAGUAUGAGUUCAGAGUGAAGGCUCACAAUGACGCCGGAGCCAGCAGACCCUCUUCUACUGCGGGACCAGUCCUGAUCCAGGACCAGACAUGUGCUCCUUCCAUCGAGCUGAAGGAGUUCAUGGAGGUUGAGCAGGGUGCUGACAUCAGCAUUGUGGCUAAGAUCUGCGGCUGUCCCUUCCCCACCCUCACUUGGUACAAGGCUCCUCCUCACAAGCCGGACGACAAGGUGGAGGUGCAGUAUGACGAGCACAUCAACAAGAUUGUGUCAGACGACAGCUGCACCCUGCUGAUCCAGCAGGGCAAGAGACCAGACACAGGCCUGUACACCCUGGUGGCCUCCAACAGCCUAGGCAAGGCCUCCAAGGAAAUGAGGCUCAAUGUCCUGGGCCGUCCUGGACCUCCCUCUGCUCCUAUUAAGUUUGAAGAGAUUGGAGUAAACAAGAUCACCCUGUCCUGGCUGCCCCCUAAAGAUGACGGUGGCUCCAAGGUCACCAACUACGUGAUCUGGAGGCGCGUGGCCAGCCGGAACACAUGGGUUCCUGUGACCAGCGAGCCCAAGGACAGGAUCUGGACUGUGGAGCAUCUGAUGGAGGGACAUGAGUAUGUGUUCCGCAUCAUGGCCCAGAACAAGUAUGGCGUGGGAGAUCCUCUGGACAGUGAGCCUGAGGUGGCCAGGAAUCUCCAUACUGUUCCGGGCCAAUGUGAGAAGCCGACCAUUUCAAAUGUUACCAUGGAUUCCAUGACCGUCAACUGGGAGGAGCCUGAGGAUGAUGGUGGCACCCCGAUCACUGGCUAUUGGCUGGAGCGCAAGGAGACAACCUCCAAGCGCUGGGCACGUGUGACCCGAGACCCAAUUCGUCCCGGGGCCAUGGGAGAGUGCUACGCUGUGACUGGACUCAUUGACGGUUCCCAGUACCUUUUCCGUGUCACAGCUAUCAACGCUGCUGGGCCUGGACCUGUCAGUGCCCCCACAGACCCAAUCUUUGCCAGAGAUCCCAUCUCACCUCCCGCCCCACCCACCCCUAAGGUGUCUGGCUGGACCAAGUCCACAGUGGACCUGCAGUGGAUUCCUCCUCUGAAGGAUGGCGGUUCGAAGAUUCUAGGUUACUGGGUGGAGUACAAAGAAGAAGGCACUGAGGCCUGGAUCAAGGCCAAGGAGACGGAGAUCAGAGGCACCAGGUUUGUGAUCACGAAUCUAAAGACUGGAGGACUCUACAGGUUCAGAGUCACAGCCUUUAAUGCUGCUGGAAACAGUGAGCCUGGCGAGAUUCCUGAAGCCCUGGAGGUCAACGACAGAACCAUUGCUCCUGAAGUGGACCUGGAUGCCUCAGUGAAGGAGAGGAUGGUGGUCCAUGCUGGAGGAGUGAUCCGAAUUAUUGCCUAUGUGUCUGGCCAGCCUGCUCCAGAGGUAACCUGGAACAGAGAUGGAGCAGCUCUGCCCCCGGAGGCCACGAUAGAAACGACAGCCAUCAGCUCCUCUCUGGUCAUCAAACCAUGCACCAGGAGGCACCAGGGAGUUUACUCUCUAACUGCCAAGAAUGCUGGAGGAGAGAAGAAGAAGAACAUUACUGUGGAAGUACUGAAUGUCCCUGGGCCUGUGGGUAUUCCCUUUACUGCCCAGAACCUGACCAGUGACUCCUGCAAGCUCAACUGGUUUUUCCCUGAAGACGAUGGCGGCUCCGCUAUCACCAACUAUGUCAUUGAGAAGCGCGAGGCCGAACGUAAGGCCUGGACCUCCCUGUCCUUCACCAUUAACAGACACAGUGCUGUGGCUCAUGGACUCACCAUAGGCAAGGCAUACUUCUUCAGAGUGGCAGCUGAGAACUCUAUCGGCCUGGGACCCUUCACUGAGACAGCUGCUGAGCUUGUUAUCAAGGAUCCUAUCACUGUUCCAGACCGUCCUGAAGACCUGGAGGUCACUGCAGUUACCAAAGACUACAUCAGCGUCACCUGGAAGCCACCCAAAUAUGAUGGUGGCGCCGAGGUCACCAUGUACAUCCUGGAGGCUCGAAUGAUCGGAAAGGACAAAUUCACCAGACUGACCAAGGAGAAGCUUAUGGAGAGGAGGUACACAUAUGACGGUCUAAGGGAGGGAGACACCUAUGAGUUCAGGGUCAUGGCAGUCAAUGAGAUCGGACCCAGCAAGCCCUCCUUCUCCACCAAGCCCAUUACCUGCAAAGAUGAACUGGCGCCCCCAACAAUUGAACUGGACUUCCGUGAUAAGAUUAUCAUCCGUGUGGGUGAGAGUUGCCUACUACAGGGCCGCUACACUGGCAAGCCAUCUCCCUCCAUCGUGUGGCACAGGGACGAGGAGGAGCUGAAGGCUGACCAGCAUAUUAUGUUUAAGAACACUCUGACCACCAUGUCCCUGGGUCUGAUGAAGGCCAAGCGUGAGCACAGUGGGAAAUACAUAGUGGUGGUAGAGAACAGCACGGGAUCCAGGAAGGGCGUCUGUAACGUGACUGUUGUCGACCGCCCUUCUCCUCCUGUGGGUCCUGUGGUGUUUGAGGAGGUGCACAGGCAGUACAUGGUGAUCUCCUGGAAACCUCCUCUUGACAGUGGAGGAACUGAGAUCUCCAAUUAUAUCAUCGAGAAGAGAGACACCAACAGGGAUAUGUGGACCACUGUCACUUCAGCCUCCACCAAGACUACAUGCAAGAUUCCAAAGCUGAUAGAGGGCAGGGAGUACAUCAUGAGGAUCUCUGCUGAGAACAUGUACGGUAUCAGUGAUCCCCUGGAGUCAGAGGAGAUGAGAGCCAAGGAUCUCUUCCGAGUACCAGAGGCCCCUGAAAUGCCAAGUGUCAGAGAGGUCUACGCCACUAACGCCCUAGUGUUGUGGAAUAGACCCCGUGAUGGAGGCAAACCCAUUACCAACUACAUCCUGGAGAAGAAGGAGGUUUCUGCUAAGAGGUGGUCCCGUGCAACCAGAGACCCACUGUACCCAGCCACCCAGUUCAGAGUCCAGGACCUAAUUGAAGGUUGCGAGUACGAGUUUAGGGUGAUGGCUGAGAAUGAGCUCGGAACCGGAGAUCCCAGUGUCCCAUCCAAACCUAUUCUGGCCAAAGAUCCUAUUGUGCCUCCAAGUCCUCCAGUCACCCCUGAGGCCUACGACAAGACCAAGGACACAGUCAGUUUGAAGUGGCAGAUGCCUCGCCAUGAUGGCAAGGGCAAGAUCUUUGGUUAUCUGGUUGAGUACCAGAAGCCCGGCGCUGUGGAUUGGAUGCAGGCUAAUGAGUCUCCAGAGCAGUGCCCUGACCUCCACUAUGUUGUGACAGGUCUGACUGAUGGACAGGAAUAUACCUUCAGGAUCUAUACUGUCAAUGCAGCAGGCAAAUCUGAGCCUGCCUAUGUCAAGGAAAACAUCAAAGUCCAUGACAGACUGGAGGAGCCUGAGCUGCUGCUGGACGCCAACAUGUCCCGUGACCACCUGGCCAUGCUGGGCACGGACAUCACCCUGAGCGCUACAAUCAGGGGUGUGCCAACUCCUACUGUCAGCUGGAAGAAGAAUGAUGGAGACGCCCCAUCCCACGCCACCAUCGCUGUCACCACCGGUGGCAGCAAACUCUUCAUCCCCAAGUGUGUCCGUCCUGACUCUGGCAACUAUACUAUCACUGCAGAGAACGCGGCCGGGAAGAAAUCCGCUACCGUCGCAGUCCUCGUCCUGAACAAGCCCUCUCCUCCCAGAGACCUGGUUAUCACUGAGGUGACCAGUGAGUCUGCCUACCUCACAUGGAAAGCCCCUGAGGACAAUGGAGGUGCUGUGAUCUCCCACUAUGUGGUGGAGAAGAAGGACGUGGCUGCUGAGAACUGGGUGCCUGUCUCUGCAGCCAAUAAGAAGCCAAGUCUGAUGGCCAUGUACCUUAUGGAAGGCAUCCAGUACCUCUUCAGAGUGGCUGCUGAGAACCAGUUUGGCAGGAGUGACUACGUGACAACCAAGACACCUAUCAAGGCUGUGGAUCCUCUCUAUCCUCCUGGUCCACCCAAGAACCUGCACCACACUGAUGCUGACAAGACUGAGGUGUGGCUGGAAUGGGAGUGGCCCGAUCGCACUGGAGGAAGUGAGAUCACUGGCUUCAUCGUUGAACACCAGGAAGAUGGCCAGACUGACUGGGUCACCUUCAAGACUGUAAGCAACAACCACUGUCAUGUGAGCAACCUGAUGGAGGGCAAGACCUACCGCUUCAGAGUCAAGGCCCAGAAUGCCAUUGGCGUGAGCCGUCCUGAUACCAGUGUGCCGGUCUCUUGUCAGGAGAAAACACUGCCACCGGUUAUUGAAGUUGAUGUGAAGCUCAUUGAGGGUCUUGUGGUCAAAGCUGGCAAUCCCAUUGUCCUCCCAGCCAAGAUGACAGGCAUUCCCAUUCCUACUGCCAAGUGGAUGAGUGAUGACAAGGAGAUCAUGUCAGAGGGUCGGUAUAACAUUGAGUCUGCUGGAUCCUCCACCAUCCUCAGCAUCCCUCAGUCUGUGAGAGGAGACACUGGAGAGUACAUUCUCACUGUGUCUAACCCAGCUGGCAGCAAGACGGUUGCUCUACACGUCACGGUGUUAGAUGUCCCUGGUGCACCUAUUGGACCUGUCAAUAUCAUGGAGGUUGCCCCCGACCACAUGAUAAUCCAGUGGAGGGCGCCCAAGGAUGACGGCGGCACUCCCAUCACAAACUACGUGGUUGAGAAAAAGGAUGUUAAGAAGCCAUGGGAGCCCUGGUCUGUUGUCCGCUCCAGUGGCACCAGCACUAAGGCCAAGGUGUCCAGGCUGGAGAAGGGUCGCGAGUACAUUGUCCGUGUCCGUGCUGAGAACAAGAUUGGUAUUGGAGCUGGACUCGAGAGUCCUCCCACUAUUGCUAAGCACAUGUUCAACCCUCCCGGUCCUCCAGGCUUGCCAGAGUGCUCUGAUAUCACCGAGAAUGCUGUGACUGUGCAGUGGACUCUGCCUGACUAUGACGGAGGCAGCCCCAUCAGUGGUUAUGUGAUUGAGCGAAGAGAAAUGACUGGCAAGUGGAUCCGUGUCAACAAGACUCCCGUACUGGACCUCAGAUACAGAGUCUCGGGCCUGUUUGAAGGCAACACUUAUGAGUUCAGAGUGUUUGCAGAAAACAUUGCUGGUAUCAGUGAGCCUUCUCCCAUCUCUGACCCUGUCAAAGCCACCCGUGCCCUCACCAAGCCAGGACCCCCAGGCAAUCCCAAAUUGAAAGACUGGAGCAAGUCCUAUGCUGACAUCUGCUGGACCAAACCAACCAGAGAUGGAGGCAGCCCCAUCCUUGGCUAUGUGGUUGAGGCCCAGAAGUCAGGCAGUGCCCAGUGGGAUAGAAUCAACAAAGACCUGAUCAAGACGUAUGCCUACAGAGUGCCAGGCCUGAUUGAGGGAAUGGAAUACAGAUUCCGCAUCAGAGCCACCAACAAGAUUGGAGACAGUGAACCCAGGGAGUUGACAGAGACUGUCCUGGCCAAGGACAUCUUAGUGCCCCCAGAGAUUGUUGUUGAUGUGUCAUGCCGUGACUCCCUGACCAUCAGGGCAGGCCAGAUCAUCAGCCUGGUCACCAGGGUGAAAGGUAGACCUGACCCAGAAAUCACAUGGACCAAGGAUGCCAGAGCCCUGGGCAGAGACAAGCGCACGGAGAUGAACAAUAACUACCCUGUGUGUGAGCUGGUUAUUAAUGAUGCUGUCAGAUCAGACUAUGGCAAGUAUGCCAUUGUUGCCAAGAACAGUAGUGGACAGGCACAGGCUACUAUCCUGGUCAAUGUACUGGAUACACCAGGACCUUGUCAGAACUUGAAGGUUGCUUAUGUGACCAAGAACUCCUGCAUGGUGUCCUGGGAGAACCCUGAGGACAACGGUGGCACUGAGAUCACUCAGUACAUCAUUGAGUGCCGUCAGCCCAGCCAGAGAGGAUGGACUGUGGUCUCUAAUGACUGCACUAAGCGUCUAUUGAAGGCCCCUCUCACACAGGGCUGUGAAUACUUCUUCCGCGUGAGUGCAGAGAACAAGAUUGGUGCCGGUCCAACCACUGAGACCAAGACAGCUGUGCUGGCUGUUGAUCCAGUUGAGAAGCCAGGUGAACCCACUGACUUCCAUAUCUCUGAGAUUGGCAAGACCUUCUGCUUCCUUAAGUGGAAGAAGCCAGACUAUGAUGGCGGUAGCCGUAACCUAAGUUAUCACAUUGAGAAGAAGCCCAAGGAGGCUGAAGAAUGGGAGAGGCUGCACAAGGGAGCGAUCAAGGAGACUUACUUUAUGGCUGACAGGUGCAUUGAGAACCAAAUCUACCAGUUCAGAGUCCAGACUAAGAAUGAGGGAGGAGAGAGCAACUGGGUGACCACAGCAGAAGUCCUGGUUAAAGAACAGCUUGUAGUACCUGAGAUAAAGAUAAAAUUGGACGGCACACUGGUGGUCAAGGCGGGAGACGUCAUCCCUAUUGAGGCAACUAUCAAGGGCAAGCCCCAGCCUGAAUUCAAAUGGACAAAGGAUGACCGCACAGAUGAGAUCAGGAGAGGCCCUAGGACUCAGAUUGAAGCUGGCACUGACUUCUCCAAAUUGGUGGUUACAGGCGCCAGGCGCACUGACAGUGGUAAAUAUGUUAUUACUGCCACUAACAAUGCAGGAACCUGCUCUGCUCAUGCUAAGGUCAACGUGCUUGACAGACCUGGUCCUAUCAGGGAUCUUAAGUUGUCCGGCAUUACCACUGACAGAUGCCACCUCUCCUGGGAGGUCCCUGAGGAUGAUGGUGGCUGUGAAAUCUACAACUACAUCAUUGAGAAAUGUGAGACCAAGAGAGAAGUUUGGUCUGUCCACUCCAAUGCUGUAAUCACCAACAAAGCUAAUGUCACUCGCCUUAUUGAGGGCAAUGAGUAUACUUUCAGAGUCCGCGCUGAGAAUAAGAUGGGCCCAGGCCCUGCAGUGCAGAGUGAACCCAUUAUUGCCGGCACCCAGUUCAGUGCACCUGACGCUCCUGAGCCACCUGAGGUCACAAAGAUUGCCAAGGAGGAGAUGGCUGUGCAGUGGUCACAACCCGAGAAAGAUGGCGGAAAGCCAAUCACAGGCUACCUUCUAGAAAAGAGGGAGGAGCAUGCUGUCAGGUGGUCACCCGUCAACAAGGAUCCAAUCCCUGGAACACGUUUGACUGUUACAGGACUCCUUCCCCUCCAUGACUACCAGUACAGAGUCAAGGCUGUCAAUGAAAUUGGAGUUGGCACCCCAAGCAAACCCUCACGUACUAUUACUGCCAAGGAUGCAGUUGAACCGCCUGCACCUCCUACCAACAUGAAGGUAUUGGACAGCACCAAGUCCACUGUAACCCUUGGCUGGACAAAGCCUGUGUCUUAUGGUGGUGCCCCUCUCAUUGGUUAUGUGGUGGAGAUGAGGGUGAAGGGAACUGCCAAGAAAGGAGAUGAUGGCUGGAAGAGGUGUAAUGUAGCAGCUCAGUUGGUAGUGUGUGAGUUCACCGUCACCAGUCUGGAUGAGAAGCUGGAGUAUGAAUUCAGGGUGUCAGCUCAGAACCAGGUGGGCAUGAGUCUGCCCUGCGAUCUGGAAGGAGCUGUGAUGCCCAAGGAGAUCCUAGAGGCUCCAGAGAUUGAUCUGGAUGCCAACCUAAAACAGGGCCUGACUGUGAGAGCUGGCUGUCCCAUCAGACUCUGUGCCACCAUCAGAGGCAGGCCACCUCCCAAGGUCACCUGGAGGAGGAUGGGUAUUGACAACGUGGUCAGAAAGGGGCAUGUGGACAUCAUUGACACCAUGACUUUCCUGGUCAUUCCUGACAGCACCCGUGAUGACUCUGGAAAAUACUGCUUGACACUGCAGAGUGUUGCUGGCGAGAAAGCUGUAUUUGUCAACGUCAAGGUUCUGGACACCCCAGGGCCUGUGAUGAACAUGGAGGCUACAGACAUUAAACAGACAUCUGCAGUGUUGUCAUGGAACCCUCCAGAAAACGACGGUGGAAGCGAGGUCACUCACUAUAUCCUCGAGAAGCGUGAAAUUGACCGUAAGACUUGGGCAACUGUCAAAGCUGAGAUUGAGAAGGACAAGAUUCCAUUCAAGAUCAGUGGGCUGAUGCCAGGCACUGAGUACUACUUCAGAGUCAAAGCUGUCAAUCAGUAUGGUCCUGGAGUACCCAGGGUAUCACCUACCUCCUACUUGGCAUCUGAUCCUGUCAGCAAACCUGAUCCUUGUGAGAAGAUUGAGGUGUUGGAGAUUACCAAGAACAGUGCCACAGUGGGCUGGGUGAAACCCAUGAGAGACGGAGGAGCCAAGAUCGAUGGAUAUGUGAUUGAGUACGAAGACGAGGCAGAGCCUGAGAAGGAGGUGUGGAAUGCCUACACCACAGUAAAGGGUCUAAGCAUUGCCAUCAGUGGACUCAAGGAGGGUAAGAGGUACAAGUUCAGAGUGGCAGCCAAGAACGUCAUGGGAUGCAGCUUGUUCACCGAGACCAGAGAGCCAUGUGAGAUCAAGGAGCAGAUGUUGCCUCCAAAGAUUGUUAUGCCGGAGACUGUGGGUGCCAGAGCUGGAGCCAAGCUCAGGGUGGAGGCCGUGGUCUCUGGAAAACCAUCUCCGUCCUGCAAAUGGAUGCGGGGCAAGGAUGCUGUGGUGCCAUCUAGCCGUCUGGCUGUCCACAAGUCUGGUAACCUGUGUGUGCUGAUCAUCAAGGAUGUUUCCAGGACUGACAGUGGGGAGUACAGUCUGGUAGCGGAGAACAGUUCUGCUAAGACGGAACAAGCCCUGAACAUCAUCAUCAGAGACAUCCCUGGUCCUCCUGAGGGUCCAGUUGAAAUCAGUGACAUUGACUCUGACGCCUGCUCUCUAUCCUGGAAUAAACCCCUGGAGGACGGCGGCAGCAACAUCACCAACUAUGUAGUAGAGAAGUGUGAUGUGAGCCGGGGCGACUGGGUCACUGCUCUCUCUUCUUGUGGAAAGACAGGCUGCAGGCUUGGCAAGCUCAUCCCUGGGAAGGAGUACAUCUUCCGCAUCCGUGCAGAGAACCGCUUCGGAAUCUCAGACGCCGUACAGUCUGACAGGAUGGUUGCCAAGUUCCCCUUCGGUGUCCCUGGUGAACCCCUCAACUGUCGCAUCAACAAGACCAACAAGGACUGUAUGUUUGUGGCCUGGGACAAACCCGAGAGCGACGGUGGCAGUCCCAUCACUGGCUAUUACAUUGAGCGUAAAGAGAGGAACAGCUUGCUGUGGGUCAAGGCCAACGACACCGUUGUUCGUACUACCGAGUACCCCUGCGCCAGCCUUAUUGAAGGCCUGGAGUACACAUUCCGAGUGUCUGCCAUCAACCGUGCUGGUCAGGGCAAACCAAGCAAGAAGACUGACUUUGUCACUGCCAGGACACCUGUUGACACACCAGGCAAACCAGACAUCCUGGACGUUACCAAGAACUCGGUUACUCUGGUCUGGACCCGUCCAAAGAACGAUGGUGGCAGCAAGAUUAUUGGUUACUAUGUGGAGGCCUUGAGGUUGCCAGGAGAUACCUGGGUGCGGUGUAACACCAGCAGCCAGAACUGCCCCAGAGAGGAGUACACAGUGACUGGCCUGGAGAGAGACCUGCAGUACCAAUUCAGAGUCAUUGCCAAAACCGCUGUUAACAUGAGCAAAGCCUCCGAACCCACAGAUCCUGUCCUCGUCUGUGCAGAGAACGUUCCACCAAGACUAGAGCUCGAUGCCAAGAUGCAGAAGGGUCUAACGGUGAAGGCUGGUGCCACGGUCCUCCUGGAGGCUGAGGUGUUUGGUAAACCCAUGCCUAAGGUGACCUGGAAGAGAGGAGAUGACAGCCUGAGAUCUGCUGCAGGCCACAUCAUCACUCAUCAGAGACACCACUUCCAACUGGAGAUGACUGGAGUGACCAAGGAACACACUGGAACCUACACCAUCUUGGCUGAGAAUGCUAGUGGAUCCAAGACUGCAGAGAUUAGCCUCAAGGUUCUGGAUAUCCCUGGCCCCCCUACCAAUGUCAAAUACAUUGAAGUGUUUGCCACCAAUAUCAAGGUGGCCUGGGAGCCUCCAGUGAAGGACGGUGGUGCAGCCAUCACCAACUACAUCAUAGACAAGCGUGAGACCAGCAGAGCCAACUGGGCCCAGGUCGCAUCUAAGAUCAAGGGUGAUGUCCAUGAGUUAAAUGUGGAGAAGCUGAUCGAUGGUCGGGAAUACCAGUUCCGUAUUCGGGCUGAGAAUACUUGGGGAGUUGGAGAGCCCUUCAUCACCAAUCCAGUCAUCAGCAAGAAUCCAUUCGAUGUCCCUGGCCGCUGCGAAGCCCCAGUGAUCACCAAUGUCACUAAGGAUCACAUGACUGUGAGCUGGAAGGAGCCAGUAGAGGAUGGUAAAUCCACCAUCCUGGGUUACAUUCUGGAGAAGAAGGAGAGCAAGGAGAUAAACUGGACCAAGAUGAACAGAAAGCCCAUGUUGGAGAGGACUCUGGAGGUCAGCAACCUCACUGAGGGAACAGAGUAUGAGUUUAGAGUCACCGCUGUCAACCGGGCAGGACCUGGAAAACCCAGUGAACCAUCUGCUGGCGCCUAUGCACAGGAUCCCCUCAGUCCUCCUGGACCAGUGUUGAACCCCAGUGUGACAGACACCACCCACAGCACCAUCAGCCUCACUUGGACUGCCCCAGCCAACAAUGGAGGCAGCCCCAUCCUGGGCUACCUGGUGGAAUGCAAGAGGACCAAUGGAACUGACUGGAUCCGUUGCAAUGUCCCCAAGAACCUGCAGGAAACCAACUAUAUCAUCCAGAACCUCAUUGAUAAGUCUGAGUACCACUGCCGCAUCACAGCCGUCAACAAGGUUGGCUUCAGCGAGCCCUGUGAAGUUCCUGGCAAACACGUCGCUAAAGACAUCAUUGUUCCUCCAGAGGCUGAGCUGAGUGCAGAGCUAAAAGAAGUGCUGGAGCUGCGUGCCGGAGCUACCAUGAGACUACAGGCCACUAUUAAGGGUCGUCCCACUCCUAAAGUCACCUGGGCCAAGAUGAACACUAACAUCAAGGACCGCCAAGGCAUCAUCAUCAAGUCCACUGACACAGACACUCUGGUGCUGGUGGAGAGUGUCAACAGAUAUGAUGCUGGCAAAUACAUCCUGAACCUGGACAGUACCAGUGGAAUGAAGAUGUACACUAUCGUUGUCAAGGUCUUUGACACUCCUGGGCCACCAGUCAACCUAAUGGUGAAGGAGACGUCCAAGGACAGUGCCUCCAUUGUGUGGGACACUCCUCUAAUUAAUGGCGGUUAUGACAUAACACACUACAUUGUGGAAAAGAGGGAUGCUGAGAGGAAGGCUUGGACCAUGGUCUCCAACAACUGUGCCAAGACCUUCUUUAAGGUGUCAGACCUAGAGGCCGGCAGAUCCUACUGCUUCAGAGUUUCUGCUGUCAACGAGUUGGGGGCCGGAGAGAACUGUGAGACUGCAGACGCCGUCAGAGCAUCUGAGGAACCCGGGCCUGUUAUGGACUUCAAGACCCUGUUGGUCACCAAAGAUUCAUGCACCCUGAGCUGGAAGAAACCUCUCACUGAUGGAGGAAGCCGCAUCAUCUGCUACGUCCUGGAGGUCCUCAAUGGUGAUGAAAAGUACAAAGAGCUGAUGAGGUCCAAGAACAUGCAGUACAGUGCCAAGGACCUGGUGGAGGGUAGAGAGUAUAACUACAGAGUCAAAGCAGUGAAUGACACUGGAGAGAGCGCUACAAAGGAGCUCACUGUGGUUGCCAAGGACCAGAUCAUUCAUCCUACCUGUGACUUGCGUGAGCUGCCCAACAUGUGCUACAUUGCCAAAGAAGGCAGCACAGUGCGCCUAAAGAUCCCAAUUAUUGGUAAGCCUACACCUAAGGUCUCAUGGAAGAAGGGAGAGGACGAGGAUCUAACAGACACAGGCAGAGUCUGUGCUGAGUCUUCAGCUGUCAACACCACCUUGCUCAUCAGGGACUGUCAGAGAAGUGAUGCCUCAAAAUACACCAUCACCCUGAGGAACAGUGCAGGAACCAAGGAGUCUACCAUCUUCAUCAGGGUUGUGGGCAAACCUGGCAUCCCUGUCCAUCCCAUCAAGUUCAAGGAUGUGACAGCCGACGGUGCCACGCUGAAGUGGGGUGCUCCCAAGGACGAUGGUGGGUCAGAAAUCACCAAUUACAUCCUGGAGAAGAGGGACUCUAUCACCAAUAUGUGGGUGACAGUCUCCUCCUCUGUGGAGACCAACACCAUGCGGGUCACUGGACUCCAUGAGGGAACUGAGUACAUUUUCAGGGUCUGUGCUGAGAACAAGUAUGGUGUCGGAGAAGGGCUCAAGUCUGAACCCAUUGUUGCUAAGCACCCAUUCAAUGUACCUGAUGCUCCUGCUCCACCUCAGAUCGCGAGCAUGCGCCAUGAUUCUGCCUACCUGGCCUGGUCUGACCCCAGGAAGACUGGAGGGUCUCCUAUCACUGGCUACCAUGUCGAGUUCAAGGAGAGGAACAGUAUGUUGUGGAAAAGGUCAAACCAGACUGACCUGAGAAUGAAGGAGCACAAGGUUACAGGGCUGACCGAGGGCCUGGAGUAUGAAUUUAGAGUCAUGGCCAUCAACCUGGCUGGUAUUGGCAAACCCAGUGCUCCUACUGACCCGCAUGUUGCCCUGGAUGCCAUUGAUGCACCUGGUAGACCAGAUGUGAUCAGUAUCACCAGGAGCACUGUGACCCUCCAGUGGACGGAGCCGGAGUGUGAUGGCGGCCACAGGCUAACUGGGUACAUCGUUGAGAGGCGCGACUUGCCUUCCAAGAUCUGGGUGAAGGCCAACAACGUCAAUGUGGUAGAUCCUGCCUUCACUGUUAAAGAGCUUCAGGAGGGCUGCAAGUAUGAGUUUAGAAUUAGGGCCAAGAAUGCUGCAGGUGCUCUGAGCCCACCCUCUGAGCAGACUGACACUCUGAUCUGCAGAGAUGAAUAUGCUGCACCAACCAUCACCAUUGAUGCUCAAGUCAAGGAGGGUCUGACUGUCAAGGCUGGUGACACCAUUGUCAUCACUGCCACCAGCAUUUUAGGCAAGCCUGCACCAACCUCAUGCUGGUCCAAGGGAGGAAAAUACUUCAAACCCUCUGACAUUGUUCAAAUCGAGACCACCCCCACCUCUUCCACCCUAUCAGUCAAGUAUGCCAGCAGGAAGGACUCUGGAGACUACACCAUCACAGCGAGCAACCCCUUUGGCGUGAAGGAGGAGAAUGUCAAGGUGAAGGUCCUGGAUGUGCCUAGUGCCCCUGGUCCUAUUGAGUCUAGUGGUAUUUCCUCUGAGAAGGUCACCCUUACCUGGACGGCUCCCACUGAGGAUGGAGGCUCCCCAAUCAAGUACUACACCCUGGAGAAGAGGGAGACCAGCCGCCUGCUCUGGACUAUACUGGAAGAGAAGGUGAUUGACUGUCACUACGUGGCCAACAAGCUCAUCCAGAGUAACGAGUACAUCUUCAGAGUCUCUGCUGUCAAUCAGUAUGGUGCCAGUGAGCCAUCUCACUCUGAGCCUGUCAAGAUGGUCGAUAGGUUUGGUCCUCCUGGCCCACCAUCUAAACCUGAUGUUGAGAAUGUCGGUGGGCAUUCUGCCACCGUAACAUGGAAGAGACCGGCUGAGGAUGGAGGAAGUGACAUCACAGGUUACUGCGUUGAGAAGAAGGAGAGGAAGGCCACAAGAUGGGUCAGGGCAUCCAAAAAGACCAUUGCCGAGCUCAGCUAUGAAGUUAAAGGUCUCACUGAGGGCCUAGAAUACGAGUUCCGUGUUCUUGCUGAGAACAUAGCUGGCUUUGGAGAACCAAGCGAACCAUCUAUGCCAGUUAGAACAAAAGUUGUUGCCUAUGUGCCUGGACCUCCAUUCAACCCAAGAGUUACAGACACAACGAAGACCAGUGCUAGUCUUAACUGGGGUAGACCUCUUGAGGAUGGUGGACUUGAAGUUACUGGAUACGUGAUUGAGCACAAGAAGGAGGGAACAGAGGAAUGGAUCAAGGACACGCCAUCCUCACUACUGAGGAUUACAGAGUUUGUUGUUCCUGGGCUUGAGACUGGAGCAAAAUACCACUUCAGAAUCAGUGCAGUAAAUGCUGAGGGGCAGGGUGAACCUGGUGAGACCCAGGAGCUGGUUGAGAUUGUGGAGCGUGCAGCAGAGCCUGAUCUGGAGCUUGAUGUUGAGCUAAGGAGGACCCUCGUCGUCAGGGCUGGUUGCUCCAUCCGCCUCUUUGUGCCAAUCAAAGGACGCCCUGCUCCAGCCGUUACUUGGACCAAAGAGGGUGGUCCUGUUCCACGUGCCGUCAUCGACAGCUCUGAGUCAUUCACUAUGCUUCUCAUCCCUGACAGUUCGCGGAUUGAUGCGGGCAAAUAUGAGCUGACCCUUGAAAACUCAGCAGGGAAGAAGAGUGCCUCUGUUAAUGUAAGAGUUCUGGACACACCAGGACCUCCACUGAAUCUGAAGCCAAUCAAAAUUGACAAGGAGAGCAUCACUCUUCAGUGGGAGAUGCCUCUCAUUGAUGGUGGAGCCAAGAUCACUAACUACAUAAUAGAGAAGAGAGAAUCGACUCGUAAGGCUUACACUACUAUUAUUACACAUUGCCCAACCACUUCAGUCAAGAUCCCUGAGCUGGGAGAGGGCUGUGAAUACUACUUUAGAGUACGUGCUGAGAAUGAGUAUGGCAUCGGUGAGGCUGUUGAAACUUCAGAUCCAAUUCGUGCAUCUCAGGCACCUACUCCCCCAGAGAGCAUUAUCCCUACUGAUAUUACUAAAAAUUCAGUGAGUCUGGCAUGGACCAAGCCAAAGUUUGAUGGUGGCAGCAGAGUGACUGGAUACGUACUUGAGGCUCAGAAGAAGGGAACUGAUCAGUGGUCCCAUGUGACAACAGUCAAGACCAUGGAUUACUCAGUAAAGAAUCUAAAUGAAAAUGAGGAAUACGUUUUCCGUGUAAUGGCAGUCAACCAGUCUGGCAGAAGUGCUCCUCGUGACAGCAAGCCCAUUGUAAUCAAGGAGUCCACCUCCCUGCCUGAGUUUGACCUGCGUGGUGUGUGCCAGAAGACUAUUAUUGCUAAGGCAGGAGAGGACAUAAAGGUCGAGAUUCCAGUCAUUGGACGUCCUAGACCAACUAUUUCCUGGCAGAAGGAUGGUGCUGCAUUGAAGCUCACCCAGAGAACCAAUGUGGAGACCACUUCUGCUACUGUAAUCUUGACCAUCAAUGAAUGCACAAGAGCUGACAGUGGCACAUACACUAUGACAGGGAAGAACAUCAUUGGUUCUGUGUCAGACAAUAUAAUUGUUAAAGUGCAUGAUGUUCCUGGGCCUCCUAAAGGACCGAUUAAAAUUGAGGAAAUAUCUCGUACCUAUUGCGUUUUUGCAUGGGACACCCCUGAAAAUGACGGUGGUGUUCCUAUCAACAACUAUGUGGUUGAGAUCAGGGACACCACUACCCAAACUUGGAUCGAGUUGUCUUCCACUAUAAUUCGCACCAAGUUCAAAGCCACUCGUCUGAUCACUGGAUCAGAAUACCAGUUUAGAGUGAAAGCUAAGAACCGAUAUGGCACUGGACCUCCCAUCACCUCAGAGGCAGUGGUGGCUGCUUAUCCAUUCAAGGUUCCUGGGCCUCCUGGCACUCCUAAGGUUAUUGCAUUCACUAAGGACACAAUGACAGUAGGCUGGAAUGAGCCUGUGUCCGAUGGUGGAAAUGAGGUUAUUGGAUACCACAUUGAGAGGAAGGAGAGAAGCGGCAUCGUGUGGCAGAGGAUCAGUAAAGGAAUAGUGAAAGGAAACAUAUUCAAAUCCACAGGCCUGGAAGAUGGAAUUGCCUAUGAGUUCCGUGCCAUGGCUGAGAACAUGGCUGGGAUCGGUAAACCCAGUAAGGCCUCAGAGGCAAUGCUAGCCCUUGACCCUGUGGACCCACCAGGUCAGCCAGUUCCUGUUUACGUUAAUAAGAAUGUGAUCACUAUUCAGUGGACAAAACCUGAAUAUGACGGUGGCUUCAAGAUUACAGGCUACACAGUGGAGAAGAGAGAUCUCCCUGAUGGUCGUUGGAUCAGAGCCAACUUCACUAACAUCAUUGAAACUACAUUCACUGUUAGUGGUCUGACACAGGAUGCUUCCUAUGAGUUCCGUGUCAUGGCCAGAAACUCAGCUGGUGCAGUUAGCGUGCCCUCUGAGCCUUCAGAUCCAAUCACCUGCAAGGAUGACAUUGUUGAGCCACGUAUUAUGGUUGAUGCGAUCUUUAAAGAUGUUUUUCUUCUGAAGGCGGGGGAGACCUUCAAGCUUGACGCUGACAUUGCUGGUCAACCAAUCCCAUCCAUGGUCUGGACCAAGAAUGGAAAGGAGGUUGAGAACACAAUGAAAUUGGAGGUUAAAUUUACUGACCUGACAACCACUCUGAUCAACAAGGACUCAGUCCGAAAAGAUGGCGGAGAAUUUGUUCUGACUGCCACUAACACUGGUGGAUUUGCUAAGCACAUAUUCAAUGUAAAAGUGCUCGACAGGCCUGGACCACCAGGUGGACCUAUUAAAGUGUCUGAUAUCACAGCUGAUAACUGUGUAAUGACAUGGAGUCCACCUGAAGAUGACGGUGGUGCCAAAAUUGACAGUUAUGUUAUUGAGAAGCGUGAGUCAAGCAGACUUGCAUGGACUAAUGUGGCUUCAGAUCUGCAGGUCACACAGUACAAGGUGACUAAAUUGCUCAAAGGAAAUGAAUACAUCUUCAGAGUGAUGGCAGUAAACAAAUAUGGAGUUGGCGAGCCUCUGGACUCAGAGCCAACAAUUGCUGACAAUCCUUACGUACGUCCAGAUCCUCCACAGAGUCCAGAAGUGACAGCAGUCACUAAAGAUUCAAUGAUUCUAAUGUGGCAAGCACCCAGGAGUGAUGGAGGUAGCCCCAUCACAAACUACAACAUUGAGAGGAAGGACAGAAUUGGUCUCCGCUGGGUCAAAUGCAACAAGAAAAAAGUCAAGGAGCUGCAGUUCAAGGUAACAAACCUUGUUGUAGGACAUGAAUAUGAAUUCAGAGUCAUUGCUGAGAAUGCUGCUGGAUUGAGUGCACCAAGUACAUCAAGUCCAUUCUACAAGGCCACUGAUACACUGUAUCAGCCGGGAUCUCCUUGCAACCCCAGAGUGCUGGACACAACCAAGUCCUCCAUUACUGUUGCCUGGAACAAGCCUGUGUAUGAUGGCGGCUCCGAUAUCACUGGCUACAUUGUGGAGACCUGCAUUCCAUCUGAGAAGGAGGAAGAGGAAGAGUGGACUAUUGUUACACCCAAAGAAGGUCUCCUUGCCACCUCAUUCACAAUUAUCAACCUGAAGGAGAACCAGGAGUACAAAAUUAACAUCUCAGCGGUCAACAGCGAAGGGAUCGGAGAGGCGGCAUCGGUACCUGGCAAUCCCAAGGCUGAGGACAGAUUCCUCCCGCCUGAGCUUGACUUGGAUGCUGAGCUCCGUAAGGUUAUCAGCCUCAGAGCAUGUUGUUCACUGAGACUGUUUGUGCCCAUCAGAGGCAGACCAGCACCUGAGGCUAAAUGGACCAAAGAGGAUGGUGAGCCUGUUGAGAGGGCAACUAUCGAGAACACUACAUCAUACACAUCACUAAUCAUUGAGAAUGUCAACAGAUUUGAUAGUGGAAAGUACAAUCUCACUGUAGAGAACAACUCUGGAUCCAAGACAGUUACAGUACAGGUCAGGGUUCUUGAUACACCAAGUGCUCCACAGAACCUCAAGAUUAAUGCAGUCACAAAAGAAUCUGUCUCUCUGAUUUGGGAUCCUCCCGUAAAUGAUGGAGGAGUUAAGAUUAAGAACUACAUUGUUGAAAAGCGUGAGUCGACAAGGAAAGCAUAUGCCACAGUUAAUGCAAACUGUCACCACACCACCUUCACAGUUGAACAGCUCCAGGAAGGAUGCAACUACUACUUCAGAGUUUUGGCUGAGAAUGAAUAUGGGAUUGGUUUACCUAUUGAGACAGGUGAAUCAGUCAAGGUUUCUGAGAAACCACAGCCACCAGGUAAGGUCACCCUUAAGGAUGUCACCAAGAACAGUGUCACCUUGUCCUGGGAAAAGCCAGAGCAUGAUGGAGGCAGCAGAGUUGGCUGUUAUGUUGUUGAGAUCCAGCCCAAAGGUGUUGAUAAGUGGAGCCAGUCAAUGAUUGUGAAAGAAACUGAGGCCACUAUAAGUGGACUUAAUGCAGGUGAAGAAUACAUGUUCCGUGUAUCAGCAAGAAAUGAGAAAGGAACCAGUGACCCACGACAAAUCGGGGUACCUGUGAUUGUUAAGGAUCUUGUAAUUUCUCCAGCUGCCAAACUUCUGUUCAACACGUUCAGUGUGAAGGCAGGAGACGAUCUCACAGUAGAGGUUCCAUAUAUUGCUCGUCCCAAAGCUGCUGUGUCUUGGGUGAAAGAUGGUGAGCCACUUAAGAGAACUACCAGGGUGAACUUUGGUGCCACAGACACAAUGCUGAACCUCAAGAUUAAGGAGGCUGCUAAAGAUGAUGUUGGCCACUACCGUAUCACUCUUAGCAACACAGCUGGAGAGACUACAGCAGACAUUGGCAUUGUUGUUCUUGAUAAACCAGGUCGGCCAGGUGGUCCAGUUAAAGUGGAGGAAGUCACUGCUGAUAGUGUAACAAUCUCCUGGAAACCACCAGAGUAUGAUGGCGGCUGCACCAUAAACAACUACAUUGUGGAGAAGAGAGACACAUCGACCACUAACUGGAUGGUUGUGUCUCCCAACUUAGCCAGGACAAAGAUCAAGGCUGGCAGGUUGAGGACUGGCUGUGAGUAUCAGUUCAGAAUCACAGCAGAGAACAGAUAUGGAAAGGGUCCAGUUCUGGUCUCAGAGUGUGUUGUGGCCCAAUACCCAUACAAGCUCCCAGGACCCCCAGGAACACCUUCCAUUGCAGCCUCCACUAAAGACAGCAUGGUGGUGAUAUGGAAUGAGCCUGUGAAUGACGGUGGAAGCACAAUCCUGGGCUACCAUCUUGAAUGCAAAGAAAGAAAUAGUAUUCUUUGGGUGAAACUGAACAAGUCCCUUAUAACUGACCAAACCUUCAAGACCACUGGCCUAGAACCAGGAAUGGAAUAUGAAUAUAGAGUAUACGCUGAAAACAUUGUUGGAAUAGGCAAAGUAAGCAAAGUGUCUGAGGGUCACAUUGCAAGAGAUCCUUGUGAUCCACCUGGUACCCCUGAGGCCACCAAAAUCACCAAGGAUUCUGUGACCAUUACCUGGACCAAGCCUGAGUACGAUGGUGGUGCAAAAGUCACUGGCUAUGUAGUAGAGAAGAAGGAGCUGCCAGAGGGCCGCUGGCUGAAGGCUAACUUCACUAAUGUCAUUGAAACAGAAUACACUGCCACAAGCCUUGUGAAAGACGAACAGUACGAGUUCCGUGUCAUUGCCAGAAAUGCUGCAGGGGUUUUUAGCAGUCCCUCUUACAGCACUGGUCCCAUCACUGCCAAGGAUGAGAUCGAGCCACCUCGCAUUAGCAUUAGCCCAGAGUACACAAAGACUAUUGUGGUCAAUGCUGGAGAAAACUUCAAGAUUGAUGCAGAUGUUCAUGGCAAACCACUGCCCUCUAUCCAGUGGAUUAAGGGAGAGCAAGUGCUGGGCAACACUAUUCAUAGAGAGAUUAAGAACACAAACACACAGGCUUGUAUCACUGUGAAGGAGGCUAAACUUUCAGAUGGAGGCCAAUACACUCUGCUGCUGAAUAAUCUGGGUGGGGAAAAGGCUGUACAGGUUAAUGUGGUUGUUCUGGAUAAACCUGGGGAACCACAAGGGCCGCUUGUUGUCCAGGGCAUCACUAAAGAUAGAUGCUGCCUUGCCUGGAAACCACCACUGCAAGAUGGUGGCAGCAAGAUCUCUCACUAUAUUGUGGAAAGGAGAGAGACAAGCAGGUUGGUAUGGACUGUUGUUGAACCCAAAGUAGAAAAUACUUGCCUGAAGGUUACCAAGCUCCUGGAAGGAAAUGAGUACAUUUUCAGAGUCUAUGCAGUCAACCAGUUCGGAAUGGGUGCACCUCUUGAGUCGGCUGCUGUCAUAAUUAAAGACCCAUAUGUGCCUCCUGGAUCACCCAAGGGCUUAGAGAUUUCAGAUAUUAAGAAGGAUUCAAUGGUAUUAACCUGGGAGGCUCCUUCCGAUGACGGAGGCAGUCCUAUCACUGGGUACAUCAUCGAGAAACAUGACAAGGAAGGUGUGAGGUGGACGAGAUGCAACAGGAAGACAGUCACAGGCUUGACAUUCAAGGUCACUGGACUCAUGGAAAGUCAUAAUUACGAGUUCAGAGUAGCAGCUGAGAAUGUUGUUGGUGUUGGUGAGCCAAGCUCUCCCACUGUCUUCUUUAAAGCUCUGGAUCCUAUCUUCAGGCCUGGACCACCACAAAACCCCAAAGUUACUGACACAACUAAGUCAUCAGUCUUCCUGUCAUGGGGCAAGCCUAUGUAUGAUGGUGGCUGUGAGAUUCAGGGGUAUAUUGUUGAGUACUGUACCACCACAGCAGGGCCUGCUGAGGAAUGGAUAACGUGUACACCACCAACAGGCAUCAAAAAGACCAAGUUUGAAGUUGUAAACAUGAAGGAAAAUCAGGCAUAUAGGUUUAGAGUCUGUGCCAUCAACAAGGUUGGAGUUGGUGAGCAUGCAGACAUCUCUGGAGUUGUUGUUGCUCAGGACAGAGCAGAAGAACCAGACCUUGACAUUGACCCAGAACUGAGGAAGAUUGUGACCAUCAAGGCUGGAGCUUCCUUGAGGCUGUUCAUUCCCAUCAGAGGAAGACCAGCUCCUACCAUCAAGUGGGACAAAGAUGAAGCUGCACUCAAGGAAACUGCUCAGGUUGAGGUGACGAGCAGUUACACCUCCCUUGUUAUUGACAAGAUGAGCAGAGUUGACAGUGGAAAAUACACAAUCACUGCAGAAAACUCCAGUGGAACUAAGUCCAGUUUUGUUGUGGUCCGUGUUCUCGACACACCAAGUGCUCCAGUCAAUUUGAAGGUGAAGGAAAUCACAAACCAGUCUGUUACACUGACAUGGGAACCACCCCAGUUGGAUGGUGGAGCCAAGAUCAAAAACUACAUUGUUGAGAAGAGGGAGAGCACACGCAAAACAUAUGCAGCUGUGGUAACAAAUUGCCAUGCUCUUUCAUGGAGGGUUGAGCCACUUCAGGAGGGUUGCAGUUAUUACUUCAGAGUCCUUGCUGAGAAUUUACAUGGUGUUGGCAUGCCUGCAGCAACUGUUGACCCUCUCAAAGUCUCAGAGGUGCCUCAGUGCCCAAAGAACCUGAUUGUUACUGAUCAGACCAAGACAAGCAUUUCUCUUGCCUGGGAGAAGCCUGAGUAUGAUGGAGGGAGCCGAGUUAUGCAGUACCUACUGGAGGUUCAAGUUAAAGGUCAGGAAAAAUGGUCUGGUGUUAACACAUUCAAAACAAUGGAAGCUACCGUCUCCAACCUAAACCAGGGAGAGGAAUAUCUAUUUAGAGUCACAGCCAUCAAUGAUAAGGGAAAGAGUGAUCCCAGAGUUCUUGCUAGCCCAGUGAUGGCCAAGGACUUGGUCUUUGAGCCAGACAUUAGACCAGCAUUCAGCAGCUACAGUGUCAAAGUAGGCAAAGACCUGAAUGUUGAUAUUCCAAUCUUUGGACGCCCUAAACCAACAGUGACAUGGAGUAAGGAUGGUGCUCCCCUGAAGUUCACUACCAGAGUCAACAUUAUAAAUAAACCAACACACACAACUCUGAGCAUCAAGGAAGCAGCAGGUGAUGAUGGAGGCAUGUAUGGCAUAAGUGUUGCUAACUCAGCUGGAAAGAAGGACACAACCGUUGAAGUUACUGUUCUUGACAAGCCUGGUCCUCCAUCUGGCCCUGUGAGGUUUGAUGAAAUCACAACUCAGAGUGUGACUCUGUCAUGGGACCCACCAAAGCACAAUGGUGGCUGCCAAAUCUCCAACUACAUUGUGCAAAAGAGAGACACUACUACAUCAACAUGGGAGAAUGUCAGCAUCAACUGUGCCAGAACCACAAUCAAAGUGCUGAGGCUGAAGACUGGAGCUGAGUACCAAUUCAAGAUCAUUGCUCAGAACCGCUAUGGCAAGAGUUAUGGUCUGGAUUCAUCUACCGUUGUGGCUCAGUACCCUUACAGAGAGCCAGGCCCGCCAGGCACUCCCUUCAUUUCCUCUCUCUCCAAGGAUCACCAGAUUGUUGAGUGGCAUGAACCCGUCUCAGAUGGAGGCAGCUCUGUCCUUGGCUAUCAUCUUGAAAGAAAAGAGAGAAACAGCAUCCUCUGGGUCAAGAUCAACAAGACUCUUAUUCAUGAGACUAGUUUCAAAAGCCACCCAUUGGAAGAAGGUGUCGAAUAUGAAUACAGAGUUUAUGCUGAGAAUAUCGUUGGCAUUGGUAGGUGCAGCAAGCUCUCAGAAGGUUGUGUUGCCCGUGACCCAUGUGAUCCUCCUGGCACUCCAGAAGCUAUCCAUGUGACCAAAGAUACCAUUGUCAUCCAGUGGACCAAGCCUGAGUAUGAUGGUGGCAGUACUAUAACUGGUUACAUUGUGGAGAAACGUGACCUGCCAGAAGGCCGCUGGAUUAGAGCCAACUUCACUAAUGUGAUUGAGACCCAGUUCGCUGUCACUGGCCUGACUGAAAAUGCACAGUAUGACUUCAGAGUUAUUGCUAAGAAUGCUGUUGGAACUAUCAGCAAGGCAUCUUACAACAGUGGACCAAUCAUUGCCAGUGAUGAAGUUGAGGCACCAAAAUUCUCCAUUGAUCCCACAUUCACUAAAACUAUCAUUAUUGAUGCUGGAGAGACAUUCAGGCUAGAUGCUGAUGUCCAAGGCAAGCCACUGCCCACAAUCCAGUGGUUUAAGGAUGAGAAGCCAGUUGAGAAUACACUCAGACUGGAGAUCAAAAACACUGACAACCAUGCCAUGAUCAUUAUUAAGGAUUGUGUCAGAAUUGAUGGUGGGCUUUACACUCUCCAACUGACAAAUGUAGCUGGAACUAAAACUGUUCCUUUCACUGUUGUGGUUCUGGACAGACCCAGCUCAUGUGAAGGACCUCUCCACAUUACUGGAGUUGCUGAAGAUAGAUGUACACUAUCAUGGCGUGCUCCUCUUCAUGAUGGAGGCAGUCCCAUUGCACACUAUGUCAUUGAGAGGAGAGAGACCAGCCGCUUGGCUUGGACUGUUGUUUCCAACAGCUGUGAUGCAACAUAUUACAAGGUCACCAAACUGCUAGAAGGCAAUGAGUACAUGUUCCGUGUCAUGGCUGUUAACAGCUAUGGUGUUAGUGAGCCUUUGGUGUCUGGAGGAGUGAUCAUGAAGACUCCAUUUAUUCCCCCUGGUCCACCACAUGUUGAGGAUGUCUCCAACAUUGCCCAUGAUGGAAUGACCAUCACCUGGUCUGCUCCUGAGAGUGAUGGUGGCAGUGAAAUCACCAGCUAUAUUAUUGAGAAGAAGGACAGAGCUGGAAUCAGAUGGACCAGGUGCAACAGGAAGAAGGUCACUGACCUCUCCUUCAGAGUGACAGGCCUCACCACUGACCAUGAGUAUGAGUUUAGAGUGGCAGCUGAGAAUGUGUCUGGAUUGGGUGAGCCAAGCCUGCCCACUUCAUACUACAAGGCCUGUGAUCCCAAGUAUAAACCUGGUGCACCAGCAUAUGUGAAUGUGAUUGACUCUACAAAAAUCUCAGUUACAGUGUCUUGGGGCAAGCCUCUGUUUGAUGGUGGCUCUGCCAUUCAGGGAUACAUUGUGGAGGUCUGCAAGGCAGAAGAGGAAGAAUGGACUAUGGUUACUCCACCCACCGGGCUGCGAGUCAACAAAUAUGAAAUUACUAAGCUCACUGAGGGUCAAGAAUACAAAAUCCAGGUUUGUGCCUUGAACAAACUUGGAGUUGGUGAACCAGCUGCUGUUUCAGGAACAGCCAAGCCAGAGGAGAGGGUGGACCCACCUCAAAUCCACCUGGACUCUGAGCUCAGGAAGGGAAUUGUUUUGAAAGCUGGAGGUUCUGUCAGAAUCAAUAUUCCAUUCAAGGGCAGACCCACUCCAGAGAUCAAGUGGACUAAGGAUGAAAGUGACCUAAGUGACAAAGCAGUGAUUGAGAGAGCACUCAACUACACACAUUUGUCCAUUGAUUCGUGUGACAGGAGUGACUCUGGAAAAUACACCCUGACUCUGACCAACAGUAGUGGUUGUGUGUCUGAAUUUGUGUCUGUGAAAGUCCUGGAUACACCCGGGGCCCCUAUGAAUCUUGCAGUCAAAGACAUCAAGAAAGACUCUGUCACUCUGGUCUGGGAUGCACCACUUAUUGACGGAGGUUCAAAGAUCAAAAACUAUGUCAUUGACAAACGUGAAUCAACCAGGAAGGCAUAUGCCAAUGUAUCAACCAAAUGCACCAAGACAACAUUCAAGGUUGAGAACCUGGUUGAGGGUGCUAUGUACUACUUCAGAGUCAUGGCCGAAAAUGAAUAUGGAAUUGGUCAAGCAGUAGAAACCAAGACAGCUUCCAAGGCCUCUGAGGUGCCUCUGCCUGUUGGAAAAGUCUUCCUCACUGAUGUCACCAAGGCCAGUGCAUCUCUGGCUUGGGAGAAACCUGAGCACGAUGGAGGCAGCAGAAUUGGUGGCUACCUAAUUGAGAUGCAGCCUAAGGGCACAGACAAGUGGGGCGUUGCAACAAACACAAAGACAUGCGAGGGCACUGUCACAGGUCUGAGUGCUGGAACAGAAUAUCUUUUCCGAAUCAUUGCAUAUAAUGAGAAGGGGAAAAGUGAGCCCAAGCCACUUGCUGCACCUGUCAUUGCCAGUGACAUGACUAUUGAGCCCAGCAUUAAGAUGCAAUUCAACACUUACAGUGUACUAGCUGGAAAAGAUCUGAAGAUUGAGUUCCCUGUGAUUGGCAGGCCAAAACCCAAAGUCUCCUGGACUAUGGAUGGUCAGUCUCUAAAGGUAACAUCGAGAGUCAACGUGAUCAAUACGCCAACAACAACUGGCAUUCAGAUUACAGAGGCAAGGAGGGAAGACUUUGGUAAAUAUGUAAUUACAGCAACUAAUACUGCUGGCACAAUCACUGAGGAGGUGGGCAUUAUUAUUCUGGACAAGCCCGGCCCACCAACCGGUCCGCUCAAGGUUAUUGAGGUGAGCAACACCUUUGUCCAUCUUUCCUGGGAGCCCCCAGAAUACACGGGUGGAUGCCAGGUAAAGAACUACAUAGUGGAGAAGAGAGACACUACCACCACAACGUGGCAGACAGUUACUGCACAGCUUGCUAGGACAGCAUUCAAGAUCACCAAGCUGAAAACAGGUGCUGAGUACCAGUUCAGAAUUCUUGCUGAAAACAGAUAUGGAAAGGGCUUGUCCCUUGACUCCAAGGCCAUUGUUGUGCAGUAUCCAUACAGACCACCUGGGCCCCCAGGGACACCAUAUGUGAAAUCUGCAACCAAGGAGAUGAUGAUCAUUGAAUGGAAUGAGCCAGUUAACGAUGGUGGCAGUGCAGUUCUUGGUUAUCACCUGGAGAGCAAGGAGAGAAGUAGCAUCCUGUGGAACAAACUCAACAAGACUCUCAUCACUGACACUCAGUUCAAGAUCUGCAACCUUGAGGAGGGCAUUGGAUAUGAAUUCAGAGUCUAUGCUGAAAACAUUGUUGGUAUUGGCAGAUGCAGCAAAGUGUCUGAAUCAUUUGUUGCCCGUGACCCGUGUGAUCCUCCUGGUGCCCCUGAGGCUGUCACUAUCUCUAAAAAUCUCAUUAAGAUUCAGUGGACCAAGCCUCAGUAUGAUGGUGGCAGCAAAAUAAACGGAUAUGUAGUGGAGAGGAAAGACUUAGCCUCUCCUGAGGGCCGCUGGGUAAGAGCCAACUUCACAAACAUUAUUGAGACUGAGUAUACCAUCACCGGCCUUACAGAGAAUGAACAAUAUGAAUUCAGAGUCAUUGCAAGAAAUGCUGCUGGAGUCUUCAGUGAGCCAUCUGACAACUCUGGACCAAUCACUGCUACUGAUGAAAUUGAACCACCAAGAGCUUCAAUGGAUCCAAAAUACAAGGAUGUCAUUGUUGUUAAUGCUGGAGAAAAUCUGCUGCUCGAUGCAGACAUCUAUGGCAAGCCAGCUCCUGAUGUUCUCUGGCUGAAGGAGGGCAAGGAGAUGGACAGGGCCCUGCGCAUUGAAGUGAAAAACACACAGAAACGUGCGGCCAUAACCAUCAAGGAUGUCACCAAGCUGGAUAGUGGCCACUAUGACCUCAGCCUCAAAAACCUGGGUGGCGUUAAGACCUUUCCAAUCACUGUAAAGGUCCUGGAUAAACCAGGUCCUCCUGCUGGACCCAUCAGGGUGACUGGAGUCAUGGCUGACAGAUGCUUCCUUUCCUGGUCAGAGCCAACUCUGGAUGGUGGAGCUAAUAUCAUUCAUUACAUCCUGGAGAAGAGAGAGACUAGCAGGCUAUCCUGGACAGUGGCCGCACCAAACAUCCAGGCUCUGAACUACAAAUUGACCAACUUGAUGGCUGGAAAUGAAUAUAUUUUCAGAGUGAGGGCAGUUAACAAAUAUGGCAUCGGUGACUAUCUGGAGACUGAACCAGUCAUUGCACGUAAUCCAUACAAGCCGCCGAGUGCUCCUGGAACUCCAGAUGCAAGUCAGAUCACAAAGGACUCAAUGGUGCUCUCAUGGACUGCACCAGAGCAAACUGGUGGGGCUGACAUUGAUGGUUACCACCUUGAGAAACGUGACAAGGAUAGUGUGAGGUGGACCAAGUGCAACAGACAGAAGCUGAAUGAAACCCACUUCAAGGUCACAGGACUUAUGACAGAUCACUUCUAUGAGUUCCGUGUUGCUGCUGAGAAUGAGGCAGGAAUGGGAGACAUGAGUGAGCUCUCCUUGUUCUACAGAGCAUGUGAUGCUACCACCCCACCUGGACCUCCACAUCAUCCAAAAGUGACAGACUACACCAAGUCCUCUGUAUCAUUGUCCUGGGGAAAACCUGAUUUGGAUGGUGGUGCCUACAUCAAGGGAUACAUUGUUGAGAUGAGGGAAUAUACACCAAAGGAAUGGGCCGUGUGCACACCACCCACUGGAAUUCAGGCUACUAAGCUCACUAUCACAGACCUGAAAGAAGGGGGAGAAUACCAGUUCCGUGUCUGUGCCAUCAACUCGGAAGGAGUAGGAGAGGCUGCUUAUGUUCAUGGAACUGUGGUCACUUCUGAGAAAGUGGAGGCACCAGAGAUUGAGCUCGACGCUGACCUCAGAAAGGUAGUGUCUGUCCGUGCUGGUGGUACCCUACGUCUAUUUGUCACCAUCAGAGGAAGACCAGAGCCUGCUGUGAAGUGGGAGAAGGUGGAGGGUGUUCUCACUGAGCACGCUGUCACUGAGGCAACUAGCUCAUAUACUAUGCUUGUCAUUGACAAUGUUAACCGCUUCGAUAGCGGCAAAUACUCGCUAACUCUAGAGAACAGCAUUGGAACCAAAGCUGCUAUUGUUGCUGUUAGAAUUCUGGACACACCAAGUGCACCACAAAACUUUUCAGUCAAAGAGGUCAAGAGGGACUCAGUGACUCUUGCCUGGGAUACCCCACUGACUGAUGGUGGUGCUAAAAUUACAAAUUACAUUGUGGAGAAGAGAGAGUCUGUCAGGAAGGCCUACACCACUGUAACCAGCAACUGCACAGCUAACUCAUUCAAGGUGGAAGAGCUGCCUGAGGGUAGCAUUUUCUACUUUAGAGUCUGUGCUGUUAACGAGUAUGGGCAAGGACAGAUGGUUGAAACAAAAGAAGUUAAAAUAUCUGAAGUGCCUCUGCCACCAGGCAAAGUCACUCUCACUGAUGUAACAAAGACCAGUGUGUCACUCGCAUGGCAGAAACCUACUCAUGACGGUGGAAGCAAGGUCAUGUGCUACAAUGUUGAGUUUAAACCUAAGAGUGGUGAUAAGUGGGGUACAGCAUGCACAGUCAAGGUUCCAGAAGCAACUAUUCCCAAUCUGACCCCAAAUGAAUCCUACUCAUUCCGAGUUGUUGCAAUCAAUGAGAAAGGAAAGAGUGAGCCCAAGGAUCUUGGAGUACCUGUGGUUGCAAAGGAUAUUUCUAUUGAGCCUUCUGUCGACUUGCUUUUCACUACAUACAGUGUGAAGGUUGGAGACGACCUGACCCUUGAGGUCCCAGUGAGAGGAAGACCUAAACCUGUUGUAUCCUGGAAAAAGGAUGGCCUUCCUCUGAAGCAAACAUCAUCAGUGACAAUCCUGAACACUGCAACUUCAUCCAAAAUCAUCAUCAAGGAGGCUGGCAGAGAGCAUGUUGGCAAAUAUGAAAUUACCCUGGCAAACACAGCAGGCACAAUUACAGCUGAUAUGGGAGUUGUUGUCCUUGAUAAACCAGGCCCACCUAAAGCAAUCAAGGUUGAUGCUGUGACCUCAGACAGCAUCACACUUUCCUGGUGUCCACCAGAUUAUGAUGGUGGCUGUUCAAUCAGUAGCUAUAUUGUGGAGAAGAGAGAUACAAACACACAAGAAUGGCAGCUGAUUGCUAGCAAUGUUGCCAGAACUGCUUUUAAAGCCAGCCGUCUAACACAUGGAUCAGAGUAUCAGUUCCGCAUUUAUGCUGUCAAUCGUUAUGGAAAGAGCACUUACCUAGAUUCACCUGGAAUCACUGCUCAGUACAACUUCAAGCAGCCUGGACCUCCUUCCACCCCUAUAGUGAAGCUGGCUACCAAGUCCUACAUGGUUGUGACUUGGAAUGAGCCUGUCAAUGAUGGAGGCAGUACUGUUUUGGGCUAUCAUUUAGAGAGGAAGGAGCGCACUAGCAUCCUCUGGACAAAGAUGAACAGAGGCAUGAUCAAAGACACAGAAUACAAAGUCAGUGCCAUUGAGGAGGGUAUGAUGUAUGAAUACCGUGUCUAUGCUGAGAAUAUUGCUGGCAUUGGUAAAUGCAGCAAAGUAUGUGAAGCUGUUGCAGCUAGAGAUCCAUGUGAUCCCCCGGGCACACCAGUGGUAAAUACUAUUACUAGAACAUCUGUCUCUCUGUCUUGGGCUAAACCGGAGUAUGAUGGUGGAGCAAAGGUGUCUGGGUACAUCAUUGAAUGCCGAGACCUUCCUGAAGGUCGCUGGACAAGGUGUAACUUCACCAAUGUGCCAGAGACCCACUAUGUUGUGACAGGCCUCACAGAAAACAGCCAGUGUGACUUCCGUGUCAUAGCAAAGAAUGCAGCUGGAUUAUUCAGUGAGCCAUCCAACAACACUGGCUCCAUCACUGUCAAGGAUGAUGUGGAACCACCUCGCAUCAUGAUGGAUGUCAAGUUUAGAGACACUGUGGUUGUGAAAGCAGGAGAAACCCUGAAGAUCAAUGCUGACCUAGCUGGGCGCCCUGCUCCUGUUGCCUCCUGGACCAAGGAUGGAAAGGAAAUUGAGUUGAGAGCCAGAGUCCAGAUUGUUUCAACAGAUACAAGCACAUCUGUCAUUGUGAAGGAUUGCAUCAGGAGAGACUCUGGUCAGUAUGCCCUGACCUUGAAGAACGUUGCUGGAACAGUCACCAUGCCAGUCAACUGUGUGAUCCUUGAUAGGCCAGGACCUUCAGCAGGACCUUUGCAGAUCACAGGUCUCACAGCUGAAGAGUGUACUUUGUCAUGGGGUCCACCACAGGAGGCUGGUGGCACCGAGAUCACACACUACGUAGUUGAGAAACGUGAAACCAGUCGCUUGGCGUGGACACUUGUGAAGGGAGAUCUCACAAAAACACACUACAAGGUCACAGGACUGCUAAAGGGCAAUGAGUACAUCUUCCGUAUUUUAGCUGUCAACAAGCAUGGCAUUGGUGAAGCCCUUGAAAGUGAAGCUAUCAAGGUUACAGAUCCAUAUACUUUCCCCUCUGCUCCCACGAAUGUUGAGGUCACUGACGUAACAGGGGAUUCAAUGACCCUCACCUGGGCCAAGCCAGCUGCUGAUGGAGGCAGCCCUAUCACAGGAUAUGUGAUCGAGCGCCGUGAGAAGACAGGCAUGCACUGGGUCCGUGUGAACAGAGAACCAGUGGUUGAAUGCACCACAGUAGCAACGAAACUGCGCAAGGGUUAUGAGUAUGACUUCAGGGUUUAUGCUGAAAAUGCAGCUGGCCUGAGUCCCCCAAGUGACGCAUCUGCAUCGUUUAGAACAGAAGAUGCUCUGGUUGUGCCUUCAUGCCCAACCAAGCCAAAGGUUGUCAGCUCAACCAAGGACAGUGUGAGCAUUGUCUGGAAACCACCAACUGCUGAUGGUGGUGCUCCCAUCCUGGGAUACAGUGUAGAAUACAGAGACUACAUCUGCAAACCAGAACCAGAGGUGGAGGAUGAAGAGGAAGAGGAAGAAUGGGUUGAAGCCAUUCUUCUUACCAAAAGCUUGGAGUUCACCAUCACUGGUCUCAAGACAGAUGCAGAGUAUGAAUUCUCUGUUAAGGCAAUAAAUAAAGUUGGCAGCAGCUUACGUAGCCCCUACUCAGAUGCAGCUGUGGCGAUGGACAGAACAGCAGAGCCAUCAUUUGAUGUUGAUCCUGACCUGCGCAAGACACUGGUUGUAAAGCAUGGCACGGCAUUCACUCUGAAUGUUCCAUUCAAGGGUGAACCUGUGCCAUCUGUGGCAUGGGCUAAGGAAGGUGUUGAUCUCAAGGUCAGAGGAACUAUUGAAUCAAGAGAAUCCAGCACAUCACUGACCAUUGAGAAUUCAACAAGGAAUGACUCUGGUGAAUAUUCAGUCACCCUUGAGUCACCACUGGGAACAGCAUCAUUGCCAAUGAUUGUAAAGGUGCUUGACUCUCCUGGACCACCUGUUAAUGUGAAGGUCACAGCAGUGACCAGAGACUCUGCCACCCUCACUUGGGAAGCUCCUGAAAAUGAUGGUGGUGAUGCUGUGAAGGACUACCAUAUUGAAAAACGUGAAGCAAGUAAGAAGGCCUGGGUGACUGUGACCAGCAGCUGCCAUGCACUGACAUACAAGGUGAAAGACCUUCAAGAAGGAGCCAUCUAUUACUUCAGAGUUUUUGGAGAAAAUGAGUAUGGAGUGGGGGUCCCUCAGGAUGCCAAGAAUGGUACAAAGAUUACAGAGGUGCCAAGUCCACCCAUGAAACUUGGAGUUGCAGAUGUUACCAAGGACUGUGUUACAAUUAUGUGGACCAGACCAGAGUAUGAUGGAGGCAGCAGAGUGACUGGCUACCUUAUUGAUGCAGUAGAGAAAGGACAGACCAAAUGGAUUAAGUGUGCUACUGUCAGAACUAUGAUCCACACUAUCAAGAGCCUGAGAGAGGGUGCAGAGUACUUUUUCAGAGUUCGUGCAGAGAACCAUGCUGGGCUCAGUGAACCCAAGGAGAUGAUUGUACCGGUUGUUGUCAAGGAAAUACAUGAGGCUCCAGAGUUUGAUCUGAAGAAUUACCCAAAGAACACAGUCUACGUGAGAGCAGGCUCCAACCUGACCUUUGAGAUUCCUCUCACUGGUAGACCCAUGCCAAAAGUGACCAUGUCUAAGAAUAAUGUGCUCAUCAAGGGAUCAAAGAGACUGCUGACUGAGGUAACCCCAGAGAGUCUCAUCAUCACCCUCAACGAGAGCAUCGCAAAUGACUCCGGCAAAUAUGAAGUCACAGCAUCCAAUGUAGGUGGUACCACCAAGAUCUUUAUCAUCUUUGUGGUGCUGGACAGACCAGGACCCCCUGUUGGCCCAGUUGAAAUCGGAGAGGUUGGAGAAACCACAGUAUGUUUGAAAUGGGCUCCUCCAGAGUAUGAUGGUGGCAGCCCUGUCACCAACUACAUCGUCCUCAGGUGUGAGACCAGCACCCCUAACUGGACCGAGGUCUCAUCAAACAUCGCUAGAAGUGCAAUCAAGGUGACUAAGUUAACCAAAGGAGAGGAGUAUCAGUUCAGAAUCAAGGCUGAGAAUCGCUAUGGUAUCAGUGACCACAUUGACACCAAAUCAGUCACAAUCAAGCUACCAUACACCAUACCUGGACCUCCAUCUACACCAUGGGUCAGCUUUGUCUCUAGAGAGAGCCUAACUGUCUGUUGGCAUGAGCCAGUUGUCGAUGGGGGAAAUACUGUGAUUGGCUACCACCUCCAGAUGAAGGAAAGGAGCAGCAUCCUUUGGCAGAAGGUCAACAAGACCGCCAUCCCAGCAACUCAGUGGAGGGUUACCAACAUAUGCCCUGGCCUCAUCUAUGAGUUCAAAGUAGCAGCUGAGAAUGCAGCUGGUAUUGGAAAGAUCAGCAAGACAUCUGAGGAGGUGCUGGCUAUUGAUGCCUGCGAACCCCCAUCAAAUGUGCGUGUCACAGAGGUCACUAAGAACUCAGUCACCCUUGCCUGGCAGAGGCCUCCAUAUGACGGUGGCAGUAAGAUCACCGGAUACAGCGUGGAAAGGAGGGAUGCUGCCAACGGCAGAUGGGUUAAGGCCAACUUCACCAACAUCAUUGAGAUGGGCUUCACUGUGUCUGGACUAAACCAGGACGAGUCCUAUGAGUUCAGAGUCUACGCCAAGAAUGCUGUUGGCUCGGUCAGCAAUCCAUCUCUUAUCGCUGGCCCAGUCAACUGUGUUGAUUCAUGUGGCGCUCCUGCCAUUGACCUGCCACCAGAGUACCUAGAUGUGGUGCAGUAUAAGGCUGGAGCCUCAGUAAAGCUCAGAGUAGGAAUCAUUGCCAAGCCUCUGCCAACCAUUGAGUGGCUCAAGGAUGGAAAGGAGUUGGUGGCUUCCUCUACAGUGUCCAUUGAGAGCACAACUGAUUCCUCUGGUGUCCUGAUCAAGGAUGCAACUCGCCUCAACACAGGCACAUAUGAGAUCAAGAUCAAGAAUGUUCUUGGCUCAGCAUCUGCAUCAAUCAGGAUUCAAAUCCUAGACAAACCUGGCCCUCCAGCUGGCAACAUCACCUUCAAUUCCAUCACAGCAGACAGAAUCAUCCUGAGUUGGGAACCUGUGCCUGAGGCUGACCAGGGUGGUUUCAAGGUGACUCACUACAUUGUUGAGAAGCGUGAGACCAGCCGAGUGAUCUGGUCUACAGUCUCAGACAAGUUGGAACAGACCCAUGUUAGUGUCGCCAAGCUUGUGAGAGGAAAUGAAUAUGUGUUCAGAGUCAUGGGUGUCAGUAAAUAUGGAGUCGGAGAACCUCUGGAAUCUGAGCCAGUCAUCGCUAAGAAUGCUUUUGUCACGCCUGGUCAGCCUCGUACUCCUGAGGUGAACACUAUCACCAAGUCUACCAUGGUGGUUGAAUGGGACAAACCAGGUGUUGAUGGAGGCAGCACUGUCACUGGCUACUACCUGGAGAGACGUGAUAAGAAGAGUCUGCGUUGGAUCCGAGUUUACAAAGACCCCAUCGCUGACAUCAACCAGACUGUAUACCAUCUGACAGAAGGAAACGAAUACCAGUACCGUGUCUGUGCCAUCAACAAGGCUGGAGAAGGACCAUUCUCUGACGUGUCUGACUACUACAAGGCUGCUGAUCCAGUUGAACUCCCAGAUGAGCCUUGCAAGCUAAAGGUGGUGGAUUCAACCAAGACCUCGAUCACCCUGGGCUGGUCCAAGCCUGAAUGGGAUGGAGGCAGCGAGGUCACCAGCUACAUGGUGGAGAAACUGGUCGAAAAAGAAGAAGAAUGGGCCCUAAUUACCUCCAAGGGAGAGGUCAAGACUACAGAGUACACAGUCCAUGACCUGAAGCCAGACAUAAACUACUUUUUCAGAGUGUCUGCUGUUAACUGUGCUGGCCGUGGAGAGCCCCUUGAAAUGACCGAACCAGUACAGGCUAAAGAUAUCCUGGAGGAGGCCCAGGUUGACCCUGAUGUGGCCAUGAGAACGCAUUACAUUGUGAAGGCAGGCAAAGAUGUGGAGCUGUCUGUUCCUCUGAAGGGCAGACCUGCUCCAAGUGUUUCCUGGAGCAAGGGAGAGGAAUGCAUCAACAAUGACCCUAAAUAUGAGUUCCACCAUUCAGACACCACCUCUGUCCUCGUGAUGCGUGAGGUGACCAGGCUCGACACUGGCAAGUACAUAGUCAAGAUUGAGAACGGCGUGGGAGAACCUAAGACACUAACCCUCUCUGUGAAGGUCCAGGACACCCCCUCUCACUGUAGAAACCUGGUGCUGAAGGAUGUGACCCGUGGAAGGGUCACCCUUUGCUGGGAUCCUCCACUCCUGGAUGGUGGUGCUGAGGUCACCAACUACAUUGUUGAAAAGAGAGACUCCUCUAAGAGAGCCUACUCUGCAGUGACAAGCAAAUGCAUAGACACAACAUAUACCAUUGAAGACCUUUCAGAGAAGACAUCAUUCUUCUUCCGUGUGUUGGCAGAGAAUGAGAAUGGUAUUGGUGGUCCAUGUGAUACAGCUGAGCCAGUGAAAGCUACAGAGACCCCAGGACCCGUCAAGGAGGUUUCUAUGAAGGAUUCAUCCAAGACCUCUGUCACUCUACAGUGGCUGAAGCCUGAUUAUGAUGGUGGCAGCAUCAUUUCUGACUAUGUCAUUGAAAAGAGACUCAAAGAUCAAGAAGAGUGGUCUCUGGGAGGCACCAGCAGACAAUGUGAGUUUGAAGUGAAGAAACUUAAGGAGCACUCAGACAUGCUCUUCAGAGUUGCUGCUAGGAAUGAGAAGGGACAGGGCGACUUUGUUGAGGUUGGGCCCUUAAAGGUGAUUGACUACAUAAUCACACCUGAGGCGUGCCUGGCAGACUACCCAGAUGGUAGCGUCAGUGUACGCCUUGGUCACAAUGUGCACAUUGAGCUGCCAUACAAAGGCAAGCCCAGACCUGCCAUUCUGUGGCUGAAGGAUAACCUACCUCUGAAGGAGAGCGAUCAGAUCCGUUUCAAGAAGACAGAAAACAAAGCUACUCUGAUGAUCAAGAAUGUGAGGAAGGAUAAUGAGGGCAAAUACACACUGACACUGGACAACAGUGUAAACAGAAAGUCUUUCCAUAUCCAUGUUAUCACCCUGGGACCCCCGUCAAAGCCUGUUGGACCCAUUCGCCUGGAUGAGGUGAGAGCUGAAAGCAUCAUGAUCUCUUGGGACGAACCCAAUGACGACGGUGGCGGAGACAUCACCAGCUAUUCUGUGGAGAAGCAUGAUACCUCCCAGCCUGACUGGAAGAUGGCCUGUUCCAGUGUUGAGGGAACUCAGUUCAAGGUCCCCAACCUAAUUAAGGGUGUUCAGUACCAGUUCAGAGUGUGUGCUGAGAACAGAUACGGUGUCAGUGAGCCUCUGGUCUCACAGAUGGUCAUUGCCAAGCAUCAGUUCAGGCCCCCAGGCCCACCAGGCAAGCCUGUGGUGUACAAUGUCACCACUGAUGGCAUGACUAUUCAGUGGGAGCAGCCUAUUUAUGAUGGUGGCACGCCAAUCCAGGGGUACCAUGUGGAGAAGAAGGAGAAGAACAGUAUCAUGUGGCAGAAGGUCAACACUGUUCUGGUGAUUGAGAGGGAAUACAGGAUUCUGGGCUUGAUUGAGGGUCUAGAAUACAACUUCAGAGUGUACGCCCAGAACGACGCUGGCUUUAGCCGCAUGAGUGAUGAGAGUAAGCCAACCAUGGCCGUCUCUCCUGUUGACCCUCCUGGCCAACCUGACUAUAUUGACGUUACUAGUGACUCAGUGACCCUGAAAUGGGAUGCCCCCAAGCGAGAUGGAGGCAGCAAGAUCACGGGUUACAACCUUGAGAAACGCCAAGGAAAAGGCCGCUGGUUCAAGGCUAACUUGACCGAUGUUCAUGACUGCCAGUAUACUGUCACUGGCCUAGCUACAAAUGAGCGUUACGAGUUCAGAGUCAUUGCCAGGAAUGCUAUUGGUGUUGUCAGUCCACCAUCCAACUCUUCUGGCUUCAUUGUGGUCAGAAGUGAGAAUGCUUCUCCAAAUAUUGAGUUUGGCCCAGAGUACUUUGAGGGUCUCACAGUAAAGGCGGGGGACAACAUCAGACUGAAGGUGACCAUCAGUGGUCGCCCUGUUCCCAAGGUGGUUUGGUACAGGGAUGGUGUAGAGGUCACCAAAAAAAUGAUGGAUAUCAUCAAUGUGGCUGGAUCCAGCACUCUGUUUGUAAGGGAUGCUGACCGUACACACCGUGGCCUUUACACCGUGGAGGCAACCAAUGGCUCUGGGACAAAGAAGGAGAACAUCAUUGUGCAAGUCCAAGACACCCCUGGAGAGCCAGUGGGACCUAUCACUUUCAGCAACAUUUCUGAGGGCAAGUGUACCCUGUCCUGGCAUCCUCCAGAGAAUGAUGGCUGCUCUGAGGUCUCCCACUACAUCAUUGAAAAGCGCGAGACCUCCAAGAUCUCCUGGGCUCUGGUGUCAGAUGACAGCAAGGAGUGCACCUUCAAUGCUACCAAGCUCAUUAAAACCAAUGAGUAUCAGUUCAGGGUUUCUGCUGUUAACAAGUUUGGAGUAGGCAGACCUUUGGAUUCUAGCCCCAUUAUUGCACGGAUGCAAUACACUACUCCUGAUGCUCCAGGAACUCCCGAUGCCACCGAGAUGACAGGAGAGAGCAUCACCCUGGCCUGGACCCCUCCCACAUCUGAUGGAGGAAACCCCAUCCAGUACUACAUCCUGGAGAAGCGUGAGAAAAAGACUGUCCGCUUCUACAAGGUGAUCACUAAAAAACCCAUUACUGAAUGUGCUCACAAAGUGCUGAACCUGACAGAAGAUAUGGAGUAUGAAUUCCGCGUUAUGGCUGUGAAUGACGCCGGUGUCGGAGCUCCCAGCAACAUUUCCAUGGCCAUCAAGGCUGCAGAGCCUAAGGAUAUACCAUGUGCUCCAUCAGUAGUCUGUGUGUCCGACUCAACCAACACUUCCAUCAGUCUGGAAUGGACCAAACCUGUAGAUGAUGGAGGCAUGGAGAUCUUGGGCUACAUCAUUGAGAUGAUAAAGGGACAAGCGGAGGAGUGGAAGAGAGUGAAUGAGGAGCUGGCUGUUGAGACAACUUACAUUGUGACUGGUCUGGAGACUGGAGCUGAGUACAAGUUCCGUGUCGCAGCUGUCAACCAUGUGGGUAAGGGUGAGGAACGGGAGACUUCAGAAUCUGCUCAAGCUGUAGACAGACUGACUCCACCACAAGUUGACAUAGAUGCCAGCUUCAAGCAGACACAUAUCAUCAAGGCUGGUGGCUCAGUGUGUCUGGGCAUCCAUUUCAGAGGAAAGCCUGUUCCCACAGCCACCUGGGUGAAAGAAGAUGGAGAGCUGGGCCACAUGUCAGAGAUUGUAACUACUGAUGGUUACAGUUCACUGACAAUUGAAAACUGCACCAGAAAUGACUCAGGGAAAUACACAAUUACUCUGGAGAAUACCAGCGGCAAUAAGACCAUUACUUUCAAUGUCAAGGUGAUGGAUACCCCUGGACCUCCACAGGCUUUGGCCUUUAAGGAAGUGAGUAGAGGAUCAGUCACACUAAUCUGGGAGCCUCCUCUCAAUGAUGGUGGAGCCCGCAUUCAUCAUUACAUCAUAGAGAGGCGCGAAGCCAGCCGCCGCACCUGGCAGCAAUCUGGUGGCAAAUGCACUCAACAAAUUCUAAAGAUCCAAGACCUGCUGGAAGGAGUGCCAUACUUCUUCAAAGUCUCAGCGGAGAACCAGCAUGGUCUGGGUGAGGCCUUUGAGCUUACUGAGCCUGUUAUUGCUACAGCAGAGCCUGCAACUCCGAAGAGACUAGAUGUUCUGGACACCACAGAUAGUUCUGUGUCUCUUGGCUGGCUGAAACCAGAGCAUGAUGGCGGUAGCCGCAUCCAAUGCUUUGUUAUUGAGGCUAAACUCAAGGGUACAGACAAAUGGAUCGUAGCUGGAAACACCAAGAACCUCACCCAUGUGGUGGAGAAGCUUAACAAGGGUGAUGAGUACGACUUCCGUGUAAAGGCCAAAAAUGAAGCUGGCUUCAGCCAGCCUAGGGAGAGUUUAGCCGCUGUGCUGGUCAAGGAGCCACACAUUGAACCUGCUGCUGACCUCAGUGAGAUCACCAACCAGCUCAUUACAUGCAGGUCUGGUAAAACCUUUGUCAUUGAGGUUCCCAUCAGUGGUAGACCUGCUCCUAAGGUGAGCUGGAAGCUGGAGGAGAUGAGGCUCAAGAACUCAGACAGAGUCUCCAUCAAAGUGUCAAAGGAUAAAACCAGCAUCUCAGUCAAGGAGGCCAUGAGAGGAGAUGGAGGUAAAUAUUACCUGACUCUUGAGAACGUUGCAGGAACCAAGAUCUUCACUGUCGAAGUCAAUGUUAUCGGAAGGCCCAGCCCUCCAAGUGGACCUAUAGAUAUUUCCUCCAUCACUUCGGAGUCCUGUGUGCUCGCCUGGGAGCCUCCAGAGGAUGAUGGUGGUACUGACAUUACCAACUACAUUGUGGAGAAGCGUGAGUCAGGCUCUACCGCCUGGCAGCUGGUCAAUUCCAGUGUGAAGCGCACAUCUCUUCAUGUCAGUCACCUGACCAAGUACAUGCAGUAUACUUUCAGGAUCUGUGCUGAAAACAGAUUCGGCGUAAGCAAGUCCACCGAGUCCGAGACUAUUGUUGCUGAGCAUCCAUUCACACCUCCUGGCCCACCAACACGACCCACAGUCUUUGGUGUUACCGCCAAUACCAUGAACAUCAAAUGGGAGGAACCAUACCAUGAUGGUGGCAGCAAGGUGACAGGCUACUGGAUAGAGAGGAAGGAGAGAAAUAUCAUCCUGUGGGUGAGGGAAAACAAAAUCCCAUGCUUUGAGUGCAACUACAAAGUGGAAGGUCUAGUUGAAGGCUUGGAGUACCAGUUUAGAAUCUACGCCAUGAACAGUGCCGGGCUGAGCAAAGCUAGCGAGGCCUCCAAGAGGACUGUGGCUCAGAACCCUGUUGAUCCACCAAGUAAGCCUGAAGUCACUAAUGUUACCAGAUCCACAGUCUCCCUGAAAUGGUCUUCUCCACUAAAUGAUGGCGGCAGCCCUAUCGUGGGAUAUAUUAUCGAGCGUAAGCCGUACACCCUGACAGGUGAAGGUCGCUGGUUGAAGUGUAAUUAUACUAAUGUGACCGACACUUUCUUCACUGUCACCGCCCUGGGGGAGGGAGAGCCCUAUGAGUUCAGAGUCAUUGCUAAGAAUGCCAAUCAAGUCUUCAGUUUGCCCUCUGAGUCUACUGGUUCUGUGCAGUGCAAGACUGACUUCGAGCCUCCAAAGGCCCAACUGGACAGCAAACUCCUGUCUGACACCGUGACCGUCAGAGCUGGUUCUGACCUUGUUCUGGAUGCUGCUGUGGGUGGCAGGCCUGACCCGAAAGCCUCCUGGUCCAAGGGGAACAAGGAGCUGGAGCUGUGUGAGAAGUACCACCUGCAGUACACCCACACUAGAGCCAUGGCCAUCAUCAAGUUCUGUGAUCGGGACGAUACUGGAAAGUACAUCCUUACUGUCAGGAAUGUCAGCGGAACCAAGACUGCUGAGGUUAACGUAAAAGUGCUUGAUACCCCUGGAGUGUGCGAGGGCAGCAUCCAAAUCAGCAAAAUCACUGAAGAGUCCUGCAGUCUGAGCUGGAAGCCACCACUGGAGGAUGGAGGUGAUGACGUGACACACUACAUUGUGGAGAGGAGGGACACCAACAGGCUCAACUGGGUUGUUAUGGAUGCAGAGUGCAAGGAACUGACCUGCAACAUCACCAGAUUGUUCAAGAACACAGAGUACUUGUUUAGAGUCAGAGGAGUCAACAAGUAUGGACCUGGGGUCUACCUGCAGUCAGAGCCCAUGAUCGCCAGAAAUACAUUCACCGUGCCCUCUCCUCCUGGUGCUCCAGAGAUCCUGGCAUCAGGAAAAGACUUUGCCACCAUUGAGUGGCUGAAGCCAGAGAGCGAUGGUGGCAGUGAGAUCAUCCAUUACCUGGUGGAGAGACGUGAGAGGAAGAGCGCUCGCUGGGUGAAGGUGAACAGAGAUGGACACCACCUUGACACCACGCUGAAGGUGUCAGGUCUGACUGAAGGAAACAUCUACCAGUUCAGAGUCACUGCUAUCAACAAGGCUGGAGAGAGUGAAGCCAGCGAGGUUUCGCUCUAUGUGGUCUGCAGAGUGCCCACAUGCACCCCUGCUGCUCCUUCCAUCCCACGUAUCAACGACACCCACGCUGACAGCAUCAGUCUGGCAUGGUCUCGUCCAGUGGAGGACGGAGGAGCCGAUGUGAUUGGCUACAUUCUGGAGAUGCAGGAGGCUGGAGCUGAGGAAUGGACCAAGGCUCAUGAGAAGACCCUGAGGGGUACAGAGCAUGUGGUGACGGGUCUCUCUGCUGGUAAGAAGUACUGCUUCAGAGUGGCUGGCAUCAACAUUAACGGCACUGGAGACUUCAGCGAGCCAUGUGCUGAGACAGAGCCAGUUGAGAGAAUUGAAACUCCUGACUUUGAGCUGGAUGAUGACCUAAAGAAGACAAUUUGUCUCCGUGCCGGUGGCUCACUGCGUCUGUUUGUUACUGUGACUGGUCGCCCUGCCCCGGCAAUUACUUGGAGCAAGCCUGGUGUCGAUCUUCACAACCGUGGCUUCAUUGAGGUCAACACCACCUCCACCACUCUCAUCAUUGACAAAGUGCACCGCUAUGAUGCAGGCAAAUACACCUUGGUGGCUACAAACUCUGCGGGCAAGCAGGAGGUCAACAUUCUUGUCAAGAUCUAUGAUACUCCUGGGCCAACUGGACCAAUCAAGAUUAAGGAGCUGACCAAGGAGUCUGCCACCAUCUCCUGGGAUGCCCCUACUGUGGACGGUGGAGCACCCGUCAACAAUUAUAUCAUUGAGAGACGCGAGGCUUCCAUGAGGGCCUAUAAAACUGUGACCUCUAAGUGCAGCAAGACUUCCUUCAAGAUUGACGGUCUGAUGGAAGGCAUGCUGUACUAUUUCAGAGUCCUCCCAGAGAACAUCUAUGGAGUGGGUGAGCCCUGUGAAACCCCAGAUGUCAUCUUGGUAUGUGAGGUGCCUCAACCUCCACACAAACUAGAGAUGGUGGAUGUUACUAAGACAACAGUCACUCUGGGAUGGGAAAAGCCUGAGCACGAUGGCGGCAGUAGGCUGACAGGCUACGUUAUCGAGGCCUGUAAGUUCGGUACUGACAAGUGGAUGAAGGUAGCCACAAUGAAGACCAUUGACUUUGAACACACUAUUGAGAAACUGAAUGAGAAUGAGCAGUAUCUGUUCAGAAUCAGAGCUGUCAACAGCAGAGGAGCCAGUGAACCCAAAGAGAUUGUUACAGCCAUCACAGUAAAGGAACAAAGAGUCAUGCCUGUGGUGGACCUGUCCAGCAUUCCUCAGAAGGUGGUCAAUGUCCUUGCUGGUAAAACACUUGAGCUGGAUCUGCCGAUCAUUGGCAGACCUCCGCCUGUCUGCUCCUGGUACUUUGCUGAUAACAAGAUGAAGGUUACAGACCGCAUCAAGAUCCAGAGCACUGGAAAGUUCUCCAAGCUCACCAUGUCAGACACCACCAUCGAUGACACAGGAGACUACACUCUGGAAGUGAAGAAUGCCACCGGAGUGACCACUGUGGUCAUCAAAGUCAUCGUCCUAUCCAAACCUGAUGAACCAACGGGACCAAUCAGAUUUGAUGAGAUUGACGCCACCUCUGUUACCUGUAGUUGGGAUCCUCCAGUUAGAGAUGGCGGAGCUCCCAUCAGCGGUUAUGCGGUGGAGCAGCGCGACGCCCACAGGCCCGGCUGGGUCCCCAUCUGUGACUCUGUCAGCAGACCUACAUUCAAGUUUGAGAACCUGAUCGAGGGAGAUGAGUAUGUGUUCCGCGCAGCCGCUGUGAAUCGCUACGGCACUGGAGAGUUCCUGCAGUCUGAGGUUGUGAUGUGCAAGAGCCUCAAGAAUGUUCCUGGACCUCCUGGCAGACCCAUAGUGUCUGAUGUGUCUCGUGAUAGCAUGACUGUAGCUUGGAACCCGCCAGAGGAGGACGGUGGUCUUGAAGUGUCUGGAUACAUCAUAGAACGUAAAGAAGUCCGGUCAGACAGAUGGGUGCGUGCCAACAAGAACCCUGUCACCAUGACCAGAUACAGGUCCACCGGCUUGAUUGAGGGCCUGGAGUAUGAACACCGAAUCACUGCCAUCAAUGCCAGAGGAAUGAGCAAACCAAGCCUGCUCUCCAAACCAGCCGUGGCUACAGAUCCCAUCGAUCCACCUGGAUGCCCUCAGAAUCCAAGAAUCACAGACACCACCAAGUCCUCAGUGUCUCUGGCCUGGAGUCCACCUGAUGAUGAGGGAGAUGCCAGAGUGGACGGCUACCUUAUUGAGAUGCAAAAGGUCGGCACCAUGGCCUGGAUUAAGUGCAACACCACACCUUCUAUGAUCUGUGAAUAUACACUGACCAGUAUGCCUCAAGGAGAGGAGUUCAAGUUCCGUGUGAUGGCCUGCAAUGCCGGUGGCUCUGGAGAGCCUGCUGAAGUACCAGGAACUGUCACAGUUACUGAGAUGCUUGAAUCUCCUGACUAUGACCUGGAGCUUAAAUACAAAGAUGUGUACGUGGUCAGACAAGGUGGAGUGGUGAGACUCUCCGUGCCCAUCAAGGGUAAACCCCACCCAAGCUGUAAGUGGUCUAAAGACACCGGAGCAGUCUCCAGCAAGGGCAUGAUCGCCUCCACUGAGGACACCAGCGAAUUAGUGAUCAAAGGAGCUGAGAGGAGUGACUCUGGAAUGUACAGCCUCCUCUUGGAGAACAAGGUCGGCAAGAAAAAGGCCCAGAUCAAGGUCAAGGUCAUUGGCCGCCCCAGUGCUCCUGAGGGACCACUGGUGUUUGAGGAGAUCCGGGCCAGCUCUGUCAAGUUGUGCUGGAAGGCUCCUAGCGAUGACGGUGGCACAGAGAUCCUUGGCUACAUUGUGGAGAGACGCGAGGCGGCCAGGAAUGCCUGGUACACAGUGGACUCCAGAGUAACUGACACACAGCUGAUGGUCAAAGGCUUGAAGGAGGGAACUGAGUACCACUUCAAGAUCACCGCUGAGAACUCCUUUGGCAUCAGUGCUUCUCUGAAAUCAGAGCAGCCACUGGUCCCCAAGACUCCUCUGUGUGCUCCUGAGUCACCAAGCACCCCACCAGAGAUCAUGGAUGUCACCAAGAGCUCUGUGGCCCUGGCUUGGUCCCGACCCAAGGACGACGGUGGCUCCGCUAUCACUGGCUACUUCAUCGAGUACAAGGAGGUGUCAGCUGAAACCUGGUGUCGCCACCAAACCAAGAUCACCUCCACCAUGUUCACUCUGUCUGGCCUCACUCCUGACUCAGAGUGCCAAUUCCGGGUCGUUGCCGUUAAUGAAAUUGGAGAGAGCGAGGCUGGAUCUGUGUCUGAUCCUGUUACAUGCAAGGAUCCAUUUGACAAGCCAAGCCAGCCAGGUGAGAUUGACACAGUGAAUGUGAUGAACAACUUCAUCACCAUCCGCUGGCAGGCUCCAGAGUGUGAUGGUGGUAAAGAAGUUUUGGGCUACUGGGUGGAGUACAGGAAGUCUACUGAGAGCACCUGGCAGAAAUGCAACAAACAGAGGCUGAAGGAUAAGCAGUUCACAAUGCCCGGCCUGGCCGAGGCCACCGAGUACGAGUUCAGAGUAUUCGCUGAAAAUGAGACCGGAAUCAGUCGACCUCGUAGGACCGCCACAUGCAUUAAGACCAAACUGAGUGUUGAAACUAAACCAAGUCUGAGGAAGGAAAUGGAUGAAGUAACUACUAAGCUUGGCCAGCCUGCCGUUAUGAAGUGCCAGAUCAUUGGCAGACCUGUUCCUGAGAUGAAAUGGUACCAUGCUGGUAAAGAGCUGGUUGAGUCCCGUAAGUACGAGAUGAGCUCUGAUGGCCGCAACCACUCCCUGUCGAUCAUGACUGACCAGCAGGAGGAUGAGGGAGAGUAUACCUGCAAAGCCAUCAAUGAUGCAGGAGAGGCUGAGACCACAGGUGUGCUGGUAUUAGAGGCCGCGCCGCAGUUCCACCCUGACUACCCACUGAAGGACACUUACUACGCUGGCCUGGGAACCACGCUGCGCAUCCACGCUGUCUACGUCGGCCGCCCUGAGCCCAAGAUCAUGUGGCUCCAUGGGGCCAAGACCCUGGAGAACACAGAGGACAUUAGCAUUGAGACCACGGAACACUACACUCAUCUGAUCAUCAAGAACGUGCAGCGCAGAGUCCAUGGAGGAAAAUACAGGAUCAGACUGCACAACCACUUUGGCAGAGCUGAUACAGCAUUUAAUGUUGAAAUCUAUGACAAACCCGAAAUGCCUCAGGGCCCCAUCGUCCUGGAUGCUCUGCUGAAGAAUUCUGUCAUUAUCAGCUGGAAGGCUCCCAAGGACAAUGGUGGCACCAUGAUUACCAACUACAUCGUGGAGAAGCGUGAGGACAAGGAAGGUACCGAGUGGGAACUGGUAUCGUCAUCUAUCAAUGGCACUUCGUGCCGUGUACCAAACCUGAUCGACAGCGCUGGAUACUUCUUCCGUGUAUAUGCUCAGAACCGCUAUGGUAAUAGCGAGCCACUGGAACUGACUGCACCAAUCCUCAUCAAGAGCCAACUGGAGAAACCAUCUCCACCUCUGUCACCUGUUGUCUCUGGAAUUACCAAAGACUCCUGCGUCAUGUCCUGGAAGCCUCCCAUCAGCGAUGGUGGUUCCAAGAUCAAAAGCUACUGUCUUGAGAAGAAAGAGAAGAAGGGUGAAUGGAGUCGAGUGACAGCCGAUGAGAUUAAACAGACUGUGUUCUCCGUGAAGCGGCUGACUGAGGGCACAGAGUACAUUUUCCGUGUGAAAUGCGAAAACCUUGGAGGAGAGAGCGAUUACAGUGAGGAGACUGCUCCCAUCAUUCCUGCCACAGCAGUCGAGGUUCGAGCUCCUGCCUUCAAGGAGGAGCUGAGGAACAUGAGUGUCAAAUACAAGAGCAAUGCAACCCUGGUCUGCAAGAUCACAGGACAACCCAAACCCGUGAUUAAAUGGUUCAGACGAGGCAAGGAGAUCCACUCUGAUGGGAAGAAGAUCAAAAUCCAAGAGUUUAAGGGUGGUUACCAUCAGCUGGUUAUCACUGAGGCUGAUGAGGAAGACUCCACUGUGUACCAGAUCAGAGCCACCAACCAGGGAGGCUCCAUCUGUGCUACAGUAUCUCUGGAUGUUGAAGUUCCUGCCAAGAUUCACCUACCAAAGAACCUGAAGGAUAAGGAAGCCAUCCCUGCCCUGCGUGGAGAGGUGGUCAACAUCAAGAUUCCAUUCAGUGGCAAACCAGACCCAGUCAUCACAUGGCAGAAGGGACAGGACCUCAUUGACAAUAAUGGCUAUUACCAGGUCAUUGUCACCAGAUCGUUCACUUCUCUGGUCUUCCCCAAUGGAGUGGAAAAGAAGGAUGCUGGUUUUUACAUUGUCUGUGCCAAGAACAGAUUUGGUAUCGACCAGCAGACAGUUGAGCUGGAUGUGGCUGACGUGCCUGAUCCUCCACGUGGUGUCAAAGCUAGCGACAUCUCCAGGGACUCAGUUACACUCAACUGGGUUGCCCCAGCUAAUGAUGGAGGCAGCAAGGUCAUCAGCUACAUCAUAGAGAAAUCCCCCACCACUGCAGAGAGAUGGGAACGCGUUGCCCAGGCCCGUGACACUCACUACACCGUCAUCAACCUAUAUGGAGGAACCAGCUACCAGUUCAGAGUCAUUGCAGAAAAUAAAUUUGGCCAGAGUGCGCCAUCUGAAACCAGUGGCCCUGUCAUGACCAAGGAGGACAAAUCCAGAGUCUUGCUGUAUGACAAGGAGGUUGAUGAUGCUGGCCAUGUGGACAAAGGCAAAACUCCUCACUCCAGUGCAAGCAAUGUGCACAAUAAAUAUGCCAUUGCAGAAGAGCUGGGCAGGGGACAGUUUGGUGUUGUCCACCGCUGUGUUGACAUCAAAUCUGAGAAGACCUACAUGGCUAAAUUCUUCAAAGUGAGGGGAGCAGAUCAAGCCAUUGUUAAGAAGGAAAUUGCAACACUGAAUAUUGCUAAACACACUAACUUCCUCCUCCUUCAUGAGUCCUUUGAUAGCCCCGAGGAGCUGGUGUUGAUCUAUGACUUCAUCUCUGGAGUUGAUAUCUUCGAGCGCUUUAACACAGCUGACUUUGAACUUAAUGAGCGUGAAAUUGUAAACUACAUCAGGCAAAUCUGCUCAGCUCUAGAGUUCCUGCAUGCUGAGAGCUAUGGCGUCUUCGACAUCAGACCUGAGAACAUUGUGUACACCACAAGAACCAGCUCUAAUGUGAAGAUCAUCGAGUUGGGCCAGGCAAGGCACCUGACUCCUGGAGAACAGAUCAAGAUUCAGUAUACCAUAGCUGAGUAUGCUGCUCCUGAGAUCCACCAGUGUGACAUGGUUAGCUCCGUGACUGACAUGUGGCCUGUCGGAAUUCUUGCCUAUGUGCUGCUGAGUGGCCUCAAUCCAUUCACUGCUGAAACCAACCAGCAGAUGAUUGAUAACAUUUCUAACGCAGCCUACAGCUAUGAGGAUGAUUCCUUCAAACAGGUCAGUGUUGAGUCAUUAGAUUUCACAGACCGCCUGAUCACCAAAGACCGCAAGCAUCGUAUGACAGCUGCAGAGGCUCUAGAGCAUCCUUGGCUCAAGAAAGCUCCAGAGGAGCUCAGCACCCGAAUGAUCCAGACCAGUAGACAUAAGAGAUACUACCAGGCCAUGGUGAGAAAGGAUUGGAACACUGUUGUCUCUGCAGCUCGUGUGGCCAGUGGUGGCUCAAUCAGAUCCCAGAGAGGAGUCUUUGUUGCCAAGGUGAAGAUUGCACCAUUUGAGCAUGGCCCUCUUGCAGGCCAGAUUGGCCAUUCAGUUGUGAAUGAGGGAGACAGCUUCAAGUUUAUCUGCAACAUUGAGAACUAUGACAGCAACACCGAAGUGACAUGGUACUGUGGGGUCAGACAGCUUGAGGCUGGAGAUAAGUAUGAGAUUGAGUAUGAGGAUGGUUUGGCUGUAAUCACCAUCAACAAGGUCACCAGAGCAGAUGAUGGCACUUACAGAUGCAAGAUUGUCAAUGAGUAUGGUGAAGACAGUGCCUAUGCAGAACUUUUUGUCAAUGGUGUCCGAUCAUACCGUGACUUCUUCACAAAUCGACUGGUGAAGAAGGUAAAGCGCAGGGUUGACACUGCUAGAAUGCUUCAGAAGCCACCUGAGUUCACUCUGCCUUUGGUCAACCGUACAGCCUAUAUUGGAGAAGAUGUGCGCUUUGGUGUCACCAUCACUGUUCACCCUGAACCUCGCGUUACCUGGCUUAAGUCUGGACAGAAGCUUAUCCCUGGAUACGAUGACAGGAAAUACACCUUCAUCAGCGACAAGGGUCUGUACCAGCUGAUUAUUCACAACCUUGAGGAGAAUGAUGAUGCUGAAUACAGCGUGGUAGCCCGUAACAGGUAUGGUGAUGACAGCUGCAAGGCCCGUUUGACAGUUAUCCCUCGACCCAAACCAGCAGACAACACCCUGAGGCCCAUGUUCAAACGCCUGCUUGCCAAUGUUGAGUGCAGGGAAGGCCAGAAUGUCCGUUUUGAGAUCAGAGUAUCUGGACAUCCCACACUAAAGUGGGAGAAGGAUGGCAUGCCUUUGGCCUUCGGUCCAUCUAUUGAGGUAGUCCAUGAAGGCCUGGAUUACUUUAUCUUGCAUGUGAGGGACACUCUCCCUGAAGACUCUGGUGUGUAUAGAGUAACUGCCACCAACUCUGCAGGAUCUGCUAGUUGCCAGGCCACCCUAAAGGUUGAACGUGUCAUUCGUAUGAAGCAGGAGUUUGAGGUUAGUGAGAAGGACAGGAAGAAGCUGGCUGAAAAAGAAGAAAUGAACAAGAAGGUGCGACUGUCCCAGAUUCUGGCUGGCACUGACGUCAUGCCUCUGCCUCCUGUGGCAAUGCAAGCUGUCAGGGAAGCAGCCACCAUGUUCAAGCCUGCCGUGACAACCAAGAAGGGUGAAAAGACUGAGGCUGAGGUUCAAAAGGAAAAAGAGGAGAGGAAGAAGAGGGCAGAUGAGAAGAGGCUACGUAUGCCAUAUGUUGUACCCACUCCUCGAAUCAUUAAUCCAGCUGUACUGGAGGAGGAUGUAGAAAUCAAGCACUUCAAGCCCCUCUCUGACAUGAAGUGGUACAAGAAGCUGCGUGAUCAAUAUGAGUUCCCUGAGCCCAUGGACAAGAUAGCACAGAAAAGGAUGAAGCGUAUUCGUCUCUCACGGUGGGAGCAGUUCUAUGAGAUGCCUCUGCCAAGAAUCAAGGACCAUUAUAAGCCAAAAUGGCGCAUCUCUUCUAUGACCCAGGAUGACCUGGAGACUGUGAGGCCUGCAAGGCGGCGUACUGUUUCACCUGAGAUGGAGGCCUACUACAGGAUCAGGAGGAGGUCUCUGGGAGAUUUGUCUGAUGAGGAGCUGCUGUUGCCUGUGGAUGAGUAUCUGUCCAUGAAGCGAACAGAGGAGGAGAGGCUCCGACUUGAAGAAGAGCUUGAACUUGGCUAUUCGGCUUCUCCACGCAGCCUCAGCCCUGUUCACUUUGAACUGUCUGCCCUGCGCCCUUCAUCACCAAGAAGAAUCUAUAGUGAAGAUGAGGAAGGAGAAGAAGUCAAACGAUACGACUCCUACCGUAUCCCAUCCAAAUAUGAGGCUGGACCAAGCUUCCUUGACCUGCGCCAGCGUCAUGACAGGACCACAUACAGACCUCCCAGACAAAAGCAGAUGGUUUAUGAGGAAAGGGAGGACCAGGAGCUGCUGCGCCCCCACAAAACAGUUCAGAGAAUCACAUCUUACAAGAGUGAACUGAAACGUAUGGAGUUUGAUGAAAAGACCAGAGUCUCCAAAAAGGAAAAGACUGUGACUGUCUCCACGGUCUCUGAGGGAGUUGAAUCAGAGUACUUGACUUCUGUUGCCUCUACAUAUAUCCCUAAACCAAUCAAGAAACCUGAACCAAUUGAGCCUGAGAGGAGAAUACCUACCUCUGAUAAAGCUGCCAAAGUAGUAGAGCCCCUCCCUAAGGUUGAUUUCAUGUCCAGAUAUGAGGAGAGAAAGCAGGCUCUAAGAUCUGAGAGACGCUCCAUGGAGAGAAAGGUGGAGGUGGUGACACAGGCUCCCUUCAGUCUGGACCAUGCCCCACGUGUAACCAUCAGGAUGCGCUCUCACCGUGUGCCAUAUGGUUCAACCACCAAGUUCACAAUGAACAUCCAGGCCAAACCUGAGCCUGAGAUCAAGUGGUUCCACAAUGGAAAAGAGAUCCAGCAGAGCAGGAAGUACCACAUGACCAACCUGAGUGGAGUUCUGACUCUCCAGAUUACAGACUGCGUGACUGAGGAUGCUGGCACCUACCGUGUGGUUGUCAAAAAUGUCAAGGGAGAGACUUCUGAUUACGCCACCUUGGAUGUAUCUGGAGCAGAAUAUGCCGCCUUCUCUUCAUUUCGGAAGGAUGAAGAGCCCCCAUCCUCACACCUCCCUGAGAUGACAAGGACAGAAGUGUACCAUGUGUCCUCCUCUAAGACAGAAGUAAAGGAAAUGGUGAAGGAGACUGUAAAAGUUGAAACAACUGCUGUUGUUGAGAAGAAAAAGGAAAAGCCUAGCCUUCCAGCCAAGAUCAUUAGCAGACCGCAGUCCCUCACUGUGGAAGAGGGAGGCCUUGCCAGAUUUGAGUGUGAAGUCGAUGGUGAACCAGCACCUUCCAUCACCUGGUUGCAUGAAGGAGCUGUCAUUGGUUCCUCUGUACGUCACCACAUCAUCUCCACCCAGUACAGCUCCUCUUUUGAGAUUACCUCUGUUGAAAUGUCAGAUGAAGGUAGCUACACUCUGCUGGUGGAGAAUGCUGGAGGCAAACAGGAGGCUCAUUUCAGUCUGACCAUCCGCAAAUCCGAAUCCAGGGACAAAGUAGUGGCUCCCCCUAGGGUCACUUCCCCGGAGGCCAAGUCCCCUCUUUCCAAGUCCCCUGAACCAAUAAAAUCUCCCCAGAGAGUAAAGUCACCUGAACCAAUUAAGUCACCUCAGAGAGUAAAGUCUCCAUCCUCAGCCAAGUCCCCUCUACCAUCUGAGAAGGAGAGGAUGAUGUCUCCACUCAAAUCACCAAAGAGAGUGAUGUCACCAACUCUUGAAAAGAAGCCUUCCUUCUCAACUGGGCUAAGUGAUGUCACAGCAGCCACUGGCUCCCCUGAACCAAUAAAAUCUCCCCAGAGAGUAAAGUCACCUGAACCAAUAAAAUCUCCCCAGAGAGUAAGGUCACCUGAACCAAUAAAAUCUCCCCAGAGAGUAAAGUCACCUGAACCAAUUAAGUCACCUCAGAGAGUAAAGUCUCCAUCCUCAGCCAAGUCCCCUAUACCAUCUGAGAAGGACAGGAUGAUGUCUCCACUCAAAUCACCAAAAAGAGUGAUGUCACCAACUCUUGAAAAGAAGCCUUCCUUCUCCACUGGGCUAAGUGAUGUCACAGCAGCCACUGACUCCAUAGUAAAGCUGACAGUGAACGUGUCAGGAGAGCCAAAACCCAUAAUCUCAUGGACAAAAGAUGGAAAGGUUCUGUCUCAGGGUGGAAAGUAUGAAAUCUUUGAGGAGCACAGAUCAGCACAUCUUGAGAUCUAUGAAUCAGAGAUCUCUGACAGUGGUGUAUACACAUGCACUGCUACCAGCAGUGCUGGAGCAGUGUCUACAUCCUGCACAGUCAUUGUAAAAGGCUCCAAAACAAAAACUGAAAUCUCGGAGCAAAUUAUGAAAAAGGAAAUUGCCCACGAGGAAAUUAAGUCUUAUACACAAGAAGUCAAGGCCUCCCACAGCCAGAUGUCCAUCACAGAGGGUCAGUCUCUGACUCUUAGAGCCAACAUCUCUGGAGCUUCUAGUGUCAGGUGGAUCCUGAAUGGAGUAGACCUGGAAAACUCAGAGCAGUACAGAUAUGGAGUGUCUGGGAAUGACCAGACCCUGACCAUAAGGUCAGUCAGCCAACAUGAACAGGGAAUAAUCACAUGUCAAGCUAUGACAGAGCAUGGCCUGGUGAAGUGUCAUUUUGACACCACAGUCUCAGACAAGUGCCCAGAUGCACCCCACUUCCUACUGCGGCCAAGAUCCCAGAAUGUGAACAGGGGACAAAAUGUCAAAUUCACAUGUGAAAUUGCAGGAGAGCCUUCCCCUGAAGUGGAGUGGCUGAAAGACAACAUACUAGUAUCUGUUACAUCAAAUCUGAGGCUGAGCCGCUCUAGGAAUGUGUACACAUUUGAGAUAUGUGAGGCCACAGUAGCAGACAGUGGGAAAUACACAGUAAAAGCCAAGAAUCAAUAUGGACAGUGUUCUGCAACAUCCUCUCUCAACGUCAUCUCUCUUGUUGAAGAACCAACAAAAAUGAUUAUAAUGGAGCAAAGAGCUUCUGGUGCUACCAGCAUGCAAGAAAGUAUUUCUGCUUCUUCGGUUCAUAUGGAGGCUGCCGGUUACAGCAGCUCUCAUUCUGCUGCUGCUGAGAUUUCAUUUGAGAGCAUGUCAGCGACUAGCAUGUCCGCCAUGAUGGCUGAGUCAAUGGUUACUAUGAGCUCCAGCAGCAAAAUGACGGAAAUAUCUACUCACUCACAUGUAGAGGCCUCCUCCACCCUGAGGCCCUCCAUCAAAGAUCAACACCCUGGAGAUCAGUUCUAAGUCAGACAAGUUCCUGACAGCAUCAGAGAGGACUCUGCUUACCGGGGACUUGACGAUGCUCAGCAUGUCUGCAGUGAAGGAGAAAGAUACUGGAGCCAACACCCGCCAACUGUCCAGCGAGCUCAGCUUCCCAUCUGCAGCUGCUAACCUUCACAUUCGGUCCAUGUAAAGAAAGCAAAAACAAAAACAAAACAUCAAGUAAUCUCUAUUCCCAUGUCCCUCAUUCACAACCUUCUUAUUUAUUGAAUUAGCAAAAAUAAUCCUUGCUUGAUGAAGACCUGGAUUUCUGUUCUUGUAAAUAUGAACUAUUUUUAUACCAAACUUGACAUUAAUUUAUGCCAAACUAAAGUCUAAAGUUGUUAUAGAAUGUGCCAUAAUGGAAAGUUAUGACUUGAGAUUUUUGAACCACUUUUCUGUGACAUGUACAUAAUGUAUAUAGCCGAAUUUAACGGUUAUGAAAGAAUGUAUGCAGUUAUUUAUGACAAUAUUAACUGAAACAAAAUGAAACUGAAUGUUUGAAAGGAGAAAGUUUCACUUGAAACGAAUACCCUGGAGAACUUAGAAACUAAAACACUGUGCCUCAACAAGAAGUUGAAGUCUUAAGAUUGCCUCAGCAGGUAGAGAGGCUCCCUGUUGAUGUUAUGAACCAGAAUCAGAGACAAUGUUAUUAUGUGCACACCUCUGUGCAGUAUUAAAAUAUGAAUUGUAACAUGGGCAUAAGACCCUGACUGCUGUUUACUUUACCCUCAUGUUAAGCAGCAGGAACUGGUCUUGUGUUCAGACUGACUAUGUCAUACCACAAGUUCAAUGACAUGCUCACGGUGCGAGCGGCCUGCACUUUGGGCUUCUAAUUAUUCUAUGUGCACUGUUUCUGGCAAAGGACAGUUGGAUCAGCUUUACAAAAGUAACACCUCCUGGCCAUAAACAAACAAAAGUCAAUGCAAGUACUUCUUUGCAGAAGCAGUGCCACCUCGGAGGAUGACUCGGUAACGUGUUGUGUGUUUGAGUGUGUUCUUAGAUUUUAGUAAUUUCACUUUGUCACUAGUCAGGGUCUUCACAAGCCGACUCACCACAGAGAUUCCAUCUCCUGUGAAACAAAAAAGACUUAAGUUGUGUUGUUGUUGUGCCCUGCACUUUGAUUCAAUUGAUCUGUUGAUGUAGAAGUACCAUUAUAAACAUCCUCCUUGAGUUUUGUGCAUUACUGAUUUAAUAAAGCAUGAUUUCAGCACUACAGAA